GAGCACACACUCUUGUCCUGACAGCUUGCAAGCGGGAUCGCCCACGUUACCCCAGAGGGUCUUAUUGGGGGUGGGGGGUAACUGGUGGAAAGGAACAGCACCCUGGAGCCCGAGGAGAGGACAGCAGCGCUGCUUAACCUCACUGCUAACAUGUUGUACCUUGAGAAUAAUGCCCAGUCCCAGUAUAGUGAGGUAAGGAGACAUUGCAGGUCUUUGCUAACAUUUCUCUCUCUCCCUUCCUUCCAGGGAGAAAGUCUGGGAGGCUUUAGGAAGCUUUCUUUUCGCCUCCCCUCCCUCCCAUUCCAUUAACUGGGGCAGAGGUGGUUAAUAUUUGGGUUUUGGACAGCGCUGCAGCAUUUUGAGAAUUGCAAUAAUGAUAAUAAAUAAACACCCAAGUUUGUAGAAAUUGGGUGCUUUGGUCUCUGUUGUUGACUGUAAACCACUGUAACUGUCUUUCUGUUGCCACAAUAGAUGACUGGGUGCGAAGAAGCACAUUGCGGAGGACUUGACUAGGUUUUGAAAAGCAAUGCAAAGAGAGGUUCUUUUGGAGACCAGAUUGCUUGCAGAUAGCGAGUUAAUGGAGCUAGUUUUCCGUAAGGUGGCUAAUUAUCCCGUCCAGGCGGAGAAAAGCCCUUUUUGAAUCUCCGUCAACAAGCCAUGCAUAUAAUGCGGCUGUAAUGUGUGUGCUGAGCAUCACCUGCGUUCCUUGUUUGCAGAGCCAUUCUUUCUGUCUGGCUGCAAGAGGGAGUCUGUGUGCGCAGAGCGUGCACGCAAAACGUUGGGCUGAUCUGAGACUCGGGACGCUUGUUCGCUUGUGUGUGUGUGUGUGUGUUUAUGGGGGAAGCUACACACGGAGGAAGUUAGCCCUUAUGUUCUAGGUUGACAACAAUAUUAGCUUACAUUCCAGAGGAGAGGGCAGCUGUGUUGACACGCCAUCUGAAAAGAGGAGGCAGCGGAACCCUGUGAUUUGAGAAAGCCUCCCGGAGGAGGAAAAUCUCCCUGCAGCUUGCCCAGAUAGUUUAAUAAUAAUAAUCAGUCGGCCCAUUUGAGAACUGAAUUUAAUUUAUUUCUUAAAUUUAUAUCCUGCCCUUCCUCCGGUAGCCGGGAUAGCAGUUGUCCUAGAGUGUGUCGAUGGAAAGGAGAAAUGGUUCAAGAAAGCAAAUGUCUGUUUUGGCAAAUUUCUUUUUGUGCAAACGGCUCCAAACAGUUGGGCGAGCAUUCGCUGGGCACGGCUAGACUGGAGAAGCUUGGAAGAGGCUUAAGUAGGAAGACUAUCACAAGGAGGCCCCUGCUGGCUUACCCCCUUCCCCAUCCAGCUAGUGCCUUGCUUUCUCUCCAGAUGUGGCCAGGCAGAAACGCCUCUUUGUUCAGCUGUGAUUUUUUUCUGGUUACGUUGCUCCACGCCUCGGUUGCCCAUCUGUAAAAUGGAAAGAUCACCCAAUGUAGCCAAGUGAGAACACGUCUUCUGACCCUGGUUCUCUGGGGCUAGGGCUGGAGGUACAUCUAACUCCAUCCUGGACUGGUCUUGGCAAAAUUUACCCAAGAACCAAGCACAGCAUGGGCGCUCUAUGUUGAUGGCCUCUUGCGUUGUGUUUUUGGAAUAAUUCUGCAUCUCUGCUGCCUGUGUGGAGUGAAUCUAUCUGUCGCUGUUUCUUGCUCCCCAUUGUUCUUGUGUCUCUCCACACUGGCCAGGUCUGAUCCACGUCCAUUACCUCUUUUCAGAAGAGAAGGGGACUCCAUCACAUCUGAAUCUUCCAGGCUAUCUUCCCCUUGUCCUCCUGACGCUUCCCAAUGGCCCUUCAGUCACCGGGUUCAAAUGUCUCAAGCAUUGCAGAGUUAGUGGCGUCCCUUUGUUGAAAAGGGGAAGCCUCGGCUCUGUUUCAAAUUGGACAGGGCUGCUUUCUUUCUUUCUUUUAAGUGUUGAUACCGUGCAGGCCUCGCAAAAUACUUUUGGUCUUUUGAUGCUGCUCUCCUGGUGUGGAAAGAGGAGCGUGAGGAGGAGGGGGCUGGAUCGAAGCAAACGGUGUUCAUUUCUGUUUCUGAACCACCAUAUCCAUAAUUAAGAAGAGAGGGGGCAGGGAAGCCGCUUUGCAGUUUGAGAAAAUUACAUGGCGGGGGAAAUCACAGCACUUUGCGCUAUUUUUUGCAACAGUUUGGCACCGGCACCAUUUUCUUUGCCAUUCCGGUGGGACGUGAAAAUCGUGUAAUUCCAAAUGGUUGACAUUGUUCCGGAGUCCUCGAAGCGGGUGACAGAAACCGAAGCGAAAAUGCUGAUUUUUAACAAAGUUUUAGGAAUGCUGCCUCAACCACCCAUUACCACCACCGCCCGGCUGUGAAAAUAUCCAGACUCGGGGGGCCAGGGUUGCACAACCCAUCUCUUGUUUGGGCCUGAGGACUUCCUUUCAAAGAUGUCUUCUGCAUGUUGAGUGUCACCAAUUGCUGGACCACCUUUCGGAAGCAACCUACACCUGGCCCGAGAGGGAUUUUGCCAUCUUUUAGAUUUGGAGGAGCAAGAAGAGGAGAUGGGUCAGGAAGGGUGGAGCGGAAGGGCUGGAGUGAGGGGAGCUGGAGAACUUUUGGAGGUGGGAGACAGUGGAUAGAAGCUCUGCCCAGAUGAACAAAGCUCUCAGUGGCAGCUAGCUAGGAUGGCUGAGCUCUGCCUCCACAGCUGAAGGCAGCAAACACUUCUGAAACCCAGUUGCUGGAGACCACAGGAGGCGAGAGGGCUCUGGGGCCCAGAUCCUGCUUUCUGGCUUCCUGUGGGCACCUGGUUGGCCACUGUGACUGGAGCCCCUUCUUACACUGUUUUUAUGCUCUUAUGGGGCUAUAAGAGGUCAAGGAAUAGGUUUGAAGGAAAGCUUGGUCAUCUGGCCUACUGAGGAUCAGUGGCUGUGGCUCUUUACAAAGUCAUAAGGCCUACAGAAAGGUGGGAGAAUGGGUGUCGGCUUCUUAGUUAUGGCUGGGGGUUGGGCUAGAUGACCCUUAGGGGAUCCUUUCCAGCUCCACAGUUUUCUGAUUCCAUGAUUCAGUUUUUGCAACUCCUACCCUUCUGGCUCCCACUGCCUCUUCUUCCUUGUGACUCAUUCCUCUCCGGCCAGGGGUUUCCUGUGAGUGAGUUCCACCCGAGAGCCUGGGAGGCAGAACUGUUGUGCAAGUCCUAAUGAAGGGCCUGUGGAGAACAGAGCCCUCCCAGGUACCUCUGCAGAAGAGAGGCCUUUGCACUCCCUUGUGCUCCUUGGCCACGCUCCCUUCGCCGGCGAAGUCCAAAUCCUGAGCCAUCAGCUGGGCUGGGGGUGUCCAUAGAACACGCCGCCCCUGCUGUGUUGCACCCAAAGAGCUCAGACCGCAGCAGCCCCCUCAUGGAGGAGAAGGCUAUGAAUGGCUACAAGGCACAAUGGCUGUGCUCUGCCUCUUCUCAAUGCCAGUUGCUUCUCAAUGCCAGUUGCUUCUGGGAAAACUCUGCUUUUAGGUUUCCCAUUGAGGAAACCAUGGCUUGCAAGUUUCCCAUCUGGUUGGCCUUUGCAAGAACCAGAUGGGCCAUUGGCUUGCGUCGGGGCUAUAUUCUGAUGCUCAGAUGGAACCUCCAGCCCCAGAGGCAGUCUAUCGAGAUUCCAAUGUUGCUCGGGGCAUUUGGCCCCUGUGAGAAUAGUAUGCUGGACUAGAUGGGCCAUUGGCCUGAUCCAGCGGGCUCCUCAUGUUCUCCUGCAAAGUUCAUGGAGUCCAACGCUCCAAAGUGUGCCUCCAUUCAUGUGCCAGAGCUCAGGGGCUGCUGAUGUCAUAGAGGAAGAAGUGAGGCAAGAUGCAGGCGGGUCUCGCCUGUGCCAGACAGACACCCGACUCCUCCUUGGCCCUGACUCACCCAGAGAGGGUGCCGGCGACCCGAGUUGCAGCCGUUGGCCAAGUGGAAAGGGGGAAAUGCGAUUGAAAGCCACUGGGCGUGAGGCAUUGAACUCCCUCACCCCGCUGAGCAUUUGGUUAGGCAACAGGCAAGACAUCUGCCACUUAGGUUGGUUUUUUUAAUGCUGGAAGGGGGGAGAGCUAGGGAGGAGAUCUACAGGCUGCACACUGUGUGAAGGGAAGGCUCCGCCCUCCUCUCCCUGUGUCUUCAGGAGGUUGUUGAACCCGGGACACCUGACACGCAAUCCUCUGCAGCGCCAUUUUCCCAGGGCUGUUGUGUACAGCAGUUUCCGAGAACGUUUGUACGCCCCGGUGCCUUGGGUAGCUCACAACAUGGAGCCACAGCUGUCAACUUUUCCCUUUUCUUGUGAGGAAUCCUAUUUCGAAUAAGGGAAUUUUCCUUAAGAAAGGGGAAACGUUGACAGCCAAGCAUGGAGUGCACCGUUGCAGUCCUGCGAAUGCUGCUCCUUAAAUCCCUGUAUCAAAAGAGUUGCUUGUGCUAGGCUCGAAUGGCAGGGCACCUAUUAGAAUCCUCUCUCAUAAACAACAACAACAACAACAACAACAACAACAACAAUAAUCCAUGCGCAAGGAGCUAAAGGAGAACCUCCAUGGUCAGGGGCAGUGAAGACCUCCGAGUGCCAGGGGACACACACUGUGAGGAACGCCUUCUGCCUCCAGGUCCUUCUCAUUGACUUUCUGGAGUGGGGGCAUCUGGCUGCACAGCAUGGGAAUUCGAUGUCCAGACUAUAGAUGGAUCCUCUUGGUCUCGCUCCACAACAGACAAAACACACAGAGAGACAUUUGGCUGAGUGUCGGGCGAUGUUCCUGCAUAGGCCAAACCUGGCCUUAACCUGCAAACUGGAAGCAGAUUGUUUUCUAGUGCAGCUAACUUUCCCCUGGAAAGAUACAUCUCCUAGCCAGACUCUUUCCUGUGACUCUGGGCUUAAUGGUGUUCAUUCUCAGGCGACCAUCUUGAGAAGGCAGUGUGGGGUAGUGGUUAGAACAGGGCCUUUCUCAAACUCAGGUCCCUAGAUGUUGUUAGACUGCAACACCCAUCAUUCCUGACCACUGUCACUGCCUCUCAUCUGCACCUACCUCACAAGGUUGUUGUGUGGAUGAAAUGGGGGGGGGUACCAUGUGUGCCACGUUGAGCUCCCUGGAGGGGAAAGUUGUGGCGGGGGGGGGUAAAAUGCAAUAAUACAAUGCAAUUGCAAUACUCAAAAGUAUUUUAGCUUUAAACUCGAGGGCUGCUUUCAAACGGCUAUAUUUGGGAGGGAGAGAGAAAAGUAUGGCGAGGAAAUCUACCUGCAGCCAGGUUGCAGACAGCUCUCUCCACCCCUCCCUCCCCUCCUCUUCUCCCCCCUCCACCCCCCACAGCCCAUGUUCUCUGGCCCCUUUCCAAGGGGGAAGGCAGUUCUGUCUUCAAAGGAAGAGACUUAACCAAUCAUUCAGUGGAAUGAGUUCCACCACCAUGAAGGUGCUGACAAGGAAAUUAUUGCGGCUAUACAAACACUGAUGCUCCUUCCCUCCUCCUUCUCUCCUCUCAUUCCCCCCCCCCCCCGCCUGGCUGUUCAAAACGGACAAAGGAAGUUGAGCGUUCAAAAUCUGGGAAGGACCCACUCUGACCUUAAACUGGGUACCGUUUCCUUUUAUGAUCUGGAGCUGCAUUAACUGCCAUGUUGUUUAAUUUUUGCUCUGGAAUCUCUCACCCGUUCCAUAGCAUUUUUUAGUUGCUUUGCUGUUUUUUUUUUUUUUUUUGUUUGGGGGGGGGGGGAAGGAAGCCAGUUGCCACUGAAGCACAAUUUGAACUCUGUUCUGCUUGUCUUUGGCUCAUCUGGACUUUGUGCCUUUGUGCUGCCUUCGGAGAAGCAUUGCACUCAGAAUCCUUCCUAGUCGCAAGUGCAAUAGUCCCAGCUCCUUUUCAAAGAGGGUUGCCAUGUUGGUUAAGCUGUACGGAUGGAGGCUGAUUCUCGCCAGGCAGUCAAAAUCUGGCUGAAGCAGUCUUUACUGGUCAGCCGCACACCGCAGGACCUGUUAUGGAUCUGGGCGUUGCGUUGCAUUUUGUACUUUGCAUUCUGCACACCGUCAUAUGCCAAAGGUAGAACUGCACCAUGUUCUGCAGAUGGCAUCAGUUGCUCAACUGCAUCAGUGCAGCUCAAAAACAAGCAUUGGGAUGGGAGAAUCUGACAAUUGCAGCCGCUCUUUGCUUCUCAUUUUCCCAAACUUCGUGUCCAGUUCUCCACAGUUCCACAUCCGUUACUUUUUUAAAGAAAAGUCCUCACACAAAAAAAUGAUCAGCCUUUUAGUGGCAAUUUUUCCCAAAUAUAUACAGAUGUUCACAUGCAAUUUUGCCUAAUGGGCUCAUUUUUCCAAAGUUGUUUCCCCUAAUAUGAUGGAUUGUUCUAGACUUUCUUCUCACAAAUAUGCAUUCACACACACACACACACACACACACACACACACCUCUUACCCUUGUGCUUGUGCUUGUGCAUGAAUUACUUGAACGGAGAAUUGCAUUGCAAAAUUUGGAUAAGUGUGAAUUUCGAGGGAUGGUUGUAUUUUGGUUCACGCAUCACUUUGGAAACUGCAGAUGAGGCAGAGUUGCGUUUAAGCGCAAGUGGAAUUGAAUUUAUCCCCAUAUCUAAACUCAAAACCUUGGGAUAUAUGGAAACCUCCCUCAACGCCGACAUUUCUCUGUCUCAUCAAAGCUAUCCUUCUGCUUCGCUCAAAAUGUAAUUUCGUCAGCAAAUCUCUCACCAGAUUCACCUUUGAAACAUCACUUUAGAGCAGGGGUCAGCAACUUUUUUCAGUCGUGGGCCGGUCCACCGUCCCUCAGACCAUGUGGGGGGCCAGACUAUAUUGGGGGGGGGGAUGAACGAAUUCCUAUGCCCCACGAAUAACCCAGAGAUGCAUUUUAAAUAAAAGCACACAUUCUGCUCAUGUAAAAACGCACUGAUUCCCGGACUGUCCGUGGGCUGGAUUGAGAAGGCGAUUGGGCCGCAUCCGGCCCCUGGGCCUUAGAUUGCCUGCCUCUUCUUUAGAGGAAUCUUCACCAAACUAGACUGUUGUUACUUAUGUUGGAAAUGGGCUCCAGAUCUUGUGUCUUUAAAAUUACCUGUCUUCAAAAUCCCCAAGGAUCUCCAACCCCACCCUCUUUUGAAGGCAACUUGCAGCUUCUGCUUCAAUUAGUUACAUGGGUGGGUUUUGUCUCACUGAUGAAAAGAAUAUAUGUUCCUCUCCCUCUUUUUACACACUUCCACCCCCCCAAUCCCUUCCUGCUAUCGCUUUAGGUCUCCCCUAGUUGUGUCUUCCUUGCCACGAAGGGAUUUCUGAGAAAUGUUCACACCUUGUUGUGACGCCCUCAGCUUGUGUACAUCGAUAUUAAUGCGCCUUUGAGCGCUAAGCAAGUGAUCGACGGCAGGGAUUAUGGGGUUGGCUUCAGAAAAGGGACGAGCGCUUCAUGGGAACCUCACAAAACAAUAGGUUUGGGGCACUUCCGGGUGGAGGGUGGUGGUUUUCUUUUUAUCUACUGAGUCACGAAUGCAGGUUCAGCAAGGCCAGUAUAGCUGCCCCAUUCGCCUUGGCUCUCAGUUCAAAUUGCAAAUCAGGAUAGUGUAUGGCAGGUUGCAAGGCAAAGGUGUAGCAAUAGUUUUUGGGAUGAAUCAUCAGAGCAGUUUCCCCCAACCUGCCCCCUCCAGAUGUUUGGGAGGCUAACUCUCACCAGCCACUGUUGGUGGGUGUUGAGCUGCAGAACAUCUGGAGAACUUCCAGGGAGGCCCCUAAAGCCCUUAGAGACCCAGGGUGAGGCACUGUGGGAAAGGCCGGAUUCUGUGCUAGGGAUCAUUAGGAAAGGAAUCAAGCUGCUGCAGACAUCAGAACCCCGUUCUACAAGUCUAUGGUGCGACCACAUUUUGAAUGCCGUGUACAGUUCUGGUGGCCUCACGUCAAAAAGAAGACUGCAGAGUUGGAAAAGGUUCACAAAAGGACCACCAAAAUGAUCAUGGGUGCGGAGCAACUUAGGAAGAAAGGUUGCAGUGUUUGGAACUUUUUAAUUUAGAGAAAAGGAGAGUAAGAGGCGAAAAGAUAGAAGCUUAUAAAGGAGGAAGUGGGUAGAGGAAAGUUUUUCUCCCUCUCUCAAAACUUGUGGACAUCCAAAGAAGCUGAAUGCUGGAAGAUUCAGGACAGAUUUAUUUAUGCAGCGCCUUGUUAACCCGUAGAACUCCCUCCCACUGGAAUCAGUGAUGGCCACCAUCUUGGAUGGCUUUAAAAGAGGAUUGGACAGAUUCAUGGAGGGAGAGAAGGCUAUUGAUGUCUGCUGGCCAUCAAGGCUUUGCUCUGCCUUUGCAACUGGGUGCAGUAAUGCCCUCUGAAUCCCAGCUGUUAGAAAUCGUACAAGGGGAGAGAGCUUCAAUAUUGCUUGUGGGUUUCCCAUUGGGGCAUCUGGUUGGCCCCUGUGGGAACAGGAGACUGGACCAGCUCUUCUGUUCUGACUGAUAAGGCUAAAUAAUAAUAAAAAAAUCUCUCUCUUUUUUUUUUGCACACCCUAAAUACCUUUUCACUCUGUCUCUCAGGGCUGACCCCAGAACAUUCUCCACAAGGAUUUGCAGCAGAUCACCUUGCAGUGUCAUUGAGGUGCAGCUCUAAGAGUUGUGCUUUGCUGGCCUAGCUUCGUCUGCUGCAUCCCUGACUUCCAAUAAAGAUAUAUCCUCCAUUCAUGUUUCUCUCCCCCUUCUGCUUGAAUGCUCUCGGGUCACAGGAUCGUAGAAUUGUAGAGUUGGAGGAAACUCUGAGGGUCCUCUAGUCCAACCGCCUGUGCAAUGCAGGAAUCUCAAGUGAAGCAUCCAGGAGGGAGCUGGUCUCUUGGUCUAGUGUGCACCUGUCAUUUCCCGAUCCCUUAAUUAUCUGGUGUGGGUUCCCUCCCUCUCCUUCCUCCACUUAGCCACGGUAUACUGUUGUGUCUGUGAAGUGUAGGUGGAUUCCCAUGAGGCAAGACACAGCGAUAACAGCAAAACCUUCAUUGAACUACAUAACUGGGAAACAGGGGCAAAGCAACUGCUUAUAUACACCUCUGAAAGCCUGGGCCGCUCCCACUCCCAACGUGAUUGGCUGUCUAAACUUCCAAGCUGCGAAUCACGACUCAGAGUUGGAAGAGCCAAUGCCAGAGGCCCAAAUCCUGAAAUGUUCUGUGAUUGGAGUCGAUGGAAGAAGAUUGGAAGAAAUUUAAAGACUAUCUACAGAAAUAUUGUAAAAUUAAUGAAUGUUAGAAUGAUGCCGGAUAGAAAUUAAGUGGUUUUCAGCUGUAAUACUAUAAGGGAAUAUGAAAAAUGGAUUAUUAAUAGGUAAAAAUUUUACGUUACAAUAUUUUAAGAUUAAAGACUAGGAUAAACAAAGAGGGUAAGGAUUUGCUGAACCAACAAACUGAACGGGAAUACAAAAAAGGGAGGCGUGAGGAGGUCCGGGAAACAAGCUAAUGAAAAACAAGUAAUGGAAAGAUUGAGUUGUUUUUAACUAUCUUUAUUUUGUAUUUUCUUCUUUGUUUUUUUUUAAUUUUGUAACAUUUUGAAAAUCUCAAUAAAUAUCUUAUAAAAAAAGAAAAAAGAAAUGUUCUGUGAUUGGACAUCAUGUAUCAAAUCAGAACACAGGAGCUCAGAAUCCUUAGUCCAGACCACAGCUGUCAACGUUUCCCAGUUUUUAAGGGAAAUUCCCUUAUUCCGAAUAGGAUUCCUCGCUAGAAAAGGGGAAAGUUGACAGCUAUGGCCCAGACUCAAGCUCAGGCAAACACAUACAUAACAGUCUGCACCGGGAAAAUGCUAAAUGUGGUUAAUUUUUAACCAGGGCUUGCCAACCAGCUUCGAACCCUGGUUUCAGACUCAUUCACUAACUGGCAAUGUGCAGCGCCACACCAUAGUUGGUGCUGAAAAGAGAUGGGAGCAAGGAAUUUGUGUAGGAAGAAUGUGGGGCAUGGGCACAUUUGUGUGUGUGUGUGUGUGUGUGUGUGUGUGUGUGUAUACGUGUGUGUGUGUGUGAAAAACCCACAGGUAGCUCCCAGAGCCUUCACAGGAGCUAAAAAGUCUGUGUUUGGGUUGGGUGUUUUAUUGGGUUUUUAAAUAAUAAUAAUGUAGCAGUGCUUAAGAGGUCAGGAGAUGAUUCCCUCUGCACCACUAUGGCCAGGAAUGAUGAAAGAGACUCAUGUUUUGGAGUUAUGCAUUUAGGAAAUGCAAGGUACUAGCAGUUUAAAUUGUGCCGUAUGUUCUGGUGCGUUGCAGGCCCUUCAAAGUUUUCAUGCAUACCUAAAAAAAGAAUGGAAAAAGUUCUGAGAAUCUUUGCAAUGGAAAAGGCAAGAGGGUGAGGAUUCUGACCCGAGGGUCCAGGAGUUUUUGAAAUGAUUGUGUGAAUGCGCAAGAGGAGUUGAUGGGAAUUAAGGAGGUUUUGCCUCCCUUGGCAACUUCUUCUUUGAAAGAAAUGGACUUUUCCAUGAGGAAUGUGUGCCUGUCCUUUGCAAGUUGACAUCUUGCCCUGUCAGCAGAUCUGUAGCAUCUCUGCAUGAAACUCUAUCUGCUUCUGGAGGGCUCCCUGGCAGUUAAAUGACAACACAUUGACGUUAAAGCUGCCGAUUGAGGCGGGAGAAUUUUAGAACCCAGGAAACCAUCUCGGGGAGCUGGGCAGACAAAACAACCAGCCGCAAUGAUUUGUUUUAAAAGGCUCUCCCGCGGCGAUGCAUCUGGGGUUAGCGAGGUAGAUGUCCUGAGCUAAGAAGUGACCCAUUUGGCCACUUGCCCUGUGCCAUUUUGAAGGAGACAAUGGCAAUGAGUUGGUGUAGCCCUAAAUACUGUAUUUUUCGCUCCAUAAGACACACCUAGUUUUUAGAGGAGGAAAACAAGAAAAACAAUAUUCUGAAUGAAACAGUGGAUGUAUGAUUUUUGUGAUUCAUGCUGUGGCCACAGACAUGUGAUCUGAUGGUGAAUUUGGGGUGACCCAAUGUAAAAAUCCUGAGGAUCCAUGGGCUUUUACCUCCCCCCUCCCAGGCAGCCUCCUUUAUCGCUAGCAUCCCUUACCUCUCUCCCGAUCCCACCAAUCAGCUGUUUCCUUUCAACACUCCCUUCCCUCUCGUUUGCCUUAGUGUCUUUUCCUUAGCUGGAGCAGCAUUUUGCUCCUCCUUUUCUUCUAAUUUCUCUCCUCAUUGCUUUAGUCUUCCUGUUCCCCCCAUUUGCAAGUUUGCUGUCUUUACCUCUCCCCUCCCAGGCAGCCUCCUUUAUCUCUAGCUCCCUUAUCUCUCUCCCUGAUCAGCAAACGAUCAGCGGCUUUGUUUCAACACCCACUUCCCUCUUUCAAAAAAAAAAGCAUGAUCUGCUUUUUGCCCCUGGACAAUUCGGCCCCAGGGACCAUGCAUUCGCUCCAUAAGACGCGCAGACAUUUCCCCUUACUUUUUAGGAAGAAGAAAGUGCAUCUUAUGGAGCGAAAAAUACGGUACUUGAUCCAGGGCAGUGGAGGUUCUGGUCCAGCUGCUCUGAGCAUCAACUGCUACCCUGCUUUCUGGGCACUCUGGCAGAAAUCUUUGGUUCCCUUUGGGGAUGGGCCACAGGCAGAGAAUCUGAAGCUCCCAGGCUCAAUCCCCACUGGAAUCUCUGGGUUGGUCUGGGAGAGGCUCCUGCCUGAAAUCGUGGCGAGCCAUUGCUGGCAGCCAGUGUAGGCCAUAUUGAGCUAGAUGCACCAAUGGUCUGAGAUAGGAUAGGGAAGCUUCUUGGCUUCCUUUAGCUGCAGAUAGCGAGGGUUGGAACUGAGGCCUGCUAAUGCAUCUGCUCAUCCUCUGGGCUUGGUGAGAUGACAGGCACAAACACAGUCUCCUGGCAGCUAUAAAUAUCUGGAGAGAUGUGUUGUUCCUGAGAUGUGUGCCCCUACGCUUGUCCUGGGCUCAAGUCUUCCCAUCCUGUCGCCCUCCAGCCAGGCUUCACCUGAGGUCACAUUAUCUGCUCCCCUUUCCUCUGCGGGUGACGCAGGCCGUCCUCCUGUCAGCCCUGAGUGAUGAUGUGCUUUUGCCCAUUGCAAUAAAAUGGGAGAUUUCUGCUGAUAACUGUUACAGUUGACAAAAGAUGGAAUGAAAGGAGAAUGGCGAAUAAACCCCUGGCACCGGCGCUUUCCUUGUGCGCCCUUCCCGUGAACCCUUUCCAACUUUCCCCCAGCUCUGAUCUCCCAAUACAGCUCUCCCUUCUCUUUAUAAAAAAAAGAAUUUUGCUCUUGUCUCGGAGAUUGCCACCCAAGCUUGUUGAAGCUUCGCUGAGAUUGCAGCAUCUUUGCCAGGGCUGAUUUGGGCAGACAGUUGCUUUUCUGCAUCCAAACAUACAUAUUUGUGUGCCAGGCAUUGCUUUAGGUUCAGAAAACUCUUCUCCAGCCCUCCCAUCAUUUAUACCUCAUUAUCCUUUUGCACUGAUAAUUGAUGAUGAUAAGAAGGAUUUCUUAAACUCUGCCCGGUUACUCAUCUGGGCAGAAAUUUAAAUAAAAGUAAAAAUGGGAGGGUGGGGAAGCAGAAUCCCAUCUGCUAGCAUUGCUGUAAUCUCCAUGGAGCCUAUAAGUUGUAGGCAGGAUCCUGCCCCCCCCCAUGUUUAUUUAUACCUGGAAAUGGCAGGUAAUUUGAGGACUGUGCGUUUCUGAAGCUAGGACUGCACAUCUCUGUCGUGAAUUCCUUGUAAGGUUUUUUUUUUUAAAUGAUAUUUAUUAAAGUUUCCGAUAAAGAAAGACACAUCAGUAAAAAAGAAUUUAAAAGUAAAAAGAAAAAUACACAAUACAAAAAUACACAAUACAAAAUACAAAAAAAACAAACAAAAAAAGAAAGAAAAAACAGUUAAAAACAAUACCAUCUUUUCAUCACCACUUUUGAAUUUACUUAUUUUCUGGACCUCCUCAUACCUCCCUCUUUUGUAUUCCAGUUCAAUUUGUUUGUCCAGCAAUUUCCUUCCCUCUUUUUAAUCCCAAUCCUUAAUCUUAAUAUGGUAUAACAUUAAAUUCUUAUCUAUUAAUAGCCAGUUUUCCGUUCUUUUAACCUUUUUAUGCCUAAUCCUUAAUCUUAGUCUAUAUAUAACUUUAACGCCUGUGCAGCUAGAAACCACUUAAUUUCAAUCCAUCAUCACUCUAACAUUCUUUAAUUUUGCAAUGUUUCUGUAGAUAAUCUUUAAAUUUCUUCCAAUCUUCUUCCACCGACUCUUCUCCCUGGUCACGGAUUCUACCAGUCAUUUCCGCCAGUUCCAUAUAGUCCAUCAGUUUCAUCUGCCAUUCCUCCAGUGUGGGUAGCUCUUGUGUCUUCCAAUACUUUGCGAUGAGUAUUCUUGCUGCUGUUGUCGCGUACAUAAAGAAAGUUCUAUCCUUUUUUAACACCGAUUGGCCGACUAUGCCCAGGAGAAAGGCCUCUGGUUUCUUCAAGAAGGUAUAUUUAAGUACCUUUUUUAAUUCAUUAUAUAUCAUUUCCCAGAAAGCCUUAAUCUUUGGGCACGUCCACCAAAGGUGAAAAAAUGUACCUUCAGUUUCUUUACAUUUCCAACAUUUAUUAUCGGGCAAAUGGUAGAUUUUUGCAAGCUUGACUGGGGUUAUGUACCACCUGUAUAUCAUUUUCAUAAUAUUCUCUCUUAAGGCAUUACAUGCCGUAAAUUUCAUACCUGUGGUCCAUAACUGCUCCCAGUCAGCGAACAUAAUGUUGUGUCCAACGUCUUGUGCCCAUUUAAUCAUAACAGAUUUCACCGUUUCAUCCUGAGUGUUCCAUUUCAACAGCAAGUUAUACAUCUUUGACAAAUUCUUAGUUUUGGGUUCUAACAGUUCAGUUUCUAAUUUUGAUUUUUCCACCUGGAAGCCAAUUUUCUUGUCCAAAUUUUCUUGUCCUUGUAAGGUUUUGGACACGUUUUCUGAUCUGUAAAAGGAUAAACAUACCAUACUUCAGAAUGAAGCAAGGCUCUGCAUAAUAUAUAUUUACUUACGGCUGAUAAACAAUCAUAUUGAUAAACUGGACAAAUUAUUUUUUUAAAGGGGUUGUACUUUAUUUUCUAAUUUGUGUCUUUGUGUGUGUUUGGUCGUAUGUAAGCUCCAAACAUAAAGGGAUCUAACUUGGAAUUUUCAAAUCCAGACAUAUCAGUUGCUUGUCACCGAGUCCACAUUUAAAUGAAAUUAUUUGUGUUUUGGGUCCUGCUCUUUGCAAUGGGAAUGAAUGCUUGCAACAAACUUUGGUAGGGAUAACAUACACACAUCCUAGAAAGAUUUUAUAAACAGUUAUUUUUAAGAUCGCAGAGAUCACCGCUAUGUGGGGAAAGCUGACUUGCACUUUGGGGUGAAAAAGACUUGUGUAACAGGGAAAACGAGUCCACACACACGGCACAGUCAGUCAGAACUGGUGUAUGUCUCUUUAUUUGCAGGGAAAGAGAGCCAAAUAAGUUUGUUAAAUAUAUCAUAAAAGAGUGGGAUCAUUGCAGGGCAAAGGGGGGAAUCCAUACUCUUUCACUGUGAUGCUACAAUGCCUGCACUUCCAAAAACUCAGGGAACGUCAAGCUCCUGGGUUUCAAAAGCGAAGUUUGACAUCUUCCCUAAGUAUUUCUUCGCCGUACACCGAUGCAGAGUCUUCAUAUUAAAAAAAAAAUAAAAAAAACAUUUUGCCGUGUGGGGCAAGAGCUCGUCUUGUUUUGCACUGACCUGCUGUCACGGGCUGGCUGUUUUGCUUUAAAAAUAAAUAAAUGUUUCCUGUUACAACUGAAGAAGGAGUAAAGUGCAAGAGGGAAAACCCCACAGAUUUUCGGCUCAAGUUGUUUGUCCUUGAUGAUUCCCCACUGGGGAGUGUGUGUGUGUGUGUUCUGUCCUCUGAUCAUCCUGGCCUGAAACAAAUUGUACCUUUUUAUUAUUGUGAACCAAAGGCAGGUGGUAGGAGACCAAAAAAAUGGCAAGUAUUUUGCCCUGGGGCGCUGUUUAUUUGGAUGGUGCUCUGAAGCUGCUGACAGGGUCUCCUGCGAGGAAGGGGAAAAAGUUCAAUUGAUCUUAUGUUGCAGAACCUAGGUUGGGUUAAGAGUAGGUAAUUCAUGUCUCAGACAGUGUCGGGCAGAGGCUUAGAUCAUUUUGGAAAACCUGUCUGGAGUUUUUCAGAGAAGGCUUCGUAAUUUUAAAGACCCCUGCAACGCCGUUGUUGCCUUCUGUGCCCUACUUUUUUAAAUAAAUAUUUUAUCUUUUUUUUUUUUUUAAAAAAAAUGAUAUUUAUUAAAGUUUCAAAAAAUACAAGAAGUACAAAAUACAGAAAAAAGAAUAAAGUUUUUAAAAUAUAACAAAAAAGUAAAGAAUAAAAAAGAAACAUACAAAAUAAAACAGUUAAAAAGACAUUAAUUUUCCAUAACCUAUCUUCCCUACACUUAUUUCCCCGGACCUCCUCAUACCUCCCUUUUUUGUAUUCCAGUUCAGUUUGUUAGUUCAGCAAAUCCUUACCAUUAAGCUUUUACCCAAUUGUAAACCUUUUUUCCUAUCUCUUAAAGCAUUACAGCUGGAAACCACUUAGUUUCUAUCCAACAUCCUUCUAAGAUUCCUUAAUUUUACAAUAUUUCUGUAAAUAGUCUUAAAAAUAAAUAUUUUAUCCUUCACCUUCUCCCCCAUACUCAGAUUGGACACGAACGACUUGACCAGAAAUAUUCCAUAUAUUCCUGUUGCCAAAGGGUGAAAGCAGAGAGAUUGGCAUUGAUUGGCACUUCUAACUUCCCACCUCCCCAAUUUCAGGAAUGGGCAGCGAACCUUAAAAACAGAAAGUAAUAAAGGGAUGUCAGAAUAUUGUGGGGGAUAUUGGGAAGGAGGUGGUUAAAAUAGCAGUAGCCUUGAGGUUUUAAGGAGGGGAGGAAAUACUGUAAGGUGUCUACGAAGUCUUAACAUCCCAGAAGAAAGUGUAUUGAGCUCAAUGGGGUGCAGAAAAUUGCAGCUAAAUUCUGUCUCCAUAUGCAACCUGAGCCUCUACCUUCUUGUAUUAACCUUGCAUCUGAGUAACAUUGCAUUCCUAAGCAAGUUUACUUUGUAGUCAAUCCCACUCAGUUCAAUGGGGCUUACUUCCAAGUAAGUUUGCAUGUGAUGAAGUUGGCACACUACUUAGUUGAGCCAGGCAUUUCAUAACAUCUGAAGAACUGGCCUGCCUUCUCCUCCUUUUAAAAACUGCUUCUGUGUUUUUUAAUAGUUGUGGCCACGUUUUGCUUUUUAUUUGUUUUUUGUUUUGUUUUUAAAGCACACACAGAAAGGUAAACUGACCUUGUUAUUCCAGGGUAGAAGUCAGAGGAGAACUCUUCAGUGAACCAUGCUACAGAAACCAAACCUAAAGUUAGACUCGGUUACAUAUUUUGAGAGUUAUUUACUGUUAAAAAGAAAAUAACUUUCACCAUUUGACAUAACUGAUUUGUUUUUGUAAUUAGCAAAAGCAUCGUACCUGUUGAGGAUUCAGCUCCUCCCACACACUGUUCGAAUGAAAAGGGUGAUUUCAAAAUUCCACAUCAGCAUUGACCAGUAUUAACCAAUAUUUGAUGGGUCAACGGACCAAAACUCUUUUGACCAAAUACCCAAACCCUCAACUUGAAGCCUGCAGCCUUCUCCUAGGCCAACCACUGAUGUGUAUUGGUGUACUGAGUACCAACCGCAUGCUUGAAAGGUCAGAAAUGUUAGUUGCAUCAGAAGGAUGUGUGUGAGAGAUCAUUUGUGACAUAGGGUUUUUCUUUUGCAAAUGACUGUUAACUGUCUGCAUGAUUUUCAUGCUUUAGAUAGCAGACAUUUGACAAAGCAGCAAGCGGAUAGCAUCUGGGAAAUGACAUUUUGCACACACUAAAUCAGUGUUGGCUGAACCAGGAGGAAGUCAGCUUGGCAUCCCUCCUAUGGCAGCCAGGCAUUCAGAUGGUUCUCUGAACUGGCCCCCUGAGCCAUGGCUGGGGUGUGUGUGUGGCCCUUCGCAUCCUGUUGGACUCUGUUGGUCUGUGAUGAUGGGAGCCAUCUCAAGUUGACUUCCUUCUUCUCGUUCAGGCAAGACUGGGCAUUGAUUUGGUGCAUGAAAAAGGUGGUUUGCUAGAUCUUUCUCCCCCCCCCCCCAACUGGUUUCCAAUGCAUUGAACAGACUUCUCCGCAAUUCAAAGCGUUAUUCAGCCAUCAGCCUCGCUCUCCCUUCCACAUUUCAGGCGGAAUGACUACUUUAAAUCUCUGCGUUUUGCUUGAUUGCCAACUUAGGGAACUUGCAAAAGCACUCUAGAGGGAGGGAGAAGUGGGAAGGAGUUCAUGACCACUCGGGUGCCAGCCAAUCAGUGCUGUGCACAGACAGAUUCUGCUGCAUACAGGCAGAACUAGUUCGUCUAAGCUUGAUCCUGGCAAGGAAGGCACAGGCAGCUCAUAUAAUGUACAUUGUGCACAGUCUUAAAUAGCAGAUACUUCUCCUGUCUUAUGUAGUUACGAUUAGGAGUUCCUCUUUCUCUCUCUCUCCUCUGCUCCACUUCUUAAAUGUUCAAAAACUUACCUACCCAUGCUUCUUGGUUAAACUUCUCUUUGCCACACUGCACACAUUCUGCCUUUCCAUAACAAACUUAUACGCUAGUCCUGUUUUUAAAAAAAAACAAACAAAAAAACCCCAAUAAUUGACUGUGCCCAGUUUUGAAUUGCAGUGUGAGGAUUUGUUAGUGCUCAGCUGUGGUGGAUCUGGAAUAUGCACUUGUCUCUGUGAUCUCUGUGCCCCUUUUCUCUCCCUGCUCUUUGCCACGCCGCUUUCCCUAAAAUAGUAAAGUCUUUCAGACCUUUACCAGUGAAUUUCAGCCUUUGAAACAUGGGUAUCCAUUCUGUUAGACAGCUUAUUCCACCCUCUGCCAAGCCGGUGCCCUCAGAAACUGUAGGAUCACAGCUCCAAUCACCCAAAACACCAUGGGACUGUGCUGGCUGCGGUUGUUUCAAAAUAUCUGGAGGGCACCAAAUUGGCAGGGCUGCCUUAUCCAUUUAACACAGGUUUAAAACCUCGAGUUUCUAUGGUGCUCUGACAGUUCUGCCUCCCAUUCCCCCCACCUAAUCUUGUACCAGCGAUUUUGCGAAGCCGUCGUUUUUCCACUUGGCUGUUUGUUUGGACCUCUGCACAUGUACGGUUUGCUGCGGUUUUCGUUUCGCUUGCACAUUUUAUUUAUUUAUUAUUUAUCAGACCGAUAUGCCUCCUCCCCUUUGCCAAGCUGCCAAAGCACAUUGAUUGCAGCACCAUUUUUAAUUAAACAUCACAGCUAUGUGGGAUGCAAUUUACAACAGCGGAUUAAAUGAAGUAUCGAGGAAAUAAAUUGGACUAGUCAAAGCUGUGAUACAGUUUUGCAUGUGUACAGGUACAAAGUAAUUAACUCUUAUUGAAGGGAAUCUGAGUGGUCUUUUGCAUUUCUCAUUGGAAUAGAGAUAUAUAACCAGUGCUGUUUUUCUGGGGGGACACAGGGGGGUGCAUACUCCUAAACAUUUUGUGAAUCUUUGUACUUUUGUCCAUUUACUGUAUUUAUUUUUCCUGUUUUGAACUAUAAAAUAGUGAUUUUCUUGAGACAAAAUGAGAGCACCCCUAGACAUUUUUUAAAAAGAAAAAAGCACUGUAUCUAACAGUUAAAUUUGGGAUUCGAUGUAGCCUUUGUCUGAAGUGAGAUCUUACUUAUAGCAGAGGAAUCAUGAUGCAGCAAUACAAAUGCACUGGAAUCCAUUCCUGAUCUGUGAUUUAAUCUGUGUACACAUCCCCCAGGAUGCUUCGAGGGAUUAUUGCUGUCUGGUAUUACAAUCCCGUGUGCUCACCUGCUUGUGUGCAUCGCAAACUGUAUGGCAAAACAAGGCACGGAAGCUGGCAAAUUGCAGAUGUGUCCGUUUCACAAUGAAUUUCAGAAAUUCUUCAAAGUCUGACGGGACAGAAAGUGAAGGAGAGCAGCCAGCCCAUUGAACAAUCACAAAAUGGAACGGGAAAUCGCCUGCUCAUCCUUGACCCCCCCCCUUUCUUUGUAGCUCCGUGCAUCAAUGGUAUUGAGACAGGUAUCUGUGCAAAUCCAGGAUUUACUUGGCAAAGGGCUGUGCUGAGCUUUCAGUUUCUGGAGGUGUGUGUGCCAGAGAAGAAAGGCCCAGUUUCAGUCUCUGGCAAUGCCAGGUUCAACUGGGAGAAACCCCUGAGGCUGAAACUCCAGAGAGCUGCUGCCAGUCAGAUCAGUCAAUCAUCAUCAUCAUCAUCAUCAUCUAUUAUUUAUACCCCGCUCAUCUGGCUGUGUCCCCCCAGCCACUCUGGGCGGCUUCCAACAAAACACUAAAAUACAAGAACCUAUUAAACAUUAAAAGCUUCCCUAAACAGGGCUGCCUUCAGAUGUCUUCUAAAAGUUUGGUAGUUAUUUUUCUCUUUGACAUCUGGUGGGAGGGCGGUCCACAGGGCGGGUGCCACCACCAAGAAGGCCCUCUGCCUGGUUCCCUGCAACUUGGCUUCUCGCAGUGAGGGAACUGCCAGAAGGCCCUCGGAGCUGGACCUCAGUGUCCGGGCAGAACGAUGGAGGUGGAGACGCUCCUUCAAUACUGACCUGGAUGGGCCAGUUACAAAGCUUCAGUUGUUGAUACAACCUGAAGUACCUUGGUCGAAGUUUUACGAUCCCAGACUGCAGGUGGUGGUUGUAUUUUUGCUAAUGUUCACCUACGACUUUUUAAAUGUAGAAGACUAGUUGAAAGCACUAAGAUAAAACAUUUCUCCCUCUGCUGUGCUAGCUUUCUGCAUGCGGGGAUACCAUGCUUUUAAAACGAAGGCACACAUUCAGACGUGCAACCCCUACCCCCAGUCUGAAGUGAAACAGUCCCAGAGAAGUACCAUAUUUUUCGCUCUAUAAGAUGCACGAGACCACAAGACGCACCUAGUUUUUGGAGGAGGAAAACAAGAAAAAAAAUAUUCUGAAUCUCAGAAGCCAGAAAAGCAAGAGGGAUCGCUGCGCAGUAAAAGCAGCAAUCCCUCUUGUUGUUCUGGCUUCUGGGAUAGCUGCGCAGCCUGCAUUCGCUCCAUAAGACGCGCACACAUUUCCCCUUACUUUUUAGGAGGGAAAAAGUGAGUCUUAUAGAGCAAAAAAUACGGUAUGUAUCACGUGAAUAUUCUGAUUGGCCCUUCCCUGGGCAUUUUGCUACAUCCAAAUGGAGCUGGCAGGUCCCUCAACAUUACUGAAUACCUUGGAAAGGCAAAGUUCAUUCCUUCUGCCGCCGCUGCCUGUGUUUGAACAAGAGACAGAUGGAUAUCUCUUCUUGCUGCUUCAGUGAGAGAAAUCUUCUAAGGUUACCAGAUUGCUUCCUAAUAGGGUGGAUAUUGCUGUACUUAGCUCUGGAGUGCAAGCAAAAAAUAUCUCCCUUCAUUUAUCAAACUGUGUGCAAUUGUCAUCAUGCGAUAAAUCUACAGGCAACAGAUGAAUGGAGCGAGCUAUGCUAAAACCACACACAAACACCCCUGCAAUAUGUUUUUGCCUUUAACCCUUCUGCGAUGGGCGGUGUACCUUUCUGAAGAUAUCUGCAGUCAGGCAGGGGUGGGUGAAGGAAUCUAGCUUGCUGCAGCUUUGUGAAACAUAGCCAAAGGAAACUUUAAAUCUCUGGAUCAGCAACUGUCAUUAUUAUUAUUUAUUGAAUUUGUAUUCUGCUCAUUAUCCGUAGAUCUCAGGGCGGUUCACAAUGUGAAAUACAAUAUAAAAGCAAAAAAGACACAAUAAAAACAAGAACAAAACCCUCACAUAUUUAUGGGCUUGUUCAUACUUCCGCUUGUCUUGUGCCUAGAGAGCAUGGGUCUGAAUUGUUUUCUGCUUGCCCCAUGACUUUCCCCUGGAAAAGCUGCUCUUUAGCACUGAAUCGGAGCAAACCUCAAUCCACGGAAAACCCCAUUGACAAUUGCUCCAAUUCAGUGGUAAAGAUUCAGUGGGUUUUCCCAGGGGAAAGUAGCAGGACAAGAAGAAGCCUGAAUGAGACUGUAGAUCAGUGGCAUAGCGUGGUUUGCUGGUGCCCGGGCGGGCGGGCGCUGGGGCGGCAGGACGCAGAGGUUGAAUGGAACUUGCCACGCCAGCCCAGCAUGUGCCAUCAACAUCACCAGACUGAUGCCAGUCCUGAACUGCUUUGCAAGCCUCGCAAAGCAGCUCAGGGUGGCACGGCGGCAUGCACAGCGCCCCCAGAAAAAUGUUCCGGGGGCCAUCGUCCUAGCAGCCCCCCGUGCCAUGCCCCUGCCAUAGAUCUGCUUAUAAUUCUUGGUACUCCUAAUUGAGGAUCUUUGUUUCACAGAAUAUUUGGUGUUAUUUGACUGUAAUCAGAGAAAAGAGUCUGUUGGCAGUCUUGGAAUGGCCAAGAAACCAGCUUCCCAAACCUGCUCUUGGUUCACAAGCCCUGGUGCACUGUUUUGCACGAUCUCUUCUUUACCCAGGCCUCUCCUGAGGCUAAUCUUGACUUAGGUGGCAUGAUUGCCACCAUCCCAUAAUUCCUUCCUCCCAAUUCCCUGUUAACAGGUCUUCUGCACACGUGGUUGGUGUUCAUGAAUAGUAAGCUGGCGAUAUCCAGAAUGUCACCCCUUUGGCAUGAACUUGCCCAACCCUCUUUCAAAGGCCAUCACUUUCUCCUGGUAGAGCGAGUUCCAUAAUUAUACACUGCAUUAAGAAGUCCUUUCUUUUAUCUGUACUUUUCAUCAAGUACAGUUUUAUAAAGACACCGCAGUUAAGUGCGAAGAGGAAAAAACGGUCUCCUGUCGUUUCGUGCGGAAGCAGAGAGGUGGAGUUUUGCAAAAGUCUGGCUGAAACACGGUGGCUGUGAAUCAUGGUAGAGCACUGUGUUCAGAUGGUCAUAUUCGGAGGGGGAACUGAGCAGGUGCCAUUUGUCCCAGUUCUACAUACACACACACACACACACACACACACACACACACACGUGUGAAUUUGCCUCAUCUUGGGUGCCCCAGUGGAGCGCCUAGGGUAGGAUUCGGGGGAGGCGUGGAGCAGCGCAAGCCUCUGUCGCAUCACCAACACAGACCACCUGAAAUUUGCAAAGAAGCAAACAACUUUCCCCGUUUUCUCCUCCAAAUCUUUUGAUGGUGUGGUGGCCAGUCAAGCAAGAACCUGAAGCCUUGUUUUGUUCUCAGAAGUGACUCUGUGGCCUUUGGAAGGAAGGAGAGCGAGAGCGCGGGCAAGGGGCGUUUUCAUCGGAAGCCAAAUUCCGAGUCAAAUUCCGUGGCGCCUUUGUCCCCCUGGCUCGGCUGCCCCCUUCUAAUUGUUCCCUUGUCAGGAGGCGUACGCCUCCGAGAGAGUUAUCUGAUGGCUGCCCCAGGGCUCGCGAGCGACUCAGACGCUGACCUCUGGGUGCAAACCGCUUCUCCAAGCCUCUCUGGCCUGGGGCUCGGCUGCCCAGACCCAGUGUUGGCCCUGGGUGUCUUAACUUUCCUCCCCUCACCUGGACAUUUUGAUGCACCUGUCUGGGGCAGGGGUGGAGUGGGCCAAAGGGUUAGAGGAUCACAGGAGGAACAGGGAGAGCGAAGCAGCCUCCCAGCUGCUCAUGUCAAGGCGAGGAUUAAUCGCUAUUUAAAUAGCAAGCUGGGAGGGGGUGCUGGGCUGUGGAAUGUGGCCGGAUCAAGGCAGAGGAAUGGCUCUUACCCUCUUCGCCAUUCAGACAGAUGGCUCCUGGCUUGCUUGGAAUGACAAGGCUGCCGUAUUUACAAUUUGCUUUCCUCUUUAUUACGAUUAAGAUUUCUAAUCUGAUCUGCUGCCCAAUGCCUGCUGGAGGGUGACUGCUUGUGCAACAGCCAUUUUAAGAGGCAAGAUACCUAUUAAACACUUAAAAAAAAUAAACACGGCUAAAACAGACUCGUCUGCCACAUUCCUGACAACCAAAUCAAGGACGUGCCAAACCCCCUUGAGAGAGUUUGCCAGGUUUGCAAAUUUUGGUGCUUCCUCAGAUGGUUUUGCCUGAAGGAACUCCCAGAGAUUGCAUUUGGGAUUUUGCAGUGAGUGGGAUGUUGGUGGGACUUGGCACCAUUUUGUAAUUUUUUCUUUAAAUACAAAUCUGGGGUUCUUGAAUGAGAAGGUGUGCUUCGGAGUGCAUACGUUCAUUGAAACAAGCGACGAAAAUGCAUUGCAUAUGGGGAAAUGGCUUGCGAAAACACAAAUACUAAGAGAAGUUAACACCAGGACGCUAGCCAACUCUCAGGAGGACUUUUAGACAAAAAUGAAUCACAAACCAAUGUGGAAAUGUGGCUAAAUCGAGGCUGGGAAAAUGAGAACCUGAAAUUGACUGGGUGGCCCAUCCCUUGCAGGAGCAAGCAAGACAGGCUUGUAAGGGUGCUGUGGCAAUGGAGCAAAUCUAGGUGGCCAAGAGAACGGCCUGCUUUUCUCAGGGCUGAGCCUGCUGGGGAAAGGGCUGCGUUGCUUGAGCAAGGAUGCCCCUCAAGGCAGGGGUGGCUUUGUUUAGGGAUUAAGGUGCCUCUAGCUGGCAGGCAAAAGGGCUGGCUGCUUCUCUUGGCAUCGGUGCCAGGGGUGCGUGCUGAGCGACAUUGCCAAACUUGCUGGUUUCUUCUCUGAGUGAAUGGGUUCCUCUACCGUCCUUUCUCUUUACCAACGUAAACACGUUUCGGUGGCCAAGUUCAGGCAAUCGCAUCUCAGCUUCAUAAACCAAAAUGUGAGCGAGCUGCUUGCACCUGCUCACCCACUAAAGCUCUGCUCGCUUGUUGCUAUUUAUUAAUCGCCUUCCACAGAUGUCCCCGGGCGAUGGGUGAACUAGAAUCAAAACAGCUACAGAAAUAACCCAAGAGCAGCUUAAAAGCAAUGCUAAAUGGACACCUAUGGCCGAGAUCUUUUCAUCUUCGUUGUGUAACUUGGCGAGCAGAUCUUGAAGUCUCAUAGCUUCCUGUUUCAUCCAAACCAGGAAACCUUGGUCCCUAGCAUUGAACGAGCCAGGAUCCUAAACCGUGGUUUGAAGUGGGUUUAGGAUCUUGCCUCAUUCUCAUGCUGCUAACCAGAGUUUCUCCGGUUCAGAUGCAAUGAGAAGCUGCGGUCAAUUACAGUCUUCCUGGUUUGGUUGUGAAAGUUCUGUAUGCAUGUUCAAAAGACUCACGUGUCUUGGUUUAUCAAUCCGAGAUGUGAUUGUCCAAACUGGGUCAGGGCUGAGAUUCUUCUUACAUCUGGUAGUCUUCAAAAAAUAUAAUCUGAUGGAUGUGCUUUAUGAGUGGGAUACAAUUAAAUAUUUCAGCCAAGGAAAAUAAAAAGUAUGACUUAUCCCUCCCUGUUGUAAAAUAGUGUGAGGUGAAGGAUCAAGAUGUCACUGGCGAGGAGGGAGCAGGAGAAGAAGAGAAAUCGGAAGGAUCGUUGAGCUUGAACGAAAUGUAUGGCUGAAGGUGGCAUCAUAACUCCCUGGCUAUUUCCAUGGAGCAGAGGAAACCCAGGAAAUAACCUUCUUGGAACAGACAGCCUCAGAAGGUGGCAAUCUCUCCUUCCUCAGAGGUCUUUAAUCAAAGGUUGGAUGGACACCUGUUAGGAAUCCUUUAGCUGUGAUUCCUGCAUCAGAGGGGGUUGGACUACAGGGGCCUUGGGGUCCCUUCCAACUCUACAAUUCAGUGAUUCUAUGAGCUUGGAAGGUGAUGGACUCUCCUUCCUUGGAGGUCUUUAAUCAAAGGUUGGAUGGACAUCGGCCAGGGAUCCUUUAGCUGUGAUUCCUAGUGGAUUACCCUUGGGGACACCUGCCAACUCUACAAUUAUAUGAUUCUGUGAUUCUCAAGAUUGUGUCAAACUUAAAGGUGGUUAAAGUUGCUAAAUGUGUGUGUGUGUAGAUAGAUAGAUAGAUAGAUAGAUAGAUAGAUAGAUAGAUAGAUAGAUAGAUAGAUAGAUAGAUAGAUAGCCAAACACUGAUAGCUGAGCUGGAAUUAUUUCCAGAGGAACAGAGGCUGGGUUCUUUCCCUUACUGUAACAUAUCUAUGUAUUCUCUCUCUCUCCUUUUCAGCCACAGUAUACAAACCUGGGGCUCCUUAACAGCAUGGACCAGCAGAUACAAAAUGGCUCCUCAUCCACAAGCCCGUACAACACGGACCAUGCUCAGAACAGUGUGACGGCGCCCUCCCCUUACGCCCAGCCCAGCUCAACCUUUGACGCCCUCUCGCCCUCGCCCGCCAUCCCCUCCAACACAGACUACCCAGGACCUCACAGCUUUGACGUCUCAUUUCAACAAUCCAGCACUGCCAAGUCGGCCACGUGGACGGUAAGAGUCGGGUCUGGCUUGGGGUGGGGCGCGGCACUGGAAGGCUGGUGCGUGAAAUAUGGUGGCAAUUGGGAAGUUGCAGCCCAAUGUUUUCCCUGUUAGGAAGGAACUGCGUUCCAAAGGUAGUGCAUGGGUCAUUCCUGGUCAUGUUUUCCCAUCGACUGGAUGGAACAACUCCUCCGUUGGAGGACGCUGGGAAUGUGAGCGGUAGAAUGAGGGUGGUGAGUCAUUAGAUUGCAGUAAUUCACAGUUGCUCAAGAGGCAUAGUAGUUUUCCAAAGUCCACUGGUAGCCAGAGUUAAUUUAAAUGCCCCGUGCAAAAUGCAGUUCCGUUGGGCACAGUUCAAGGGUUAAAGCGUCAUAUUUUCCUAAGUCCCGAUUCUUGUCACCAGGUCGCUUGUAAACAUUCCCAAGGGUGGUUUAGACACAAUUGAGAUCAUUGGAUAGGGUUCGUUUUGCAACCUGUGUCAUGCUCCCAUUGGUCUUUGCUUGUGAUGAGGUUUGUAGGGUCUGGGAGUACUCUCUUGUAUCUUGUGGAUACCAACUCUGCACCUACAUAUGCAAGAGAAAGAAAGAUCAUUGUCUCCCCUCUCCUCUCUCCCCCCACAUCCUCACAAUGCCUGCGACAACAAUGUCUCAUACCGAAUGUAGCUGAUGUGUCAAAAGGACUCUGUGAAUUGAAAACAGAAGCGUUUAUAUGUACCUUUGUUAUUCAUGAAAGUCUUUCAAUGAAAUAAAUAAAUAAAACAAACGAUUCCCGAGUGUGAGCCAAAGUUGGCCAAGUUCUCAUUGGGUCUGCAUCCUUUGACCUGCUGAGAACCAGAGAUGGAGCGUCUACCUCCGCUUGGUAUCUUCGGCUCUAUCAGGGGCUCCUGUGUUGCUGGGGGCCAUCUGAGCCACACACACCCUGGAUCUUCUUGAGGUUGCCUUGUUGUUGUUGUUUAGUCGUUUAGUCGUGUCCGGCUCUUCGUGACCCCCUGGACCAGAGCACGCCAGGCAUUCCUGUCUUCUACUGCCUCCCGCAGUUUGGUCAAACUCAUGCUGGUAGCUUCAAGAACACUGUCCAACCAUCUCGUCCUCUGUUGUCCCCUUCUCCUUAUGCCCUCCAUCUUUCCCAACAUCAGGGUCUUUUCCAGGGAGUCUUCUCUUCUCAUGAGGUGGCCAAAGUCUUAGAGCCUCAGCUUCAGGAUCUGUCCUUCCAGUGAGCACUCAGGGCUGAUUUCCUUCAGAAUGGAUCUUCUUGAAGUCCAUGGGACUCUCAACAGUCUCCUCCAGCACCCCAAUCAGAAGGAAUUAAGAUCUCAUCAGGAGACUGCUCUUUCUUUUGCCUUCGCCUCUUGAUGUGACUCCAGGGCUCUCUGAUGAAUACCUGUCACCUUCCUGUCUCCCUGAUGACAGUUUAGGAACCAACCCAACUGGAAGGAUUUCUUCGGUUACAGUGACCUAUUAAAAUUGUGAUUUGCAUCAUGCCCCACCCUUGCAAAGAGUAACACAAUUUGAAAGUCUUCUUUCAGCUUUCACUGGCUGUUACCAAAGGGCGUUGGCAGGGGGAAUAAGGCGUUCACCUUGCAGGAUCUCCGCCUUUUACCCCCUGGUAACUAUUCCCUCGAGGACUGUUUGGCCUUGCUGAGAACUGGAGAGGCCCUUGACUGGUAGAUCAUCUUAUUCCCGGAAAGCACAGUACGGCCAUAGGAGAGCCGUCCCAGGAAGCUACUCAGCCAAGAUGCGUUUAGUUCCCAAGGCUAUAAUGGGAGGGCCAAGAAUUGCUGGCUCUUUCCAAGAGAGAGAGAGACCAAGAGAGGUUGCAAACUUCAACUGCAUUUAGAUUUUACUGUUCUGGUGCAUAGUCCCAAAAUUUAAAAGGGUGUGGCUGCAGAAUUAUUACCAAGUGACUUUGUUUGGUUAACUUUUUAUACUGCUUCAUGUUUGAACAAAAUAUCUCAGCAGUUUACAUAUCACAACAGCAGUGAUAUAAAAUGCAAUACAGUGGUACUUUGGUUCUCAAACUUAAUCCGUUCUGGAAGUCCGUUACAAAACCAAAGUGUUCCAAAACCAAGGUGCGCUUUCCCAUAGAAAGUACCGGUAAUGCAAAAUAGAUUAAUCCGUUCCAGACUUUUAAAAACAACCCCUAAAAUAGCAAUCUAACGUGAAUUUUACUAUCUAACGAGGCCAUUGAUCCAUAAAAUGACAGCAAUAAUCAAUGUACUGUACUAUAAAAUAAUACAACAACAACAACAACAACAAUUAUUAUUAUUUUUUCUUACCUGCACUGAUGAUAGUUGUUGUUUGGAUGGGGGGCUUUUAUCCAUUUCCUCAGUCACACAAUCAAUCAAUCAAUCAAUCAGUAGCUGAACUGGGUUCCACACAGUCACAAAAACAAAUUAACCGAAAAAGCCAAAAAAACACAAAAUAAAUAGCAAAAACAAAAGUGCCAAACUUAAUCCGUUCCGAAAGGGGGUUGGACUCGAUGGCCCUUGUGGUCCCUUCCAACUCUAUGAUUCUAUGAUUCUAUGAAAGUCCGUUUGACUUCCAAAAUGUUUGAAAACCAAGGCGCAGCUUCUGAUUGGUGCAGGCGCCUCGGAAACAACAGCCGACAGCCACAUCGGAUGUUCAGCUUCUGAAAAACGUUCGAAAACCGGAACACUUCCUUCUGGGUUUUCGGUGUUUGGAAACCAAGGCAUUUGAGAACCAAGGUACCACUGUAUAACUACAACAAUAAACAAUACUAGUAGCAAUUCCACUAUUUUAAGUUUCAUCGUUAAGCAGCAAUGUGCAUCCAUUAGGAAAAACUUUCUGUCAGUGAGAACUCUUUGACCGUGGAACAGACUCCCUUGGAAGGUGGUGGAAUCUCCUUCCGUGGAGGUUUUCAAGCAGAGGUUGGGUGGCCCCCUGUUAGAGAUGCUUUAGCUGUGAUUCCUGCGCUGCAAGGAAUUGGACUAGAUGACUCUUCCAACUCUGCAAUUCUAUGAUUCUAUGAUAUUGUGUACAUUCAGUUGUACACCACCCUAAUAGCUUAUAAGAUCAUAGAAGAGAGUUUGGAUUUGAUAUCCCGCUUUAUCACUACCCGAAGGAGUCUCAAAGCGGCUCACAUUCUCCUUUCCCUUCCUCCUCCACAACAAACACUCUGUGAGGUGAGUGGGGCUGAGAGACUUCAGAGAAGUGUGACUGGCCCAAGGUCACCCAGCAGCUGCAGGUGGAGGAGCGGAGACACGAACCUGGUUCACCAGAUUACGAAUCCACUGCUCUGAACCACUGCACCACACUGGCUCUCAAGCUGCCAUCUUUUUCAUUCCAUCCUGUAUUGGGCCCCCGCAGUGCUCUUUCUGUUCUGCUGCAGUUCGCUUCCACCCAAAGCUGUGCUAUUCGUUUUCCUGUUCAACUGUGGCAAAAUGAUAAAAUCACAUAACUUACAUCAUUGAUUUUGUAAUUUGCAUUGCCGUUACGUUAUUCCACCCCGUUCAUGACAACGCAAAGGAAACACAAUGCAAGUGGGAGGGAAAGGUAAUCAGUUAUGCACAAUUUGCAGACUGAAAGCAAUGGCAGAUACUGAUUGUAUUCAACUGGGUUGAUUUCCUGUUGAACACCAGCAAUUUUUGCGCCUGUUUCAGUGGUUGUCAGAAUGCUCUUGACGUCUCUACUAUUGAGUGUGACUUCUGAUCUGUUGCGGCCAAUUUAUCCCAACUCUUUCCAGGUCUGAUUCUCAUCAAUUUAUGGUCAGUCAUCACAAAAGAGAGGGCCGAAUGGACAUCACAUCAUGACUUAGAACAUGUGUGAACAAACCUUCUGCUCUCCCUUUUACUCCUUCCUCCCUCCUCUCUUCUCCUCUCUCUCUCUCUCUCUCUCUCUCUCUCUCUCUUACAUCUGGUUUUGUGGAAAGCACAGUUUGGAAUUACAUCUGAACCAGCAAAAAAUAUCCCUUCAAACCAGGUCCUGAUCUAAGCUGGCCUUCCUGGAUCUGGAGGACUUUAUUAUUAUUUUUAAUUCACAACAUUAAUACACUGCUGAACUGAAAAAUAAUAAUCCUCAAAGUGGUUUACAAUGAUAUAUGCAAAACAAUAACAUUAUCAGUACCAAGAAUUAACGACAACAAUUUGAGACUUUCAAAAAAUUAAAAAAACUAAAAACAGGUUAAAACAAGUGGCAGCUCUCUAAAUAUAUGGGUAGGCUUGUCUAGUUUUUCGCAAGCUCACGUGACGGUGCUUUGCUGUUUCAGACAUAACAGCAAACUGCACUUUCUUCCCAAGUGGGUGUAACGGAUCAAAAUGGAUCAUUUGAGUGGGGAGAAGGAUGUGCUUGAGUCUGAGGUUCAUUCGUGUAAAAUGCCCAAGUCAGGUUUGUUUGGCCUGUGAAUCAAAGCUGCCUGCCUCCACACAAAGAAGGGAAAAGAAAUGUUGGGGAAAUUGCAGCAAAAUGGGAAAGGACAGAGGUGAGGGCACCUGAUGAUUCAAGACCACUCUUCUCACAUGAGAUGAAAAUGGUCUGAAAAUCCAGGUGAGAGAGAUUCAGCUGUGCUCUUUGAGUCAUGAGCAGAUAAAGGUGUGUUUACUGCGACGCUUUUGUGUGAGGUCUCUUGCAAUUGGAAGCAAAGCUGUAAUCAGCUUUAAAUGGUGUGUCGGCAUUUUAUUGUGGGAUCUGAGAACUUGCUGGAUUCCCAUAUAUCAGGAGUGCCUUCCUCCUCCUCCUCCUUUCUGCUUCUUCCUGGUGCUCCCCCCCCCAUGUGGAAGAAAACAAGGCAUUUCGAAAAUCCUGCGGCUAUGGUGGCUGUUGUUGUUUUUCCCAAAAGAGGAGAGACUUUUUUCUUCUCCCAUCAACUCCACCCAUUGCAAAAGGGAAAGUCAAUUGCCUCUCGCAGGCAGAACCCAUUGCAGGAUUCGAAUUCAGAUGGGUUGGUCCCUUAGAUCCAAAGAUUUCUUUCUUCAGAGGCAGGAAGUGAUCCUUUGGGAUUAACCCCAUCUCUCCCUUCCCUUUUGUGGGAUGCCCUAUCCAUUUUCCCCACCCAUCCUUGGAGUGAGCAUGUGAAAAUGUGAUAUUCUAAGCCUGAUCCCCGCAGACUGAUAAGAAGCGUACCUGAAGAUGACUAAACCCACGUUCUUCGCUCUGCCGCUGUUUUUCUUUGUGUUCCCGUUGCCAGGCGAGGUGCGUGUUUGCAUCUGGUUGGACUGCUUUUAUAAAACAACAACAGCCUGUGAUUAAAAUGUCAGACAAUAGGAAUUAAGGUUUUUCUGACACUUUGAAUGUUAUUUGCAGGAGAGGAUCCAGCCUGCGAAGGCUGAGCAAAAGUCGAUUAAAUAUGGGUGUGGGUGAAAGCAGAUGGUGGACUCUUAUCAGUGGCUACCGAGGCUCACAAAAACAGAAUACCUGUGCACAGCGUGCAUUUGAUUUAAAUCAAAUCAAUUUAAAUCAUGAUUUAAAUCACCAGUCAGUAAGACUUAAUUUAAGUCACUAGUCAGUAAGACUUGGUUUAAAUUUUUCUUUUCUUUUUUUUACAGAAAGACUCAUUCUUGCUGGUAUAAUCUUAAUAUUUACAACCAGAUUAAAGUUUCAUUUUUGGAAUAAUAAACUUUCAGAGCAGUUUUUACAGUUAUAUCAAAAAAUAAUGAUUUGGUUAUACUAUCAGAAAUACAUAGACAGAUAAUUAUGAAAGUAUUGUGAGGUUUAAGAAAUUAUCAAUUUGGACAACUCUUCAGCUGUACUUUAUUGGAAGGAGAAAAACAAUCAUUUCCUUAAUAGCAAUUUAAACAAUUUAUUUAAUGAAAGCUAUAACAUUAUAGCAUAUGUAUCCAUGUUUGUUAACUGAUGUGGGUAAACAUUUAUACAAACACACACAUACAUAUAAACUUAGAUUUUAGCACACAUGAAAAACUUAAAACAAAUCCUUAUUUCCUGAUGAAUAGCCUUUGGACUAUAAGGUAACUUAAAUAGAAAACUAUCUUUAGAAAGAUUUUUCCUCCAAAAGCAUUUUAUUUAAAAAAUCUGAUUUAAAUAAAAUAAAAAAUCUGAUUUUAUUUUUUUUAAUCAUUGCUUUUUAUCCACCCUGCCCGUGCAUGCCAGGUGGGUGGCGUUGCCUUCAGAUGCCCUUCGGAUACCCACAGGGCAUGGAAGAGGACAAAGACAGCCCCUCUUCUUGCCCCAGUAGUCAGCCUUAGAUCAGAUGGGCAUGGGGGGGGCUGGACUAGAUGACCCUCAGGGUCCCUUCCAGCUCUGCUGUUCUACGAUUCUAUGAAACUACAAGAGGGUAGAUUUCUGUUUGGAAAUUAGGAGAUUACUGGUAAGAGCAGCGGGACUUAGUAACCUAGAGGACUGGUGGGCUCUCCUGUUUCACGGUGUUGGAAUGAUUUCCGCUGUUUAAGUGCCUUUGCUAUUAUCUAUUAUUCUUAUUUAUUACAUUUAUAGACCCCCUUUAUCUUCCAAGAAUCUCAAAGUGGAGGAGCCCAAGGUCACCCAGUGUGGGGAUUUGAACCCUGUUCUCCCAGGCCCUGGUCCAACACUCUUAACCAUUAUGCGACAGUGGCUCAUAUUUGCUAACGGCCGAAGGAUGUGUGUCUUCAAAGAGGGGCUAUAGGUCAGCUAUAUAUUUUUUGGGAGGGGGGGCUCAAGCAAGGAAAGGGGUACAGUCAGACUAAAUAGCUUACAAAGCCUUUUCCAACUCCACAAUCCGAUGGCCCCUCACCUGAUCCAGGAGGUCUGCUUUUCUGUUCUUCCAUCCUAUGCUUCUUCCAAUGGGUCUUUAGACCAGGGAGACCAACUGUUCCCAAAAUGGGCGAUACCACCCCCUGCAGGGGUUUACCUAUAGGGAGAGGGGACUAAGAAACAAGGGGGUUAGAGGUGUAAAUGACUACCAAAGAGCAGAUAUCCCUGGAUCAAGUUCAUCAAUUUUGUUGCAUUAAUUGAACUACCGUAUUUUGGCUCUAUAAGAUGCACCAGAGACACAAGACGCACCUAGUUUUUGGAGGAGGAAAACAAAAAAACAAAUAUUCUGAAUCUCAGAAGCCAGAACAGCAAGAGGGAUCGCUGCGCAGUGAAAGCAGCAAUCCUUCUUGCUGUUCUGGCUUCUGGGAUAGCUGCACAUCCUGCAUUCGCUCCAUAAGAUGCACACACAUUUCCCCUUACUUUUUAGGAGGGAAAAAGUGAGUCUUAUAGAGCAAAAAAUACGGUACUUUUUUGUGUAUGUAUUACAUAUAUACGCCAGCUUUCCUUCGAAGGAUCUCAAGGUGUACAUGGCUCUCCUCCUCCCCAUUUCAUCCUCACAACAGCCUUGUGGGGUAGGCUGGGUGAAGACAUGGCAACUGGUCCAAAGGUCACCCAUGGCUGAUUGGGAAUUCAAGCUCUGCUCUCUCAAGUCAUAGUUCGACACUCGAACCGUCAUUUGGAUUUUGAGUAAAUGUAUUAUUUGUUGUUACAGUUUGGAAUUUUAUUGGGUUAUGGUCUUCCUGAGUGGGCUGUGCAAACCACCAUUCUGAAGAAUCCUUUUUAUAGGGAAAGGGGCACCGGGGAUGAGCCUGUGGAACUGAGGGGGCUAUUGCCUCUGAAGGUUUCGGAACCACCAACAUAGAUCAAUAAAGUAAUUAACAGCACAGAAGACAGAAGCAAACACUCACAACGCAACAGAAUAAAAAGCAACGCAUGCAAGCAAGCCACCAUCAAGCCCAUCUAGAGAAACUUCUUCCACUUUUUUAAGACAGGGAAAGGACAUUUUUAAUGCAUCACAUGGACCCCAAAGGUGUUGCUGUUGGCUUUGGGAUGUUGUUGGUUAAGAAGCAAAAGUGGUGUGGUCAGCUGGUAGUCGAAGGCACAGCAAAGUGGAGAGGGCUCUGAGUUCUAGUUUUGACAUUGUGGAUUAAAGAGGAUGCAAAAAGUACACCAAGGUAGGUGAAGGACAUGGCAGAAGGUCAUGGAGGUGGAUCUGGGCAACAGGAGAGGACCUUCUAAGUUGUGGGAACUGGGGGUUCAGUGCAGUAAAAAUGCCUCGCCCUACUCAAAGCCUCUUUGCACCAGAAUUGCACCCAAGACUUUUGGUAAAUUUAGACAUGCAUGAGGUUUGCAGGCAGCUUUGAGGUCUUACAAGAUUUAUCCCCUGUUGCUCUGAAACUUGAUGACUACCUGGAAAGACCAGAAAUCUGACUUGUGGUCUGGUUGGUUUUUAAAAAACAUAUGAAAAGAAGUUCUUUCUCUCUCCCUCUUCGAGGAAACUCUUAAAUUUAGGUCAGGCGAGUCCGGUGAGAACCAGUUCAGGAGGGGUCCAGUUAUAUUUUGUUUCGGUUCUUUAGGUUAUGUUAAAUUGCCAUACUUCUGAGCAAGAAUAUAUAUAUAUAAAGAGAGAGAGAAAGAGAGUGAAUUUGUCUUCUCUACCCACAUCCCCGAAGUCCUGUGGAAGAUCCCUGGUCUGGUGGAACAGCUCAAGCUCUACAGGCAAGGGAGUCCCUGGUGCGAAUCCGGGGGGAUCCCCUGGGGAAGAGGGCAAAUCGGGAACAUCUGAGCCAAUCAGCAUGUUUGGGCUCCUAAGAGCAUAAGAAGAAGAGCCUACAGGAUCAGGCCAAUGGCCCACCUCAUCCAGCAUCCUGUUCUCACGGGGGCCAACCAGAUGUCCAUAAGCAGGAUCCAGCCCUCUUUUAAAUCCAUCAGAGUUGGUGACCACCUCUGCCUCCUGCCUUAGGGAGUUCCACAGUUUAUGUCUGCCUGGAGAAGGACUUUCUUUCAUCCUCCCUGAGUCCUUACGUUCUGGAUUUCCAAGGAGCAGCACCCGUCCCUCCUGUGCCCCCUGGGAGCUGUUCACCCUCACAGCCCGGGGAAUCUGAGGGAGCAGGCGAUGGAGCUGAUUCUGCCCUUUCCUGAGGCUGGCUGGGCCCUAGGACAAAGCAAUCUCCAUCUGCUGCUCUGUAGCUGCAGCCACACAUGUUGGGGAAGCCAUUGGACAGUGUCUGGGAAGGAGGAGAUCCUGAAAGGGGGGAAAGGCAGGUGUGGGGGGCUCCAAGUGCCAACCCAAGCAGGGCUCCUGUGCCAGCUUCAUGGCUCGGAAGACCUUCACCUGUUGCCUAACUGCCUUGUUGUGGAGUUUGGAAGAAAACAGGUACCUACCGGGUGCAAACCAGCCCACAACCCCACAGGAACAGUGAAGAACAUCCUCCUCACCCCUGCUGAACGUGGGGUGGGUCUCCUCUGGGGACGGAGUCUGUACCUGUUGGAGCGUGGCCUGCAAAGACCCAACCAGAGAGUCAGGCGGGGCUGCCGAUCCCUAGGAUGAACCAGUUUUGACAAGGAAGAGCGAGGAAGGGGGUGUUGAUGGGAAAAGGUCAAAGCGACUCUUUUCAUCGAAGGGGAAGUUCAAGCAAAUCUUGGCACCCGGCUGUCAAAACUGACUCAUUCAGUGCACCAUAACCUCCUGGAAGGAUCCGAAUUCGGGAAUGGGUGGCAGUUCGUGAAGCAUUAGGUUCAAUAGUGCAAGUGUGCACACACACAUACACUCGUGUUUUCCUCCUUUAACACACACACAAAAGACCCGCAAUCGCUCAAACUCAACCGCAAUUAUGGCAACCCAAAUCCUUUGGCAAGACCUGUGGGGAUUGUUGCCGUCUCUCAACUUUUCUGGUGCUCAGGAGUGGCUGGGGAAACCCAGCCAGAUAGGCGGGGUCUAAAUAAAUUAUUAUUAUUAUUAUUAUUAUUAUUAUUAUUGGGCUGAUAUAUUUGGAUUUAGAAGCACCUCUCUUGCCCCUUCAAGAUGCAAAAUUACCAUUUGCUUGCUAAUCCAUCAAAAGUGGGGCAGGUGAUAUAUAGCCCAUUGUGGAAGGUUUCUUAUCCCCUGGCAGUUUGGCCCACCGCUUAGGUUGCUCCAAGACUCUCACUAUUUUGCAGUAACGCUUCAAUGAUAUACUAGCCAAAUUUAGGUUGCACGAUCAAAGCAAAUGUAGGGCUUAUCCGCCCCUCUGUUUGCCCAGCCGCUUUCUCCUGGAGAAACCCAGUCUUUAGCGCUGAAUUGGAACAAACGGCAAUUGAGUUUCCAGCGGGUUGUUGUUUGCUCCGAUUUAGCAGUAAAGAGUGGAUUUUCCGGAGGAAAGCAGCAAGGCACAGGCAAGACCACUUGGAUCUGUGUCUAGAAAGCAAGAGACAAGUGGGAAACUGCUUGGACCUGGGCUUUCUAGGCACUGGAGAAGCAGGAGACGAGCCCUUGGUGGCUCUGCAUCACAAAUCUGAACCCCACCCCAUAUUUUGCAGUGGAGAGGGUGGGAUGGCAGCAUUGUCUGGUGAUGCCACAUAACCUUCCGCCAAAACAAAAAUCAGCAUGAAUACUCUGUAAGCCCCCCCCCCCCAAUGGGCCCCUAGUUUAUUCCUCUGGCAAUUUGACCCCACGUAGAGCGGCCAUGGAAAGGGGAAUUUCCCUGCUAGGGAUCAUUAGGAAAGGAAUCGAAAGUACAACUGCCAUUAGCAUAAUGUUGUUAUAGAAAUCUGUGGUGCGGCCACCUUUGGAAUAUAUUGUGUGCCGUUCUGGUUGCCUCACCUCAAAAGGGAGUUGGAAAAAGGUUCAGCAAAGGGCCACCAAAAUUAUCAAGGGGGUGGAGAGAAAGGGUGCAGAGUUUGGGACUUUUUAGUUUAAAGGAAAGAAGAGGAAGAGGUGAGAGGAUAGAAGUUUGUAAAAUUAGGCAUGGCAUUGACAACGUGGAUAGGGAAAAGUUAUCCUCCCUCUCUCCUAACAAGACAACUUGUGGACACCUAGUACCGGGUUUUCCUUUUGGGGCAACUGGUUGUUCCCUGUGAAAACAGGAUGCCCCACCAGUUGCAUAGUUCAUUAUUUUCCUUUCCAAUUCAGGAGGAAAAUGUUUAUCUCCCUCUCUUGUAACAUUAAUGUGUGACCCUGAAAUUCUGGAUUCCCUCCUCCCACCCCUGCCAAACUAAUGCCAAAGUUUAGUGCUAGUUUUGCUCUGCAAACCCCGCGUUUUGCGCUGCCCCCCCAAAAAACUAAGUAGUUGACACCGCAAAUCAGGGUCACAGGUUCAUGCCCCCAAACCCCCAAGCUUGUCCGAUUGCCUCCAAACAGGCACGUGAAUUUUUGGGCAUCCAAUAAAGUUGAACGUUGGAAGAUUUGAGACAGGCAAAAGAAAACAAUUCUAAGUUUGGCUCCAUCUCCUUCUCUUUCUCUCCUGCCAUUUCCUCUUAAGUAAAAGCUUGGCUUAUCUUGGCAGAAAGGAUCUGAUGCAGUGAAGGGGUGUGUGUCUGUGUGUGUUUGUACUUUGUGAAGUCCUGUACAAACAUUUGUCAACUAAUCCUCGCAACACUUCGGGCAGCCUGAUAGUCACCCGUAAGCUGCGUUCUCUUCUUCCUCCCGCUUUUGAGAUGGCGGGUGCUGUUUAAGAGCUGGGUCCUCCUGCUGAGGAAGGAAGGAAAGACUUCCUUUUGAGUUUGAGGUGUCUGCAACUGGCCACCCAAAUAUACCAGCCAUAAAAUUUACGGUGUAAUGAGUUGCCCAAGAGGCAGGGAGAUUCUGCUGGCUUUGUGGCUCCUUCCUCUGAUGGUGGAGGGCCAUCGUUCCGGACAUCCCCACCCCUCAUUUGCUCCUAGAAAAUGGUGCCCUGGAGCUUUCCAGCUUUGUUCAGAUGGCCGGAUGUGGCCUGGGUAAAGGAACUGCAUUUCCUAAGGUCCUCAGUAGGGUUUUAUGUGUGUCCAGAAGUGUAAAAUUCCAAGGCACCUUGACGCAGUGGAGAGCAGUUCCUGGGAAGUUUCCAAAUCUUCCACCUAAAUUGUGUAGCUGUUUCUUCCUUCUCCGGACUGAUGACUGGGUUGUGGGUGUGCUGAGUCCAAUUCAAUGGGUCCGUCCCCCUACACACACACACAUACACACACACACAUUUUGAUUUUCUACAGUACAUUUAGUUGAUUCUUUCCUGCAACUUUAUCAGAGAAAGGGGAGAAAAAGGUGAAAGAGCACAAACAAAAAGGGAAUACACCAAACAAAGCCGUCACCCCAUGUUCGCAAUAAGCACCUACGUGGUUUGUUUUAAUGGAUAUUUUAAUUCUGGAUAUUUUGUUGCUUUGAAUCGAUUGUUUUAUUGUGUAAAACCACUUGGAGGUACUUUCUACAAUCAGUGUAUAAAGUUCAUGAAGUAAAUCAAUAAAGUGAUCUGCAUGGAGUUUGUGAUUCACUUGAUACCUGGCAAACCUCUUAGAAGUCAUUUUGACAUGUAAACAGUAUAUAAACGAUAUAAACACACAGACUUUUAACAUGGGGGAUUUUCACUCUGCCAGGUUUAUACAUUAAAACAAGCCAGUUUGAAAAGCAUAGCGAUUAAAGCAGUUGUUGUUUUUAAACCCGAUUAGAUGAAGUCUUUCUGGAGGUGGGCUGGUGGUGGCAGCCGCCUUCUCAGUGCCGAUUGCAGCCUGCGGAAAUAGUUUCCUGACUCCUCGGAGUCUCCCCAAAAGCAGCAGUCCCAAGAGAAUCCGACAGAACAGAUGAUGCAUUGAUCUAUAUUCAGGGCUGUCUUAAGCAUAUGUGGCGCCAUGGUGCAAAGAUCCGCCUGGUGCCCAGGUUGCCCCGUCCCAGGUGCGCAGCAGGGGGAGCCAGCUGGCUGCCUCAGUGUCUCGCUGGCUCGGUCGCCCCCGAACUCACGGCGCAUAGCCACCCGCAGCAGAAGAGCCAAACGACUAGCAGGCUCUUCCCCGGACUCAACUCUCGGGCUCCGGACUCUCGGCCUGGCACCCCUGGAGCCUGGCACCCAGGUGCCCCACACCCCUAGCUCCUAUGGGUAAGAUGGCCCUGUCUCUACUCCAGGGGAGCAGUCAUGAAGGUUAGCUGCAGCCAAAAUCUCACUGCAUGUUUGAGGCCUAGCAACUUAGGUGGCUUGCGGCGCAAUAAAAUGGCUGUGUUAGGCUGCGCUGCCUGGGGCUGGGUGUGUGUGUGUGCGCGCGCGCAUGCACAGGCUGCAGUCCAGGACAUAUUGAGGGCUCCCGGUUGGAGGAGGCUGACCUCAGGAGUCCCGUAGCGGCGUUUUGUAACCGUUCCAUGUUCACACGCUGCUUCUCCGGUGAGUCACAGUUUGGGUGCUGUUAAUUGCAGGGUGAAAUGUACUCAAAACAAGACCGGGAGAUGGGGUAGCGAUUGCCUCUUUGUCUGCCGUCACCAACCCAGGGGAAACAUCGGUGCUUCUGUUGAGCCUAGCUGCUGCGGCGUAAGGUUCCUUGCCCUAGGCUCCAGCGCUGUGACUCUUCUCCUCCGUUGACCAUCCUGUGGGAGCUUUCCUCCAGAGGUGAUGCAAAGAGCUGGUUGCAACGCGAUGGAGCAACCUGCUUUGCAUCUUGUUUCCUCUUAAGAGGAGGAGAAGGAGGGAGGAUGGGGAAAAGGGGAUUCAGGCAUAUUUAAAGAGUUGUGCCUUUGCUGUGGUACCUUCCAGGUUACCGCAACACACUCCACAGGGGACUCGAUAACUUCGGCUAGUCCAAACGGCAUCAACAUACAGUAUUGGACCGAAUACAAGUCGCACCCGCAAAUAAGCCACACUUUUAAAAUUUGGCGGCUUUGGGGAGGCUGGGCACCGUUGUGGAGGAGUGGCGGGCGGACUAGGCACUGUUGCCCCAUGCUCCCGGGUUGCUUCUGGGCAGGGGAAGCUGCGCCACUUUGACGGCGGCAUAAGUUCAUGAAUAUAAGCCACACUUUAACUUUUCACGAUCAGAAUUGGGGGGGGGAGUGCAGCUUAUAUUUGUGCAAAUACGGUAUUGGUGUUUGACACCCUAAACAGCUCGAAGCCCCGAAUAGCUGAAAGACCUUCUCCUUCCUUAUAGACACUCUCAGGUGCCAAGACUGGCAGGGCGCCCGACCCUCCUACGUGAAAUUGUCCGGUCCUCUUUUAAAGCCAUCUAGGUUGGUGUUCAUCGCUGCCCCCUGUGGCAAGGAGUUCCAUAGUUCAACUCUGUAAGGAAACAAGUCCUUACUUUUCUCUGUCCUGAACCUUCCAGCAUUCAGCUUCACUGAAUUCUAGUGUUCGGAGGGAGAGAGAAAAUCUUUCCUUGUUCUAAUUUCUCUGUGCUAUGCAAAAUUUUAUAAGCUUCUAUCACAGCGGUUCUCAAAGGUGUGGCAGAAGAAGAAGGCAAGUAUUGCGGGAAGAUUCAAGGACAAUCAAAUCAAGGUUUAGACAUUUCAGUGUUGUGUGGUAUAGGAUCUAUGUUCUGUUUAUCACCUCCAUUUGCUUUUUAAAAAACCUUCAUGGCAAAAACAAAACAAAAAUCAAGAUGAUUUUUUCCCCAUGGUUCAUCGUAAAGUGCUGAAGUAAUCUUCACAGAUGGGUGACAACAGCAUAGCAGUGUCAUUUCUCGUAGGCUUGGGAACAUGGCUAUGAUACCUUGGUAUUGUUUUCCCUGGAAGUGAUGUGAAAGAGGACUCUCUUCCACCUGGCUACUGACUCACCUGUCCCUUUUAUGAGCUAAUGUCUGUCUACUGCGUCCUACCUGGAAUGAGUAAAAAAAAGGCGAUUGGGAAAGCUCUCCCCUUAAACCAUGCAGAAUGUAUGCCUGCAUAUUCUACACCACAGAGCAGAUCUUCUUCCACUCGCUGAUGUGUGCUAUUGACAGGGAUUAUCAAAUUGGUCAAUUUCAGGUUCUCUCUACAGUGGUACCUCAGGUUACAGAUGCUUCAGGUUACAGACUCCGCUAACCCAGAAAUAGUACCUUUGCUUCAGGAUGAGAACAGAAAUUGCGUGGCGGCGGCUGUGGGAGGCCCCAUCAGCUAAAGUGGUACCUCAGGUUAAGAACAGUUUCAGGUUAAGAACGGACCUCCAAAACGAAUUAACUUCUUAACCUGAGGCACCAAUGUAUUUUGCUCUUACCCCUCAUUUUUCCAGAUUGCUCACAUCACUUUGCGACAUUAUCUGCAAACAAAUGGCACUUCUGCUAACAUAUACAUUUCUGGUAAUAUGUGCAUCUUAGUUCUUAUCUUUGGGAUGCGGGUGGCGCUGUGGCCUAAACCACUGAGCCUCUUGGGCUUGCCGAUCUGAAGGUCGGCGGUUCAAAUCCCCGCAACUGGGUGAGCUCCCGUUGCUCGGUCCCUGCUCCUGCCAACCUAGCAGUUCAAAAGCACGUCAAAGUGCAAGUAGAUAAAUAGGUACCACACUGGUGGGAAGGUAAACAGCAUUUCUGUGCGCUGCUCUGGUUCUCCAGAAGCGGCUUAGUCAUGCUGGUUACAUGACCAGGAAAAACUGUCUGCGGACAAACGUCAGCUCCCUUGGCCAGUAAAGCGAAGUGAGCACCACAACCCCUGAGUCGUUUGCGACUGGGCUUAACUGACAGGGGUCUUUUACCUUUACUAAUCUUUUGGGAUGAAGAAUUCAAUCGCAAAAUUCAGGGCAGUGCAAAUUUCAUGGAAGACCUGUGCUUUGCUUGGUGUGUUGUUUUCAGAAGUGUGGAUAAGGCAUGUUUGCAUUACAGCGAGAGACCAAGCAGAAUUUCUCUUCCAUCCCUGGCCCUUGGAGCCAUCAUUAUUCGAGAAGCUGGUCCACCUGGCAGUUGCUGGGGACGUGACCCAGAUUAUAUUUCCUUAUGAUGGAAAAUGGUCAUGAUUUGAGAGUUGGGUGGGAGGCACUACCAGGAGCACCAGAGAAAUCUCUAAGAGCAAAGUUCAAAAGGAAGGGGAGCAGGAAAAUCUGUAGAUGCUGAUUAAUUGGUGGGGCCAGUUUGAGCUGAUAACAGUUUGGAAAUUGCGGACCUGGAAGAUGGAGCACACUAGUCUUCUCCUGCUCUGGAGGCUAGGAUCUGAACCAACAGAUUCAAAUUGCAAGAAAGGAGAUUCCAACUAAACAGCAGGAGGAACUUUCUGAUAGCAAGAGCUGUUCAUCAGCAGAACUGUCUCCCUCAGGAGGUUGUGGACUCUUCUUCCGUUUAAGCUGAGGUUGGAUGGACAUCUGUGAGAUUCCUGCCUUUAGGUGAGAUUCCUUCCUUGCAGGGGGUUGGACUAGAUGACCCUCAGGGUCCCUUCCAACUCUACAAUUCUAUGAUUCCAUGGCAUGCGUGUCUUUAUCAGUUGCUGGAAACCACAAGAGGGGAGAGUUGCUCUUGCGCUCAAAUUCUAAUGGCGGAUUUCCCACUGGCCUGAUCAGGCUGGUUCUUUUUACGUUCUUCUGGCCGUAAUGCUUCUGUAGGCUUUGAUCAUUAACGAGACUUAUAGCACAUUUUUAUAACAGGGAAAGAAGAGGCAAAACUAUUAAAGAUGGCUUCCCCAUCUAGCGGUGGGUUGUCAUGUUUGCUUGUUAAGGGCGUUCUGUUCAUUCAGCAGUGGGAAAGAGAUGAACAACUUUGGAAAACAAACCCAAACACUUGAUCAUUAUCCAUGGGAGGUAGCUAUAACCAUUAAUGUAGGUAGUUUUAAAAGAGGAUUCCUUUAAGAAGUUCAGAUUGGUGCAUGUAGUUUCUCCAUACCCAACUCGUGCUAAUUCGUCUUCUCCCCAACAGCCUUGCGAGGCAGGCUAGGCUGAAGGAGAGAGUGGUUUGCCCAAGGCCAUGAACUGUGCUCCCUGGCACACUCUCUGCCCUCUCACCCGCCCCCCGAGUUAGCGUUGCUCUUGCCGCCGCGCCUUGAGUAAGCAGGUGCAUUUUCUUCCCCCUCUUGCUCACGCACUUUGUGGGUUCAUCAAGAGUUAAAGAAGAAGAAGAAGUGAUUUAUUUUUAUUUUUUCCUAAUCCUGUGAGUUUGGGCUGCGGGCGAUGUAGGUGAAACGGUGUGUUUUGGAGAUGAAUGUUCUUGCAGAAGACAAGACAGAGCUUGCUGGGGAACAUCUGCAACCAAUCCGUUCUGUAUGGGACGUGUUUGUGUCCUGCGGCUUGCUCAAACUUGUUGUGCGGUGCGGCAGCGGCAGUGGAAGGAGGGGGGGGGAAAGCACAGACGAGAAAGACUGUUGGCUGGAGAGCAGAGACUUUUUCUUUCCAAAAUUCCAGGGAAGGGAUCCUGUGCUUUUACUCCUUUUGCAAAAGAGCUUGGAAUAUGGGGCGCGGAAGCGAAAGGAUCCCCAAUGUUUUGCAUGGCUGGUUGUUUUGUGUAUGCGCACAGACCCACACAGGUGGGUUUGCCAUAAAAAUAAGUGGAGGUGAAAAGGGAGAGCAGUGGGGUUGUGUCAACGGAUGAGUGGACAAGAGGAAGGGACCCCCUUUUCCGGGUGGGCCUGAUGCCCCAUAGCACUACCCAUAUUCUCUCAGCAAUGGUGAGAAACUGAAAGCCUGGGUACCCAGAGUGGCUUCAUCUUAUGGAAAGGGUUGUUGUUGUUCCUUGGAUCCUGGGGCUCAGGCUUGGCACAUGCCGUUCUCUUGUAUGUGGAGGACCCCUGCCCAAGAUAGCCGCAGGCGGUGUAGCUGGGGAGUGGUCAGAAGUUAUCCCGGUGCAGCUCUGAACCUCUCUGUGUGGUUUUCAGCAUCACACUGUUCCCACAUCCCUUGAACCAGCGCACCAUGCCUGCUGGCCCUUGGGUGGCUCUCAUGUCCCUCCUUCCCCAUCCCUCAAAAUUAAAAAUAAUGCAGCAAGGGUGUCCAACAUGGUGCCCACUAUAUGCUUUGGGUUGCAACAUUCAGCGUCUCUGAGCAUCGACCUCGCCGAGUGGGGCUGAUGGGAAGGGGCGCCCCCCAGGUGUUUGGGACCCCGUCUUGGCUGCCCCGCCAAGCCCAAAGGCUCCCUUUCUAAAUAGUUCAGCCGUCAUGUCCUGAUAACAACCGUUUUGCCUGCUUUCUCAUUAUGAGUUCCCCGUUUUAUUUAUCUGGCAAGUUGUGUAACGUUGUGAAACGUUGGGUAAUUUUGGCUCUUUUGCCUCCUGGUUCGAUCUGCGUGUGUGUUAGCGGCUGGAGCGAUUCUCCCAGAAGACAACCGACAAUGUCCGGCUAGGUUUACAGCAAGGUCCGGGGUCAACUUUCCAUUACGUUCCCCCCAAAGAGCAAGGGAUGUCCAAUUACUGCACAGUUUACCUGGUGGUGGCCAUUGGCUAUGGUGCCUUUGAAAGGAAAUCAGAAAAUGGAAGAGGAAGGGGAGGAGGAGGAGGGUGUUUCCUUUGCUUUAACAGUUGAUGGCUCCGUAGAACUUCCAUGUUCAGGGGCAGUCUAUCUCUGAAGACCAGAUGCGGUAUCCUUCCCAGAGACUUUUGACUGGCCCCAUUGUUGUGCUUCACUUGGGUCUUACCCUAUAGAGCUGCUCUUGUGUUCUCCUGCCUUUCAGAACUCAGGACCAUUUUACUGAUAUGAGUGACGACUAGCCAGGAUAGCUCAGCUCUGCCUCCAAAACUGGGAGGCAGCAAUGCUUCCUGGAAACCACAGGAGGGGAGAGUGUUGCUCUUGUGUUCGAAUCCUGCUUGCGGGUUUCCCAUUCUUAGGUUCUUACGAUGCUGUGGACUGCAGAGAACAGAGACAUUUGCAUGAGCAGCCUGCACAAUACCUGCAGACUUUGCUCUCGUUGACUCAGGAGUUUUAAGUCAAGCCCAGGGGACCUUGGGGCAAGUUUAGCGGAGCCGCCUUUGCGGGACAGGUUGACAUUCUCAGCUUCUCCACCAGUUUUCCCCAGCCUGGCAGCUUCGAGGUUAUUUGGACAGCCACUCUCAUCUACUCUAUGAUGAACUGAUGGGAAUUGUAGUCCGAAACAUCUUGAGGGCACCAUGGUGGGAAAUGCCACCCCAAAGCAAAUUGAUGCUUCAUAAGCUUCUGCUUAAAUGAUGAGGAGUUUUCUUUGCCUUAAAAAAAUAUAAAAUGGUUACACAAUUCUUCUCCACCCCCUCUCUUGGGGAAGGGGGUGGGAGAUAUGGCCCUACCUCAUCUAGGACUGUGUUUUGAUGCUGCUGCCUUGAGCAAUCUCGCUUCCUAUCUCACAAGAAAUCUUGUUCUAAAAAUCUACAGGGUUUUCUUUCUCUUCCUUGUUGGGAGAAUCCUUUUUCUUUAUUAUUAUUUUUUUCAUUUUUAAGUGGUGAUGGAUGUCUUGAGCAAGAAAGCCUCUGCUGAGUUUGCUAAAAUUAUAGGGUUUAUUUUUUCUCUCUUAAAAAAAAAAAAUUAAAAAUCCCCUUUAUGCUUUCUUCUUCUUCUUCUUCUUCUUCUUCUUCUUCUUCUCCAAGUGCCCUUCCCUGAUGUCUCCACCCUCUUGGAAUUUGCUCACCAAACCUCCCCGUUCCAUAAGAGAUCCGGCUUCCCUUACAGACAAGAGUCUUAGAAAAGAACCUCGCUUUAUUAAAUCUGCUUUUAGAUGACCGUAAGAAUAAUAAUAAUAAAUUUUAUUUAUACCCCGCCCUCCCCAGCCAAGACCAGGCUCAGGGCGGCUAACACCAAAUAUAAAAACAAUUGAUUAUAAUACAGCUUAAAAAACAAAAUUAAAAUACAACAUUAAACAUUAAAAUGCAGCCUUGUUUCAGUGGAACUCAAUCGAAAACUUUUUUGAGGAUAAAAACAUCAAGUCUUCCCCAAGGCUAACUAUCCAGACUGGAUUGUGUAAGAACCCACUAGCCCUUUUCAUAUCUGCAACUACAAAUACAUAAUUGCACAGUGUUGGAAAACAGCUGCUAACUCAAGGCAUGAUAACAAUAACAACAAAACAACAACAACAACAAUAAUAAUUUAUUUAUACCCCGCCCAUCUGGCUGGGUUUCCUCAGCCACUCUGGGCAGUUUCCAACAAAAUAUUAAAGUACAGUAGUCUAUUAAACAUUAAAAGCUUCCCUAAACAGGGCUGCCUUCAGAUGUCUUCUAAAAGUCUGGUAGUUAUUUUUCUCUUUGACAUCUGGUGGGAGGGCGUUCCACAGGGCGGGUGCCACUACCUAGAUAGACAGUGGGAUAGCCAAUGGAAUAUUGCCCUUGUGGAAAAACUUCAUGAAACAUCUUGGAUGCUCAGGAAUGCAAUAAUAGAAUCAUAGAACUGCAGAGGUGGGACCCCAAGAGACCCCUGCAAUGCCAAAUGACCAAAGGCAAUUUUGAAACUGCAGGGCUCAUUCUUACUCUGCUAAAGACAGCGUUGCGCCCUCAAAACCAGCUACCCAGGGCUCACUCUGGGAUAACCUGUUAGGAUGGAGAGCAGCCUAAUGUUGACUGUGUCAUCUACAUUGUAUAUGCAUGGAAUGUUUCUCGCAGGGAGCAGAGGUAUCUGGGGGUUGCUUGUUACAUGUAUUUUUGGAAACCGAAAAAUAAUGUUAAGAAGAAUAUUUUCAAAACCACAAGAGCCUUAGAAUUAAACCCCCCGACCCCACUUCCAUUCUCUGCAAAGUUGUGGACUUGGGCAAAGAGAUGCUCAGUGCUGAACAUAACCAGAAAUUAGGAAUGUUCUAGACUUGGUUUUUUCUACAUUUUUCACCCUCCCUCCAAGAAGCUCAAGGUGCAGCGAUCAGGCAACCCACCUGCUUUUGUAGCACAGGUUUAAUCGGCUAUUUUAUUGAAAUCUGGCAAACAGCCUUUGGCAUUCUCUUUUUGGCACAUGUUUAAAACAUUUUUGUUUAGGCAACUCUAUCUAGACACAUAGAUGUUGAUGUGUUGUUUUCUUUCUUUCUUUCUUUCUUUCUUUCUUUCUUUCUUUCUUUCUUUCUUUCUGUUAAUUUUAAUUUCCCCUCUAAACCACUUGGAGGUUAUGCUACAAUCAAAUUGCGUAUAAAUUUUGUUAAAUAAAUAUUAUUAUUAUUAUUAUUAUUAUUAUUAUUAUUAUUAUUAUCCCUUCACCAGUGGUUCCCAGGCCAGCUUGCAACAAUUAAAAAAUGUUUUCUCUCAGGUUCUCAUUUUCUCAUUUUCUGCAUUUCCACUCUCUCCCAGCCGAACCUACCUGUUGGGAGAAUAAAAUGAGGAGAAGAGAACCGCCAUAUUGGGGGUGUAGAAAUGCAAUAAGCAAAUACAUAAGCGUGGAGCAGAGACUGGGACAGUGUAGGAACCUCGUGCCAAACAUUGCAGGAAGUUGGGGGGAGACUCGAAAUUGGGGCACCAUUUUCAGCAGCAGCCACAGGCGUGCUAUAAAUGUAGGGCUGCCAUAUUAAAACAAGGGACACCCCUAAAAAGUUGUUGAGCUUUUUUCAGGAAAACCCCAAAGUUUUUCAAUUGACUUGCCUAAGAUCAAUUCUGCCUAGUUCUUCUCCCUUGAACAUCAUGCUCUCCUCCUUCCCGACUCCCUACCAUGUAUACGAGGUCAGUGCCAGAUUUACGUAUAAGCUAAACAAGCUCUAGCUUAGGGCCCCACUCUCUUGGGGGCCCCCAAAAAAUUUUUAAGGGAAAAAGCAAACACUGGAUGUACAUUUCCAAAAUAUGAGAUAAAAAACAAAUACAAUAAAACCUACAUACAGCAACAGUGCUUUGUGUUGUGUAGGCUCCUAUGAUGUAAGUCAUGGGCCCCACCUGCUAGCCUGCCCUCUAAAAUAUCACUAUCACUAUUAAUAUACUUCUUCUUAACUGUAUUUCACUGUUAAUAUACUUUGGGACGCGGGUGGCGCUGUGGGUUAAACCACAGAGCCUAGGACUUGCCGAUCAGAAGGUCGGUGGUUGAGCUCCCGUUGCUCGGUCCCUGCUCCUGCCAACCUAGCAGUUCGAAAGUAAAUCAAAGUGCAAGUAAAUAAAUAGGUCCUGCUCCGGCAGGAAGGUAAACGGCGUUUCCAUGCGCUGCUCUGGUUCGCCAGAAGCGGCUUAGUCAUGCUGGCCACAUGACCCGGAAGCUGUACCCCGGCUCCCUCGGCCAGUAAAGUGAGAUGAGCGCCGCAGCCCCAGAGUCGGCCACAACUGGACCUAAUGGUCAGGGGUCGCUUUACUUUACUUUAUUAAUAUACUUCUUAAUUGUAUUUCAGUUCAACAAUUACUUUGAUAAAAUAGAUAUUUUGUUAUGUGCGAAUGGCUUUAGAUACCUAUGAGGCCCAUAAAUAUCCAUAGAGCAUAUAUUCACCACAAAAAACCAGCGACAAUUUGUUGUUGACAAAGGACAGCUGGACAUAGAAUGGGCCCCAUUACCUUCAGGAGCUGAGGGCCUCAUCAAACCUAAAUCCGGCCCUGUACGAGGUGGCUUUAGGGUCUGGGGUUCAAGCUCUGCAAGAGUGUUUGUGUUGGCACCAAGUCUUCCCACAAGCGCCCCGGGCGCAAGACGUCCCCUGCGUUGUGCGCAAGGCAACGUGGGCAGAGGAGCCACCUACGACAUGGCAGUGUUUUUGCAUCUUGCUUUCUGCAGGUGCGCCUUGUCAGAUUCCCCGUACCUUCCAGUCAAAAAGAUGUUAACUCUCCUGUGGGUUGGGAGAGAGAGAGAGGGAGGGAGGAAGAACCAACAUCAACGGAGAUUGAAGAGCCAGAGGGCUGCGAUAACCAUCCCUAAUGAUGGCACAUAAUUUGGGAGGUGCCUAAUUGGAAGAUCAGAUCAGAUUGUGUAUUCCUGAGGGAGUGGCUGGCCUGCCCUCACAGUUGUUGUUCAGUGGAAGGGUUUGGGUUUGGGGGAGGGGGAAAAACUUGGAACAUCUUUGAUUUUCAGAUUGUGUUUUGUAUUCCUAACCACCAAGCCUUGGGAAGAAUGCCCCUGGUUCACAGAGGGCGUAUCCAGUUUGCACAGGGAAAUGUGGCAGAGAGUCUGGAGGACAAACAGUUAGAAGAUGCAAAGCUGACGUCAGUCAUAGAAUUGGAGAGUCAGAAGGGACCCAAAGGGGGGUCCCUCUAGUCCAGGGGUCCCCAAACUAAGGCCUGUGGGCGAGAUAAGGCCUGAGGGACUCAUUUAUCCAGCCCACAGAGCUCCAACUUCCAGGUUGGAGGAGCACCGGAAAUACCGUAUUUUUCGCUCUAUAAGACGCACCAGACCACAAGACGCACCUAGUUUUUGGAGGAGGAAAACAAGAAAAAAAUAUUCUGAAUCUCAGAAGCCAGAACAGCAAGAGGGAUCACUGUUCCGGCUUCUGGGAUAGCUGCGCAGCCUGCAUUCGCUCCAUAACACACACACACAUUUGCUCUUACUUUUUAGGAGGGAAAAAGUGAGUCUUACAGAGCAAAAAAUACGGUAGCUUGUGCGCAUGCGCAAACAUUAUUUCCAGUGCACAUCCAGGUCAGAGGAAGCCCGUGCACAUGCGCACAAGCUGUUUCCAGUGCUCCUCUGACCCGGAAGUGUGCCAGAAAUAGCAUGUGCGCACUUGUAUGGGCACGCGCUCCCCCGCCCUCCGGCCCACCACGCAAUCGGCGCUGGAGACACCGGCCCGUGGCGCGGUAAGCUUGCUGACCCCUGCUCUAGUCCAACCCACUGCCAUGAAAAGUUCCUUCCGGUGCCUGUAGUCUGCGACUUGCCUGGCUACCUGCAAAGCAGGCUCCACAGGAGGCAGAGGUGGCCCCCAACUUGGAUGGCUUCAAGAUAAGAUUGGAAGAAGGGAAGCCUUUUUUUGUAUCACUUAAAAAAGCGUUCUAACACGAUGAGCAGGAUUUGAACUACGAGCCAGAGAAUAAAUUAGAGAGUAUAGCAAUGUUGCUGUGAUAUGAAAGAUAGAAGACAGCGUACGGCAAAGGGAGAGGAAUAAAAACACUGUGGGAAAUGGCGUGGGAAGUCGAGAAAACGAAAGAAACAAUUACUGUUCAUUGAAAUGUCUAUGUUAAACUUUGGAAACUUAAUAGCAAAUAUGGAUAGGAUGUCCCUAUUUUCAUCGGGGAAAUGUUGGAGGGGAUGGAAGUCUAGGAGGUAAGGGAGGACUGAAGACCGAGAAGAGAAGGGGGUUGAGGACCUGGAGACAACAUUGUGAGAAAGGAACAGCAUACCGAGUCUACAGUUGGGUCAAUUUUUCAGGAAAGAAAUGAGUUUCGGGCAGAGCUCAAAGCUAAGGGGGAAGGCGUCAAUGAGGAAUUUCAUAUACAGUGGUACCUUGGUUCUCAAACUUAAUCCGUUCCGGAAUUCUGUUCCAAAACCAAAGCAUUCCAAAACCAAGGCGCUCUUUCCCAUAGAGAGUCAUGCAAAACAGGUUAAUCCGUUCCAGACUUUUAAAAACAACCCCUAAAACAGCGAUUGAACAUGAAUUUUACCAUCUAACGAGACCCCUGAUCCAUAAAAUGAAAGCAACAAACAAUGUACUGCAGUCACACAAUCAAUCCAUCAGUAGCUGAACUGGGUUCCACACAGUCACAAAAACAAAAAGAGAGAGCCACAAAACAGCAAAAUAAAUAGCAAAAACAGACAGACCUCAGCGUAACACUCAAAACGGAAGUGUAACACUCAAAUCGGCGCAUGUUCGACUUCUGAAAAAAGUUCGCAAACUGGAACACUUACUUCUGGGUUUGCAGUGUUUGGGUUCCAAGUUGUUUGAGUACCAAGGCAUUUGAGAACCAAGGUACCACUGUAUUUGAAAUGAGAAGCAAACCCCUUUGAGGGGAGGGCAGAGCGAAGAGCAAAGCUACACAGAAAAGCAAUGAACUGUUUGUCCCAACUGGCUGUGUACACCAUCCUGCUUAAUGCAAUGUUGCUGUGAUGCUUGCAUACAACCUUUCCCUGCUCAACUUGCUACCCCUUUUCGUUCUUUAAACAAGGAGGAGGUGGUGAAAUGUGCAAAUAAUAGGCUUCCACACAAUUUACUGGGAAUGUAACGGCUGCCACUGGGCAUCAGAUACUGAAGGCAAACUUGGGAAUCCAAGGCCACAGGUUGAAGAGCAGAGAGCCACUGUAUUCUGCUCUGGUCAGACCUCACCUGGAGUACUGUGUCCAGUUCUGGGCACCACAGUUCAAGAAGGACACUGACAAACUGGAACGUGUCCAGAGGAGGGCAACCAAAAUGGUCAAAGGCCUGGAAACGAUGCCUUAUAAGGAACGGCUAAGGGAGCUGGGCAUGUUUAGCCUGGAGAAGAGGAGGUUAAGGGGUGAUAUGAUAGCCAUGUUCAAAUAUAUAAAAGGAUGUCACAUAGAGGAGGGAGAAAGGUUGUUUUCUGCUGCUCCAGAGAAGCGGACACGGAGCAAUGGAUCCAAACUACAAGAAAGAAGAUUCCACCUAAACAUUAGGAAGAACUUCCUGACAGUAAGAGCUGUUCGACAGUGGAAUUUGCUGCCAAGGAGUGUGGUGGAGUCUCCUUCUUUGGAGGUCUUUAAGCAGAGGCUUGACAACCAUAUGUCAGGAGUGCUCUGAUGGUGUUUCCUGCUUGGCAGGGGGUUGGACUCGAUGGCCCUGGUGGUCUCUUCCAACUCUAUGAUUCUAUGAUUACUUAGGUGAUGAGCAAGCAUUAAUGAUGAUUACUGGUUAGUGAAAGUCUAUUAAAGGAGGCAAAGAAAUACAGAAGCUUAGGGUGGGGGCAAGUUGCCCUCUGAAGCAGACCUUACAGCCCUGUAGGAGUUUUGCGCCUUCUGCAAAGAUUGCGCACAAAACCUUGAAACAGAAAUAGCUUAAGAAAUGCUACCUGCAAAAUUCAGGUAUGGGGCUUUUCCCGUCAUAUCCAAUAUAUAUGGGGAGAGAGCCAUAACAGCUCAGUGGUGGUGUACAUUGUUUGCAUGUCAAGCAAGUGGGACAGAAACAUUUCCAAAUACAGAAAUUUCUGCAUUAAAAAACAAAUACAGCUCUUUUCUCAUUCUGCAGAGAAUUUGGUUCCAUGAGCUCAUUAGUAGCUAUGAAUGGAUGUCAACGGCAAAUAAAUAUUAGGCAAAUGCAGCAAUUUCCAAAUCUUUUUUCUUUCCUUUUCCUUUUUUUGCUGAUGCAAGUAAAAUAAGUGCUCUAAUUUAGAGCCACAGCUUUAAGUGUUGUUUGACAUCAUGUGUGAACGAGGCUUUUUGAGCCUCCCUUCAGUAAUUGCACCUGGUCCUGCAGAACGUCAGGUCCAGGAUUCCUCUAAUGAUGUGCUAGAUGUCAGAGCAGACUUCCGUUCCAGAAGUCCAUUCCAAAACCAAAGCGUUCCAAAACCAAGGCGCUCUUUCCCAUAGAGAGUAAUGCAAAACAGGUUAAUCCAUUCCAGGCUUUUAAAAACAACCCCUAAAACAGCAAUUGAACAUGAAUUUUACCAUCUAAUGAGGCCAUUGAUCCAUAAAAUGAAAGCAAUAAACAAUGUACUGCAGCCACACAAUCAAUCAAUCGAUCAGUAGCUGAACUGGGUUCCACCCAGUCAUAAAAACAAAACAAAAAAGAGCAGCAAAAACAAAAACACAAAAUAAAUAGCAAAAACAGACAGAACUCAGCGUAAGACUCAAAACGGAAGUGUGGCACUCAAAUCGGAAGCAUAAAACUCAAAAUGGAGCAUGUUUGGCUUCUGAAAAAAGUUCGCAAACCGGAACACUUAUUUCCGGGGUUGCAGUGUUUGGGUUCCAAGUUGUUUGAGUACCAAGGCAUUUGAGAACCAAGGUACCACUGUGCACCCAGUUACUCGCCUGGAAAAAAUUACCUGCAUUGCAGGGUGGGGGGAGGUGGACUAAAUGACCCUUGCCUUAUUUUCCAACUCUACACCUCCAUGCUGACCUGUGGUGACACUGACCUCUGUACCCAGCUGACCUGUGGUGACACUGAUGGCCUAAAUAGGAAAACAAGCCAUUCACCAAAGUCUACUUUUCUCGGUCUUCUGGAGGCCCUUCCUCCUUCGCAUCAACAGCCAGAGUCUUUAAGAUGUUGCAAACUGGGUAGGCAAUCUACGAAGUCCUUUGUACCAGAUGUGCUGCUAGCAUUGGGACUGCCAAGAGAGGUGCUUGUUUUGCCUGAUCUUUUUCCUUCGCUAGAGAGAGAGAGAUUGUUUUUGUUUUGUUUCCUAAUCCCGUAGAGAGGUGUGGCCAUGUUGGUUUGUUUGUAAAGAUUUACAGGCCUUUGUCUUUGUCCUCAUCUGAAAACAUAAUUAUUUCACAGUCAUGGGUGUGUGAACCAGCAAAUCACAGAGCAAAAACAGUCUGGGGACCCAAGACUUUCCCAACUUUUUCCAUGCAGACAUUGCAUUGUGCAUCCUUGAGAUGUUGGAGCAUGGAUGCCGUUUUGAGGGGAUGGGAUGCCAAGGGUCAGCAAACUUUUUCAGCAGGGGGCUGGUCCACUGUCCCUCAGACCUUGUGGGGAACCGGACUAUAUUUUUUGGGGAGGAAAUGAACAAAUUCCUGUGCCCCACAAAUAACCCAGAGAUGCAUUUUAAAUAAAAGGGCACAUUCUACUCAUGUAAAAACACGUUGAUUCCUGGACCAUCUGCGGGACGGAUUUAGAAGGUGAUUGGGCUGGAUCCGGCCCCUGGGCCUUAGUUUGCCUACCCAUGGGAUAUGCCCAUGGCAGACUUAACAAUGGUUUCUUCUUGGCCUGUCCUGGAAAGUGUAAUUCUCAACAUGGAACGUGCAGGAACAUUCUGAAUCCGCUUCCCUAAAGCUUCAGAAGGAUUGCAAGGUUCAGGCCAAGUGCCAGUUCUCCUGGGAGCUGCCAGGCUACUCUUUGAUGUGAUCUGACCAACCUAAUGGAGAAGCUGAUUCAGAAGUUCCCAUGACCACGUGACGUCCCAGCUCCCAACCAUGCAAAACAGAGUUGGAACAGCGACCGCGUUGCUGCAGAGGAUGUAUGAGUCAAGCUUGGAGCUGUAGACUUCUGGGAAGAACUGUAGCUCCGUGGUAGAGCACCUGCUUCCAUGCAGUAGGUCCCAGGUCCAGUCCCUGGUCUCUCCAGGUAGAGUUGGGGAAAGAUGUCCUUUCUGAAACCUUGGAGAGCCACUGCCAGUCUCUGUAGAUGGACAGUGCUGAGCUUUAGACAACUGCAUUAGACAAAUCCAUGGAGGAGAGGGCUCUCAGUGGCUCCUAGCCAGGAUGCUCUGCUGUGUGUUCCAAAGGCAGCAACCCUCCUGAAACCCAGUUGCUGGAAUCCACAGGAGGUGAGAGGGCUCUUGUUCUUGGAUCCUGUUGUGGGGUUCCCUUUGGAGCCUCUUGUUGACCCCUGUGAGAACAGGACUGAGGACUAGAUGGGCCUCAUUUGAUCUGAUCCAGAAGACUCUUCUUAUGUUCUUAGAAGGCACAUAAGACCAUCACCUGGCUCAACCUAAGCAGGUCUGCGCCUGGUCAAAGAGGUGGCUGUCUGGGACUCACGCUCAUGCCGUUUUGGGUUCCAUGAGGAAAGAAAGGCAGGAUAGAAACAGAAGAAAGUUGAAUAAAAAAGCAAGGAAAUAAAUAUCUGACCUUCAGAAUUUUCUUUUCUGAGCUUCCCACAAACUGGGAGUGUUUCCUAUGCACUCUGAGAACUUUUAUUCAAUUGGCUAGCUCAGUUGGUUAGAUAAUGCCAAGGUUGCAUCUUCGAUCACCGUGUGGGGCAGCUAUGUAUUGGACUAGAUGAUCCUCAGGGUCUUUUCCAACUCUAUAAUUCUACAAUUCAUCCACAGACCUAUAGCCUAUAGCUCAAUGGUUAAGAAGUCUGAAGACUUCCUAUCUAUUGUGCUACAUGCACUGCGAAGCUGUGCCUGAGAGUUUAUCCGCACUGCUUUUUCUAGACACAGGGGCACCCUUUCAUUUGCCCCGGAGCUUAACCCCCCCCCCCAAAGAAAAGCCCUCUCUUCACAGCUGAAAUGCAACAACUGGCAAUUGGGGUCUUCCAUGGAUUGCUGUUUGCUCCGAUUCAGCACUAAAGAGUGAAUUUUCGUGGGAAUGCGCAAGGACAAACAGCAACAACAAAUGCUCCAGCACAGAGCUUUAAAGUGCGGACCGUGUCUGGAAAGUGCAGAGGUAACUGAGGUGUGGAAUUGGGUUCCUACCACUAGGCAGCUUUUUGUCCGAACUCACUCGGAGCCCACCUCAAAACUUGUAUCUGAACCUAGAUCCAGCUGCCUCGGUACUGAACUCAAUUGGGUUCGUGGCAGCGACGUUUGGUCAGUGGACUAAGAAGACUAUCCUGGUCCCCUAAAUGUUCCCCUGGCGCCUCCUUCCCAAACCCUUGGAAGCUUCUGCCCAGCUUAGGGGGGAAGCACGAUUCUCGUGUGCGAGUCGUCACAGCAUCCCCAAUGCCCUCGCAAGCGUGCGCCUCUGGCCCUAACUGUUCUCCUAUGAAAAACUUCACAGCAUGCCACUGGUUCAUAGACCCAAAGUGCAGAUGUUCUCCAUCAGGGCAAAGGACCAACUUCUCUGAAGUCAGACCCCUUGCAUCUGUCCCUGCCUGCCCCCUUCCACCAGAGCUCUUGUUUUACCAACUGUGCUGGGCCCGGGGGUAACCCGUGAAACACAGUCCAGGACCAGUCCAGAAUCUGAAGGUUCCACUGGGAGUCAGUCCGACAGGGCCAAGGCAGGAAACCAGGCAAGGACAGCUGCAGGAUCUGGCAUACAGCAAUGUUGCUCCUGCAACCUGGGGCAGGGUCCGACAGCCUUUUAUCUUUGUUGGGGUAGCGGCCGGUCCUGAUCCCCCGGCAACUCACCUCCCUGUCUCGCCCGAAGGUGAGCACUCCUCCUGCGAGUACUCAGGUCUCUCCUUCUCUCAGACCUUGCUCUCUACAGCUCGGGAGACGUCGGUGGGUUACUAGACCCAGGGGCCGCCUCAGUCUCCCCUGACCCAAGUGGAGCAGCUGUAAGUGAUGGCCCAGCUGGAGGCAAUAAGGUCAUCCCCGCACCUGGAGCCAGGGCAGGCUCACGCCCCUGACUCAGCCCAGCUGGUGUUUGUUGCAGGGGAACCUGUGCAGACUGGGACUCUUCAGGAUCAGGCCCCAGACUUGGUUCAGGUGAUGGCUGAGGCAAAGGAUCCGGUGCAGACUGAGUCUCCUCUGGUUCUGAGUCCGAGCCCAAGUCCCAGGCCAUCACACCAACAUCUGGCUAAGUGGAAAAGGAACAUCUGGAGCAGCUGUGAGGGAAGGGGAUUGAUUUUUUUAGAGGAAAUUCAGGAAACAGGGCAUGACCAAACUAGAGAGUGCCUGCCUUAUCGAGGAGGUGGCUUGCUGUGGCCUGUCUCUGGGUCUGGUUGUAGCAUGCUGAGAACCUUGGCCACUGGUCCCUGGCUAUGGUCCACGAUCCCAGAUGUGAAUUAAGAAGGCUUUGGACCCUGAACCAAGAACAAAGGGGGGAGCAGAACUGUUGCUUCUCCAGCUCACAGGCCUCUGCCUUCCCCCCGCCCCAGCUUGGGUUUAUUUUUGUGAAAUCAAAGCAGAAUUUCAAGGCGUCUGGCGUGCAUGCACAGCGCAUGAAAUGGGCCGGAGGAAGAGAGGCGUGAUGCUACUUGCAAACUAUGCGCGGAGACAAGACCAGAGGCGCCGAGUGCUUGAAAGCUGGUGUGUGCUGGGUUGGGACUUGCCUCUGCACUGUAGCCUGCAGGGCUUCUGAGGAAAUGGGGGGGGGGACGGCUUGCUGCUGCUGCUGCUCGCUCCAAACCCAAACCUGACAGGACCUGCCCUGCGUCUUAGUUGGGGGUGGAAAGCGGAGAUGCAAAGAGGGGGGAGAGAGAGAGAAGGAGAGGGGGAAGGAAGGGUUAAUGCGUUUGAAGUCGACAGGAAAUUUACUGGCUGAGUGGUGCAAUUUGCAGACAUCCAUUCCAAGCCAAGGGGUCUAAAGGACUCCUGGACAGCUCACCUUUUCCAGUUCCUUUUGGAGUUACCUUAUUGCUCCAAGUGGCCUUUGCACGCAUUGCACUUCUUUGAGAUGUGCAUCAAAGCAACCUUGCCCAAACUGUCCUGCUCGCCAAGGCUGAUGAGAAUAGUAGCAUCACAGAAUUCUAGAGCUGGGAGGGAACCCCAAAGGCCAUCUAGUCCAGCCCCCUGCAAUGCAGGAAUCUCAACGAAAGCAUCCAACCUCUGCUUAAAAACCUCCAAGGAAGGAGAGUCCACCACCUUCCAAGGGAGUCUGUCCCACUGUCAAGCAGCUCUUACUGUCAGAAUGUAAUAUUAUUAUUAUUAUUAUUAUUAUUUUGGAAGGCAGCCCUGUACAGGAAAGCUCUUAAUGUUUGAGGUUUUAUGGUGUUUUCAAUAUUUUGUUGGGAGCUUCCCAGAGUGGCUGGGGCAAGCCAGUCAGAUGAGUGGUAUAGAAGUAAUAAAAUUAGUAGCAGCAUAGGCAGUAGUAGUAGUAUCAUCAUUAAAGUUCUUCAGAAUCCCCUUUCUUGUUAUUUGGAUCUGUUGGUUUGGGUCUUGCCCUCUGGAGCAGCAGGAAGUGAGCUUGCUCUAUCUUACGAUCGACGGCCUUCAGAUAUUUGAAAACAGCUAUCCUAUCACCUUUGGAGAGUCGCUUUGAAGUUUGGUAUUCCAAAACAUCUGGAAAGAACCAGAUGUGGGGAAGCUGCCUUAGGGCCUAGUUCUCAAGACACAGAAGUGGUCUACGAGUUCCUCUGCCCCAGUGGCGUCACAACGGGGGGUGCAGGGUGGCAGUUCGCCCCGGGUUCCAUGUCUGGGGGGGUGACAAGAAAUCACCCUGCGGGGGCUCGUGGCAGCGCGGCCACAUGUGGAGGAUCCUCCGUUUGCGGCUGCAGCUGCAAGCAGAGGAUCGUGGCACCGGCAGCAAACUGCUAAGUACAGCGCAUGUGUGGCGUCACACGCAUGCGCUGUAGCGACGCCACACAUGCGCUGUAUAGCGGCUUGCCGCCACUGGCGCUCCAGAGCUACAGCCACGAGCAGAGGAUCCCAGCACCAUCCAUAUGGCGCUGGAGCAGCGCCGCCAGCAAACCGCUAUGUACAGCACAUGUGCGGCAUCGCUACAUACGGCGCAUGCGUUGUACGUAGCGACGCCACACAUGCGCCCUAUGUAGCGACGCCCGCCCUGGGUGUCACGACGCCUUCCUUCACCCCUGCUCUGCCCUGCCAUGUUUCAGACUCUCAGUACUGAAGUUUCAUCAAUACCAAAUGAAAUGAAAACCCUGCACUCGGAAAGCAAGCAUGUCAGGGAGAAAGGUCCUUCACACUUAAUCUUUCCCCUGGCCUUUCUGUGCGCCAGGAAGCUUUUUUGGGGGGGGUGGAGUGUUUUCUCAGGUGAGACUUGUCUGAAGGGGUGCAGCAGGGAGGACAGGUGUAGCCCUUUCCCUGCUGUUCGUUAGAACGGAGCCCAAAAGUGUUUUUAGAUACUUGGCAGUGUGCUGCACCUGUGGCAGGGAGUUCCUCAGCCCAAGGACAGCAAAACAACAUGUUGCCUGCCCUCGCCAACUACCCGUCAGACAAUGUCAGGAGGCAAGCAUAUUAUGAAGGGAUAGUCAUUUCUGUCUCCUGCAGUUUUCAUGCAAAUAACAACCAUUUUGCAACUGGGUUGGUAGCUAGAAAAUGUGAUAUUAAAGAGGGUUGUAUGAAACCAUGUCCGUUAUAGUAUCAUAGAAUCGUAGAGUUGGAAUGCGGGGAACACAACUAAAGAAUCCCAGACAGCUGGCCACCUGACCUCUGCUUAAAUGUGAUGUGCUAGUUUAUUACACGUGAAGAAGAUUUUUAAUUUAAUUUUGCAAAAAGGAGGAUUUGAGAAGAAUAAUAAUACUUUGUUCUGCUACCUUAAAGGAGCCUGUGCAACCUGAAGGAGGAAUCUCCCUUGUUAUUCCUCUGUGCAGAGAACAGCUUUGCUCUUGCACUUGGUGCAGAAAGGCAAAACUCACCCAUUCCUGCUCUGGAGUUUUUGCUCUGACGAUUGCGGUUUGGUUUAUAUAAAUGUGUGUGCGUCCAGUGGGUUGCAUCUGUCUGCUGCUGGAGAUUAUUCAUUCAGGUUUUAUCCCACCCUUCCUCCCACGGGAGCCCAGGGCAGGCAUACAUCAUCAGCAUCCAUAAAACAUCUUAAUUAAAAACCUCAAAACAGAUAAAACACCUUUCUGGGCUGCUGUUUCCAGUGCUAAAUGCCGGAGUGAACACAGACGUCUUCACAUUGCGUCUGAAUUCUCGUAUGUUUUAAAUCACAGCUGUAAAAGAAAAGAAAAAACCCAGUGAAUUUUUUUUAUUCAUCUUUCUUUCAAACUGCUUUGAGGUUUUCUUCUGCAAUGAAGCAGGAGGCCGGUUUCGUGAAGCAGAUGAAUAAAAUCAUUAUGACAACUUAUGGGUUGGGUUCAGGGACACAGGUGGCGCUGUGGGUUAAACCACAGAGCCUAGGACUUGCCGAUCAGAAGGUCGGCGGUUCGAAUACCCGCGGCGGGGUGAGCUCCCGUUGCUCGGUCCCUGCUCCUGCCAACCUAGCAGUUCGAAAGCACGAAGUGCAAGUAGAUAAAUAGGCACCGCUCCGGCGGGAAGGUAAACGGCAUUUCCGUGCGCUGCUCUGGUUCACCAGAAGCGGCUUAGUCAUGCUGGCCACAUGACCCGGAAGCUGUACGCCGGCUCCCUCAGUCAGUAAAGCAAGAUGAGCGCUACAACCCCAGAGUCGGCCACGACUGGACCUAAUGGUCAGGGGUCCCUUUACCUUUACCUAUGGGUUGGGUGCAGUUCACCAGCGAAGGGUCUCCACAAACAGGGAGCCACCACAGAGAAGUCCUUGCUGAUGCAUAAACCAAGGGAACUCCCUGCCACAGGAAGCAAUGAUGGCGACCAACUUGGAUGGCUUUAAAAGAGGAUUAGACAACUGCAUGGAAGAGAUGGCAUUGAUGACUACUAGUUAGGGUGGCUCUGCUCUGCCUUCACAGUCACGGUGCUUCUGAAUCCCAGUUGCUGGAAACCACAGGAAGCAAGAGUUGCUCUUGUGUUCAAAUUCUGCUUGCUGGUUUCCCACAGGCAUCUGGUUGGCCACUGUGAGAACAGGAUGCUGGACUAGAUUGAACAGUAGCCAGAUCCCAUAGUAAUAAUAAUAAUAAUAAUAAUAAUAAUAAUAAUAAUAAUAUUUAUACCCCCCCUCAUCUGGCUGGGUUUCCCCGGGCACUCUAGGUGGCUUCCAACAAAAUAUUAAAAAUACAUUAAAACAUCAGACAUUAAAAAUUUCCCUAAACAGGGCUGCCUUCAGAUCUUCUAAAAGUCAGAUAGUUGUUUAUGCCUUGACAUCUGCUGGGAGGGCGUUCCACAGGGUGGGUGCCACUACCGAGAAGGCCCUCUGCCUGGUUCCCUGUAACUUCACUUCUCACAGGGAGGGAAGUGCCAGAAGGCUCUCAGAGCUGGACCUCAGUGUCCGGGCUGGACGAUGGGGGUGGAGACGGUCCUUCAGGUAUACUGGACUGAGGCUGUUUAGGGCUUUAAAGGUCAGCACCAACACUUUGAAUUGUGCUCGGAAACGUACUGGGAGCCAGUGUAGGUCUUUCAAGACCGGUGUUAUGUGGUCUCAGUAGCCGCCCCCAGUCACCAGUCUAGCUGCUGCAUUCUGGAUUAGUUGUAGUUUCUGGGUCACCUUCAAAGGUAGCCCCACACAGAGUGCAUUGCAGUAGUUCAAGCGGGAGAUAACUAGAGCAUGCACCACUCUGGAGAGACAGCAGGGCUCUUAGUAUGUGCUAAUGGAAGGAAUUUGCCAGGAAAAUGGUGGAGGGGGGCAUUUUUCCUCUAUUUCCCCAAUGCCUUCUGUGCCCCCUGAAAUCUUCAAAGAGUUGGGGUGGAUUGGAGGUGGCCUGCAGGGUUGGCUGGUUUCUUUUUGCCAAAAAUUGCACACACACCCUCCUCCAAUCUACCACCAGAUUCAUCAACAGACAGAUACCACCCAUUGUGUAUCAAUUCUCUCCUUAAAGAGCUUGAUUGUUCUACAGUGUUUUAAAAACACCGAGACCCACCUUGUUUGUUUUUCAUUUUUAAAAGUUUCUGUUUUUGUUUCCAGGGCAAUUAAAAAAGGAAAAAAGUAAGAUUGCAGGUUAAAAGCACAUCAGCAUAAAAAACACAAAAACAAACAGAAAAAUCAUCCAUAAAAGCCCUGUGAAGAAAUAAUAAUAAUAAUAAUAAUAAUAAUAAUAAUAAUAAUAAUAAUUCUCAGAGCUUGCUUAAAAACUGGGAAGAAUGGGUUCAGAUUCCCAUGGUAUUCACAAUUGUGAGGCUACCCCAAGAAAGAACCUACCUUGUGUCUUCUCCCACCCCAUAUUUUUAUACAUCCAUGUUUGUGUGUGUGUGUGUGUGUGUUGGGUUUUUGAUGUUCACCACACCACAUUUCCACACCAACCUGCGAAAAUUCGCCAGCCUUUGAGUGCCCACCCCUCCUGAUUUGCACACUUUUUCAAGGGAUUUUCACAAUCAUAAUCCAUUUUUGAAUGCUGACACCAAUAAAUGCCUUUUUAUGUACACCCUCCACUAAUAUACACAUUUUUGAUCAUGUUAUUUGGCAUCUCAGAAUUUGGAGAGGUGUGGAUUUCGAAGGAUAGCUCCACUUCGGACCACAUAUUCUUUCCAGGAUGUGCAAAUGAAAUAGGUUUACAUAAAAUUCCUCCCCUUCCUGCUCCCAAUCUCUACUACUGAGUGUAAUUUCUGACAUGUUAGGGCCAAUUUAUCCCAACUCUCCAAGUCUGAUUCUCACCAAUUUUUGUUUUGUCAGAGAGAGAGAGAGAAAGAGAGACAGAGAGAGAGAGAGAGAGAGGGAGGGAGAGAGAGGGAGAGAGAAAGAAAGAAAGAAAGAAAGAAAGAAAGAAGGAAAUGGGGCUGAAUGUCUGUGCUCUGCCUCCUAAGUUGGAGGAAGCAAAGCUUCUGAAUCCCAGGUGCUGGAAACUAUGGGAGGGGAGAAUUGGCUUGUGUUCGAAUCCUGCUUGCAGGUUUCCCAUUGGGACAUCUGGUUGGCCAAUGAGAGAACAGGAUGCUGGACUAGAUGGGCCAUGGGCCUGAUCCAGCAGGCUCUCCUUACGUUCUUAUGCUUCUACCCUGCUCCCCCCAGCCCUUUGCUUUUCCAAGAGAUGGCUGCUGAAAUCAUAGGUGGUUAGCAUAAUCCUUUUUUUUGUAUAUAUAUAAAAAAUGAAAAUUAUUCCAGCAGCUGUAAUAGGGCUGCCAUACAGCUGGAAUUUCCCAGAUGCAUCUGGGAAGCUCAACAACUCCCCCCCCCCAAAAAAAGAAAAAAAGGUCAACACCUUUUGCAUCCGGAUGUUCACUUUUUUGAAAUAUGGCAACCCUAGCUGUAACCUAAGAAUGGGAGAAACAAAGAUCACCCGUGUCAAAGCAAUGAUUCUUCAGUCUCAACUUAGUUGGACUGGUCAUGUUGUGCGGAUGCCUGAUGAUCGUCUUCCAUAGCAGCUACUCUAUUCCAAACUUAAAAAUGGAAAGCGUAAUGCUGGUGGUCAACAAAAGAGGUUUAAAGACUGUCUCAAGGCAAAUCUUUAAAAAUGUAGUACAAACACUGACAACUGGGAAACACUGGCCUGUGAGCGCUCCAGUUGGAAAACAGCCUUUACCAAAGAUGUCAUGGGCUUUGAAGAUGCUCAAACUCAGGAUGAAAGGGAGAAACGUGCUAAGAGGAAGGCACGCUUGGCAAAUCUACACCGUGAUCCACUCCUGCCCGGAAACCAAUGUCCCCACUGUGGAAGGACGUGUGGAUCCAGAAUUGGCCUCCACAGCCACUUACGGACUCAUUGUUAAAACCAUCUUUAUGGAAGAAAAUUUUACUCGGCUACGAGGGAUCACCAAAGAAGAAGUGGUUUGAAUGUCACACUAGAAUCCUGGAAACCAGAGUUGGCAAACCUACACCGUGAUCAGUUCCCGCCCGGAAACCUGUGUCCCCACUUGUGGAUCCAGAAUUGGCCUCCACAGUCACUUAUGGACUCAAUUUUAAAACCGUGUUUAUGGAAGACAAUCUUACUCGGCUACGAGGGAUCGCCAAAGAAGAAGAAGAAGAACCUAUGAAUGUGCUGCCAAGUAUUUCCAGGUGAAAGUGGAAGUUGGAGGAGGUGGUGCAGAAGGAUCCAGCCUGCUCUCCCAAAUUCAUGCCUGGAGGCUACCUUUCUUCAUCCUGCCUGGCUGCCUCCCUCGCCACCCCUCCCUGGCCAGUAUACCAAAGCAGCCCAGCUUUUCAUGUUCUGGGAGUGUGUCCCCCCCCCCCCCGGAAGGGCACAGCCAGCUGCCUCCUGAGUCCGGCCCGGCAUUUUGCGUAGCCCCCCCCCCCUUACCCAGAGGGAACAAAGGGAACCAGUGUGACAAUUCCUCCCUCUGCCCCUUGUGGUUUUUGCAGCGUCAACGCUCUGCCUUCCCAAACUUCCACCGCGCAGAUCUUUCUCUCCCCUCUGCGCCUCCCCUUUCUGCGGUUCACACCGGCUCAGGUACACGGGGAGGGGGUGGCGACAUGCCUGGUGUCAACAUCUCCUGUGGGCGCGGCAGGGGGAGGAAUGCGCCGCUCCCAGCUCUCGCUCCGGCAAUUAAUCCCCGCAACUGACAGGUGGCAACAGGCGGCCCUUGGCUGGGGUGCUGCGUCGCGGCCAGCAAGAAAGGGUGCUCGGAGCUUGUGGUCUCCGGGGGUUCCUUGGAACGAGGAGCCCUCUGGAAAGGGAGAAGGGGGCGAGAGGAAGCGGGCUGUGGAUUACGCAGCGCAUUGUGGAACUGCGGGACUCGCCUCUCCAGGACGCAGCUAUGGCCAGCAUCCUUUGUUGUUUAGUCGUUUAGUCGUGUCCGCCUCUUCAUGACCCCAUGGACCAGAGCACGCCAGGCCCUCCUGUCUUCCACUGCCUCCAGCAGUUUGGUCAAACUCAUGUUGAUCGCUUCGAGAACACUGUCCCACCAUCUCGUCCUCUGUCGUCCCCUUCUCCUUGCGCCCUCCAUCUUUCCCAACAUCAGGGUCUUUUCCUAGGAGUCUUCUUUUCUCGUGAGGUGGCCAAAGUCUUGAAGCCUCAGCUUCAGGAUCUGUCCUUCCAGUGAGCACUCAGGGCUGAUUUCCUUCAGAAUGGAGAGGUUUGACCUUCUUGCAGUCCAUGGGACUCUCAAGAGUCUCCUCCAGCACCAGAAUUCAAAAGCAUCAUUUUUUCUGCGAUCAGCAUUCUUUAUGGUCCAGCUCUCACUUCCAUACAUCACUGCUUGGAAAAUCAUAGCUUGAACUAUAAAGGGGGAUUAGGAUCGUGGAGGGUGAGGCUAUCGAUGGGUUCUAGGCAUCUGGCUAGCUAAUGGUCGCCUCGCCCCAAAAAGGACAUUGCAGAGUUUGAAAAAGUUCAGAAAAGGGCAGCCAGCAUGACCCAAGGGAUGGAGUGAAUCUCCUAUGAGGAAAGGUUGAAACGUUUGGGGAUUUUACUUUAGAAAAAAAGGCAAAGUGGCAUGAUAGAGGUUUAUAAAAUUAUUUAUGGCAGGGCGAAACUGGAUAUUGGAAAGUCCCCUCCCCUCACAUCUUUCUCCUAAAACUAGAAGGGAUGAAUGGAGCAGAAUUCUAGGAGAUUUCAGGCAGGUGAAAGGAAGUCCUUCUUCAAGCAGCACAUAGCUGAGAGAUGGAACAGAGAAAUAAAAUAACUACGAUAACUUGAGGAUUAAGUGCAGAUCACCAGCGAAGGGUCUCCAUAAACAGGGAGCCACCACAGAGGAGUCCCUGCACAGAUCAGUGGAACUCCCUCCCAUAGGAGGCAAUGAUGUGCCACCAACCUAGGUGGCUAUAAAAGGGUAUUGGGUGGCCACUAGCCAGGGUGGCUAUUGCUCUGCCUCUGCAGCGAUGCUUAUGAAGUCCAGUUGCUGGAAGCUGCAGGAGGAGACAGGGCUCCCAAGCCUGGUUCCUGCUUGUUGGCUUCCCUUUGGGGCCCCUGGUUGGCCCCCCUGAGAACAGGAUGCUGGACUAGAUGGGCCCCUGGCCUGAUCUUACAUUAUGCUUUGGGAGGGCUUCCUAAGCACACUUCCAUAAUCCAAAAGCAUCUGUUGUGUCUUUGCAUGGGAGACCUUCCAUGUUUGGUCUGGCCUGGAAGAGUCUUUGACUUGGAAAUGGCCUCAUGGCCUUUUCACAGCAAGGGGGCUUUUAACUGCAGCUCAGUUAGUCGGAGUUCACCAGACCGGGGGGGCCCUUUCUGUGAUAAGGAUUCUCUCACCUCAUUCACCAAUGUUCCCACUAUUCUUUUUUUAAAAAAAACACCUUUAUAUUGGGUUUUAUAAACAAGAAUAAUGUUAUACAAAUAAGUGUACCAUGUUUUCUCAUGUCGUUUGUGUAUCACAAAAAUAGCAUAAUAAAUGUGGAGUAAAAUCCAUAACAUAUGAUUCAUUAUUAGUGGUCAAUGUAUAAGUUAUUGGCUCAUGAAUUGGUUUAAAUAAUUCUAAGUUAAGCCUGCUUUAUUAUGUAUGGUUCUAUUUUUGAGCACACCACUGAGGAACUUAAUCUAGGGAUCCCACUUUUCAAAGUCUGAUAGUCACUUGCAUCCCUCUUGCCUCUUAGUACCCCCCUGGGGAAUUCCAGGCCCCCAAACCCCACUCUAGACCUCUGGAUUGCCCGCAGUGGGAAAGUGGGGUCGGACUAGAAGCUCUACAAACCCCUCCAUGAUUCCGGCCAAUUAGAACUAAAGACGCUGCUGUGAAAUAUCCGAAAUGAAUCCUAAAAUCCUAGAAUGGUAGAGUUGGAAGGGACCCUCAAGGGUCAUGUAGUCCAACCCCCUGAAAUUCAGGAAUCUCAACUAAUGCAUCCAUGACAGAGGGCCAUCCAAGCUCUGCUUAAAUAUCUCCAAGGAAGGAGAGUAGACGGUCCUUAAGUUUCUUCACAGGCACAGGAAUCUGCAAGAUUCAAGGAGGCGGUGUGUUUGUGCAUUUGUGUGUCUCUGUGUGUGGUUCUUCCCGUGCUCCACAUUUGUGCACGGCCGACGGAAACUCCCCCUGCGAGGUGAGCUCGGGUGUUUCCCGUUGCAAAAACCAAGACCCCUUUCCUUCCCGGUGCCCCUUUUUCACUCCCCGCGCUUUGAGCGCUGGAAAGUAAGUGUUCCGCUGGCAGACUUCUCCUUUGUUAAGAGUGAAAUAGACACUCCCAAAUAAUGGCUGUACGUGUGGGUCUUUGAAAACCUUUGUCAACACUCCUUCAGGAGAAGGGUGGGUGGAAGGAACGGAGGGGGGGGGGACGUCGUGCCGAGAAACCAGGCAGGUGUUGGCCGACGGUGGGGCGUGCGCAUGGGGCGUGCGCGGAAAGAGACUGGAUUACCCGCCGGGGUGCCAGCAGCAUGUAACACAGCCUGCUGCCAUGGGCAGGUGGCGAGGGCAGGGAGGCAGGUAUUGGAAUGCUCCCCCCCCCCCCGUGUUCCUUGCAAGUCGUAUUCUUAGGUAAAAACGGGCCAGUGUGUUGAUAUCCUCAGAAAUCCCCUCUGUGGAGCGCAUUUGGGCACAAAGAACAGCAAAAGGGCUGAGAUUUCUAUUUCAUUUUGAAGCAUCCCAGGAUGUUUAGCCCAUGCUGGGUCUUCUUGGUGCCGUUUGUUCCUUGUGGCAACAUUUCUUUGCAGCCUCGUCCCUGCCCAUUUUGGUGAGACCUCGUGCCCCAAAGGCAUUGAAGCCUGAAGUUGUCAGAAACCCCAGAUCCUUCGCAUGCCGAGCUUUUUUUGGCCCUUCCUGAAGACGAUCCAUACCACCGUGGGAGGCCACAAAUGGUGGACAGAAACCCCGUAAAAUGUCGCUUGUGGAGUAAAAUGGCAGGCUGCUCAAGUAAGCGAGCCAAGCUGUAAUCUCAAGGGAGAGAAACAGUCUCCAGGGAGAGGACUAGCUGCCCUGGAGUAGAGCUCCUUCUUGCUCUCUGUUGCUAAAAACAUACAGAAAUCAACCAUUAAAAAACCAAUUAAACCUUGAUAGAGUUAAAACUGUAUACAUAUGCAAAAUCCGUUUAAAACAUACCGAUGAUUAAAAUAAAAACAGCAGAGCGCCAGCCCUUUAACUAAAUGCGGUCAAUUCUUGUUGGAACAAGAAAGUCUUCACCUGUCGGUUAUGGUAAGAUUCUGCAAGCUAGCCCAGUGGCUUGGGAGAAUGAAUUGCAAUAAAAUAAAAUGAAAUCUUGGCCUGUUGCACAGAACAAGGAUAAACUUCUUCAUUAUCCUGAUCGGUUUGCCUGUCUCUGGUUGACUUCCUGUGCUCCUGCGACAUCUCCAUUUAAAAGGAUCUCGAGAUAGCUGGGUCUGGCUGGGAGAUACCUCGGAGCUCAGAUCCUGGAGGGCAGCUGCCAGUCAGAGUAAGCAGAACAAGGAUAAAUGGAGAAACGCUCUGGCCCAGUUCAAAGUACCCACCUGGCCACAGCAAUGGACAGGGCGAUGGAACCCCUUGAUCUCAUCCUAUUUGGCUUCCUUCUCAUGGGUGCAACUAGCAGCGAUGUGAGGGAAUCUGUGCUGACCAUCUCCCAUGAUAUAUAUAUUUUUAAAGUCGAUAGGGAAACAGAUAGGAUUGCGAGGGGAGCAGUGUGGGAAGGGGGUUAGUCCUGUAUAUCAACACCACUUUUUCUUGAUGUUAAAUUCCUCACUCUCCAGCUUCUGAGGUCCAUGUAGGGGGAAGCAGAAAGGGAUCACCCAGACACCUGAAAGUGGGGCAAUUUUUGAAAAUGGCCAGGAGGAAAAGCUUUAAACCCCUUGGCCUGAUACUGUGGUCCCAAUGCAGUCCCUCUCCUCUCCUCUGCUCCCCUUCCAAUUUCUCCUUUCUUAAAGUCGCCAAAGAUACUAAUCUUGAAUCUUUUGUCUCGAGAUCAGGUUGGCAUGAUGUGCUUAGCAGAGAAACAAACAAACAAAAAACCCCCGUCUGCUUUCCCUCUGCCCAGUUCCUUAAAACUUCAGUCUUGUGCCUUAUUAACAGUGUUCAUUUUAAUUAAGAGAGCUUUCCAAUGAGAGAUUUCUCGGAAUACUUUUUAUUUUAUUUUAAAGAACCUCCCCCCCCGCCCUCCAACAAUUUGCUUUGAGUGUUGCAAUAAUCUGGUUUUCUUUCCUCUCCUUUUUCUUCUUCUUCUCCUUUCUCAAACAAUAUAUUGCCUCGCUUGGCACGCUCCCGUUUCCGCAGGCUGUGUAAAUCCUUUGUGUGCGUAAUCCUUAGCCUGCGGGCACGAGAAAGAGAAGCGAUUGCACAAUCCGACAUUGUCGCGUUCGAAAGAGGGCUUUAAACAGCGAGGUAUUCGCAGCAGUGCCUUUCGCUGCGAUGACCUAAAUCCUUUGGGCAGCGAUGUGAGAAGGGGUGGGGUGGAGCAGAGAGGAGAGCCGGAGUUCAUGCUUGAAAAUAAUUGGCCACUUCUUCUAAUUUCCCCCCCAGAUUCAUGUUUUCUCACCUGAGCAACCUGUAACAGAAUAAAAUCCCUCCCACCCGCCUCCUUGAAUAUCCAUCGCUAAUCCCCUCCAUUGCCACACUGCCACCCACCUGCCUAACCAACCACCCUUGCCAGGAGCCUAUUAUCCGGACAGGAUGCAAAGGGCGAGUUUUGCUGCAGUUUAACGUGUGCGUUCCUGUCGGCCCUUUUGUUUGCGCCCUUGGGAUCGUGCCUGGGAGCACGCAGCCUUUCACGGGACGCUCUGAAAGCAAACAGACAGCUUGCUGCGCACUCUUCCCGCCAGCCCCGUGGAAAGGCAUCAAUAGCUGGGAAGGGAGGAAAUGCCAGCAGUUUUCUGUGGUUGCCGCAGCCAGGGGGUUUCCAUGCCGCGUGGAAGCAACAGACAAGCUCCUGCAGCCUUCCUGGCACUUAUAAUAAAUAAUAAUACAUUUGGAUUUAUACCCCGCCCUUCCCGGUUCAAAAACCGGGCUCAAGGUGGCUAACAAGAAAUUUAAAACACUUAAUUGUAAAAACAGCAUAAAAUACAGUGUGAAAACAUGAAUAACAAUAAAAUUCAAAGUUCAGAAAUCAAUUUAGGGGAAAUCCAUCUAAUAAAUAUUAGAUAAUCACCAGGGCUAGUUGGCUGAAUUAGUCCUAAAGGUAAAGGUAAAGGGACCCCUGACCAUUAGGUCCAGUCGUGGCCGACUCUGGGGUUGCGGCGCUCAUCUCGCUUUAUUGGCCAAGGGAGCCGGCGUACAGCUUCUGGAUCAUGUGGCCAGCAUGACUAAGCCGCUUCUGGCGAACCAGAGCAGCGCACGGAAACGCCGUUUUUGAACUGCUAGGUUAGCAGGAGCAGGGACCGAGCAACGGGAGUUCACCCUGUUGCGGGGAUUCGAACCGCCGACCUUCUGAUCUGCAAGUCCUAGGCUCUGUGGUUUAACACACAGCGCCACCCAUGUCCCUUCAAAUUAGUCCUACUUGGGACUGAAAGACUUGGCAUUUUGCACACUGGGGUGGAGUCACAGAAUCGCGGCGCUGAAAGGGACCCCAAGAGUCAUCCAGUCCAACCCCCUGCAAUGCAGGAAUCACAGCUAAAGAGUCCAUGGCAGAUGGCCAUCCAACCUCUGCUUAAGAACCUCCAAGGAAGGAGAGUCCAUCACUUUCCAAGGGACACCCUUCCACUGCCAAACAGCUCUUACUGUCAGAAAGUUCUUCCUGAUGUUUAGUUGGAAUCUCCUGUCUUGUAACUUGAAUCCCUUGGUUCUGGUCCUGCUCUCCGGAGCAGGAGAAAACAAGCUUGUUCCCUCUUCCAUGUGACAGACCUUGAGAUAUCUGGAGAUGGCUCUCACAUCUCCUCUCAGUCGUCUCUUCUCCAUAUUUCAUCAUCAUCAUUUUUUAUUUGUAUACCAUCUUUCUAUACUCAAGGAGGUUUACAAGCUGACGAAACAAAAAAUCUACAUCUUAUAACAAUCUAAUGCAAUAAAAAAUGUGAUAAUAAAACAAAACUUUAAAAUAAGCAACCUACAUCAAAUAAAGUAACAUUCAACAAUUAUUAGGAUAGUACAAAAUAAUAAUAUUAACAUAUAAAAGUUAAAGAGAAAUCCACUCAACAGUUACAAUAAAUAAUUUCUAAACUAUAAUCAAUAAAACAUUAAGUGUGUGUUGACUGCCUUGGUGCCUAUGUAUCGUGAAGAGACCUCAGCAGGAUUGGUGCAGCCCAGAGGGAAGGAUAAGGGACUGUGGCUUGUGACUUCGCUUUUAUUUAAUUUCAUAAAAUGUAUACAUUUCUUGACUGUCAAGCAAACAAACAAACUCAUGCCUCAAAGUGGUUUGACAAAAAAAGAUUUAAAAAUAACAAUAAGAGAAAAUAACAACAAUAAUUUAAAACUUUUGAAAAGUUAGAAGAACAACAAGAAUUAACUCACGUUAACUUUCUAAGCAUCUGGGCAUGCUUGCCUAUGUUUUGUUGUUGUUUUUCAUUACUAUACCACUCUAUAUUUUUUUAAGGAAAAAGCUCUCAGAGCAGUUAAGACAUUAAAUGAAACAUUGCUGAAGAAAGUCAAAUAUAAAGCAUCCGUUCAAAGCAACUUAAUUAACAGGAAUCGAAAAAAAUAUCUUAAAGAUUUAAAAAUAAAACAUUACAAUGUCAGCUACACAUAACACAACACUUUUAGCAGCUGCUGAAGGACUGUAGGGAAGGCCCCUGCCUGUUGUCAAUAGGCAGGGAGUUCCAGAGUUUCGUUGCUGCCAAAGGAUCGAGUUCUUGCACAUGCAAAAUGGGUCUUCCUAGGCUGCUCUCCUGACUUUGCCUCCCUUCCCUCUUGUCCUCCCAUCAGUACUCCACCGAACUGAAGAAGUUGUACUGCCAGAUCGCCAAGACAUGUCCCAUUCAGAUCAAGGUGAUGACUCCCCCUCCCCAGGGCGCCGUCAUCCGUGCAAUGCCUGUCUACAAGAAAGCGGAGCACGUCACCGAGGUGGUGAAGCGCUGCCCCAACCACGAGCUCAGCCGGGAAUUUAACGAAGGUGAGUUGGGCACCUCCAGAUCUUGGAUGACGGCUCUCGUAUCUCCUCUCCUCUAAGCUAAGCAUCCCAAAUUCCAUGCACCGAGCCUCAUAAGUCUUGGUUUCCAUGUCUCGGUCGCCCUCCUCUGCACACCUCCCAGCUUGUCAAUAUCCUUAUCAUAUUGUAUAGAUUUGGGGGCGACCCCCUCCCAAACCCUAGAAAUUAAUAAAUGGUAGGAUUUAAUUAUUAUUAUUAUUAUUAUUUAAAAUGCAUUUUAUUUAUUUGUUAACAUUCUUAUAUUACAUCGGUAGACGUUGUCAUAUUACAUUACAGGACUUACUAUAAUUUCCAACAAGUAUACAAAAAUUAUAUACAAAUUUUAUAUACCUAGAAAGAAAAUGAAACAAAAAAGAAAGAAAGAACAAAGAACAAAUUUUUAUGAUUUGGAGUAUUGAAGAGAAGAUUGGGGGUCAGUGGAAAAGUACAGGCUAAGAUUCCUUUCCAAGCCAGGGCCUCACUUGGGAUAGAGGCAUGAAUAAGACAAAAUGGAUUGAUGGCACAUCUGAGAGUCUAGGCAGACAGAGGUUGCCAUGGUGAUGGGGUGUGGGUUUGAAGUGACAAGAAAAGAGUUUUUAGCAGGGUGUUCUGGGGAGAAGAAGAAGGGGAGAGGAAAGACUGGGAUCCAUCUUGGGCAGGCUGGCCGAAGGCUGGCUAGGAGAGAUGCCUUUGGACUCCCUGACUGCACUGCUGUAGGGGACAAGCCCCUCUUGAAACGUCCAUGCUGGCCAUGAAGACUGAAGGUGUAAAUAGGCUAAUAAACCAUAUUUCCUAAAGCUACGGCAGCCUCCACUGUGCCUCCAUUUUCCAGAGGAACCACAGAUCCUGGGUGAGUGCCUGGGCAGGCACGCCACUUCUGUAACAAUAUGAAGCAUAGCUAUAGAGUGCAGUGGCGUAGCGUGGGUUGUCAGCACCCGGGGCAAGGCAAGUAAUUUGCGCCCCCUAACCCCAUACCUGCCGCCGCUGCCAGCUUCUUCUUGCUGCUGCCUGGGCUGGUCUGGUGUGGUUCUCUCCCGCGCUCAGCACUGCGCUGGACGGCCGCUGCACUGUCCCUCCCCCAGAUAGUCCCUCGCUCUCUCUCCGCACCGCACGCCUGGCACCCACCCCCUCCACAGUGGGCGGCGACCCAGCGGCUCGGAUCGGAUUCGCACAGCCAGCACUGCAGUGAGAGAGAGUGAGUGAGCCAGGUAGGGGCAGAGAGCUGCGAGUGCGAGUGCGCCCCCCCAGAUGUUGCGCCCGGUGCGGCCGGCCCCCCCUGCACCCCCCACGCUACGCCACUGAUAGAGUGGCCAGUUGACAGCAGUGAGCAGAACACAGGUCCAUUUCAGUCACUGUCACUAGGGAAGCUCUUCAAGGUGGAGUUGAGAUACGCCAAUAGGUGCAGGGAUUUUACAGCAAGACAUAAGCCCUGGACUGUGGAAGUUCGCUUGCUUUCCUUGGGUUAUCUCUCUCCAAAACGCUGGUUCUUUUGCUGACCUUGUUCCUUUGCCAUACGCUUUUGCAGGUCAAAUAGCUCCUCCCAGCCACCUGAUCAGAGUGGAAGGAAACAGCCAUGCUCAGUAUGUGGAAGACCCCAUCACUGGCAGGCAGAGUGUCCUGGUUCCAUAUGAACCACCGCAGGUGAGUUGUGUGGGAAUGUUCAGGGAGGCAGGAGAGGAUAGAUUGUUUAUUGAUAUCCUUCCUAACUUGCGCUAGCAAGUUCUAUAACUUAGCAGAAUUUUACAUUCCCCCUAAAAAUGCACAGCAGAUAGCUGGUUGCAGGCUUGUUUAAGCCUCUCACUGUUUGGUUCCUGGUAAGUUCCCUUAUAUCCCUCUUAAAAGAAAAAAAACACGCCACAAUCUUGUUUAGAGCAUAUAAAAGGAGUUUAGUCACAUUCGGUUUACAGCUGGAUCCCAAAAGGCAGACAGUUACAAAUAUGUACAUAUGGAUCUACCCCAUAUGGGUGUUUAAUCUCAGUGACUGCAGACUGGCAGUCACUGUAGUUCACAUGAUGAAAGGAAGAUGGAAAAGAAGGGAAGGAGGGCUGCGUGCCUUGUGCUUUUGUUACCUGCACAGGUAAGGCCACACCCACCUCUAGUCACAUGCAAGAGGAAGGAUGUCCCAUUCUAGGAGGAAACAGGAAGUUCUGACUGGCUGGAGCAAACAUCCACCUGCAUGUCCACUCUAGGAAAACAAAGAAUGUAUUAACCAGGUUGAAUUUGGUUGAUGCAAACCCAGCAGACACACCGAUGGUGACAGGUUACCAGGUAGAUAGUACUGUUGAAGCGUUUUCUGACACUACACUGUACAGAUGCAUUCUAGGCAAGCUGAAUUUCAUUGCUAGAUGUUCAAGGCCUGACAUAGCUGUAAGCACUAACCUGCUUAGCAGACAUGCCAACAAUCCUACUGUUGAGGAUUGGAAAGCUCUGAAGCGCAUAGCCCGCUAUUUGAAAGGGACUUUGCACUACAGGCUGAGGUUCACCAGUCAGAAGACUGGAGGUCUUGAAAUCUUUGCAGAUGCAAGUUUUGGAAGUGACACCACGGAUGGUACAAGCACUUCUGGAGUAUGCUACAUGUACAACCACUGCCUGUUUGACUGGCUGUGCAAGAAGCAGACGACAGUUAGCCUAAGUUCCUGUGAAGCAGAACUCAAUGCUCUGUCAUUUUACUCAUGGAUUGUGAAUGGUUGAUGUAACUGUUUCAGGACAUCAGAGUUUCUGUGAAAUGUCCUAUACAGGUGUAUCAAGAUAAUAGAUCCUGUUUGGCUUUGCUGAACUCAGAGAGUUGCAAGCAAAGAACCAAGUACUUGCAGAUUAAGCUACAUCGUGCAAGGGAGUGUAUUCAGAAAGGACUCAUUCAGGUGUCCUACAUGGCAGGGAAUGAAAUUCCUGCUAAUCUGUUGUCUAAGGUUGUUAACAGAGAACAACUUAAGGUUUAUGUACAGAGGUUGCAAUUGGGUUGAACCACAAGUACUACAGGUUACACGGAAAGGGGGAGGAUGUUAGGAUAUUUCCGUUCCACCUUAAAAAGGGGACAGGCUGUUGUGAGUCACAGCCUGCGUAUUUCCUGUUCACAGGAAGUUUCUUUUUUGUAUAUAGCUGUUGUCUCUGUCUGUUGCCUCGACACGCAGGCAGGCAGUCAUGUUUUUACUUUGUUCUGGCCAACGCUGAAUAAAUCUGUAAGAUAUGCUCUCCUGGGUGAUUCUUUCAUUGUGGAAGCUCUGCGAAAAGGGCAUGCAUGAGUCCUGGAAUGUGGACAGCUAUUUCUGAGGCUCGUGUCGCUAAUUGACUGAUACUGUACCUACGGGAGAUUGAUGGAUCGUCCUGAGACGACGUGGAGGUAUGAUGGCCUAUGUCUCCCUGGCAGUAUCCCAACACAGCCCACCUUGGUACAAAACAGGUUCCUAUGUCCGAAUUAGCGUUGCAUCUGAAGCAGACAAGUUUCUUUGGAGAGGGGAAGGGAAGGAAGCCUUUAUGGAGGGUGCGUGUGUGUCUUGCAUCAGCCUUCAGCAAACCGAUCACUUCCUGCGUGACUCAGAGCUGACUCAGUAUAACUCUCCCUUUUUUCUUCUGUCCAGGUCGGCACAGAAUUCACCACCGUCUUGUACAAUUUCAUGUGCAACAGCAGUUGCGUCGGGGGCAUGAACCGGCGUCCGAUUCUUAUCAUCGUGACACUUGAAACCAGAGAGUAAGUCGCAUUAGCAGGAGCUCGGAGUGGCAAGCGAUGGCCUGACCCGGGCCUGAAAGCCACUGCAACUUGAUGGGAGAUCAAAAAAUGAGUCCCAAGCAAAAAAACACACACCUUGAUCCAGAAGCAGAAGGGGCUUUUGUUUUCAUUGCGCACAAACACAGCAAUUCCCAGUUCACAAACAGGGGCGUGUAGUCAUACAAUCAUAGGAUAGUAGAGAAUCGUGCCCGUAGGUCCUGCCCCAUAACUGCUGCCAAAUAUUGCAGGUUCCAGCAGAGCAGGGUUGAUUAUUUAAUUUCUAUACCCCUUACUAUAUUAGCCAUUUCACUAAGUGGUAUGCAAAAGAGAUAUUAAACUAGAUAUUUCAAAAAUACAGUUACAUAUAAAAAGAUUGCAUGAAUACAAAACUACUAACUUAUGGGGGGUGGUCCAAGGCUGGGAUUGCUCCGUUGGUAGAGCAUGAAACUCUUAAUUUUAGGGUUGUGGGUCUGAGUCCUGUGUUGCGCAAAAAAUUCCUGCAUUGCAGGGGGGUUGGGCUGGAUGGCCCUCGUGAUUCCUUCCAACUCUACAAUUCCACGGUUCUAUGAUAAUAUAUAUAAAUCAGUUUCGGGUAGUAAGACUCCAGGAUGUAGACUAGGCCCAUGGAUCGGUCCAAACACACAGGCUGAAAUCUUAAAGAGGAGCCAUGCACACAGAUGCAUUCAUGUUCUGGUGUUUGGGGCAGACUCAAGCUGUAGGCAAGGUUUAAGGCUCGCGGAGGGCAUUGGUUGGGUCCAGUGGUUUGCGAACGCGGAGCUUGGCUCCCAGAUUCUUAUUCUUAUUCUUUUAUUAUUUGUACCCCGCCCAUCUGGCUGGGUUUCCCCAGCCACUCUGGGCAGCUUCCACAGAGACCAAAAAUACACUAAAAUGUCACACAUUAAAAACUUCCCUGAGCAGGGCUGCCUUAAGAUGUCUUCUGAAUGUCAGGUAGUUGUUUAUCGCUUUGACAUCUGGUGGGAGGGCGUGCCACAGGGAGGGCGCCACUACCGAGAAGGCCCUCUGCCUGGUUCCCUGUUGCUUUACUUCUCACAAUGAGGGAACCACCAGAAGGCCCUCGGCGCUGGACCUCAGCGUCCGGGCAGAACGAUGGGGGUGGAGACACUCCUUCAGGUAUACUGGACUGAGGCCUUUAGGGCUUUAAAGGUCAACACCAACACUUUGAAUUGUGCUCGGAAAUGUACUGGGAGCCAAUGUAGGUCUUUCAGGACCAGUGUUAUGUGGUCUUGGCAGCCGCUCCCAGUCCCCAGUCUAGCUGCCGCAUUCUGGAUUAAUUGCAGCUUCCGGGUCACCUUCAAAGGUAGCCCCACAUAGAGCGUGUUGCAGUAGUCCAAGCCGGAGAUAACUAGAGCAUGCACCACUCUGGCGAGACAGUCCGCGGGCAGGUAGGGUCUUCGCCUGCAUACCAGGUGGAGCUGGUAGACAGCUGCCCUGGACACAGAAUUAACCUGCGCCUCCAUGGACAGCUGUGAGUCCAAAAUGACUCCCAGGCUGCACACCUGCUCCUUCAGGGGCACAUUUGCCCCAUUCAGGACCAGGGAGUCCUCCACACCCGCCUCCUGUACCCCAAAACAGUAGUUCUGUCUUGUCAGGAUUCAGAUAUGUGGGUUCAUUGCGGGUUGCCGUUUCCGUGCAUAAAAUGCUUGCCCGCUGUGUUUAUUUUAGUGCCAGCCCUCCCCGUGGCUGUGAGCUAACAGACCCCCCGUUUUCUCCAUCCUCCAGCGGGCAAGUCCUGGGACGCCGGUGCUUCGAGGCUCGGAUCUGCGCUUGCCCGGGCAGGGACCGCAAAGCUGAUGAGGACAGCAUUCGGAAGCAGCAGGUCUCCGACAGCACAAAGAACGGUGAUGGUACGAAGAGGCGUAAGUAGGCCAGCAGGGGGCGCUCGAGGCUGUGGCUGGGGGGGGCACGGCUGCGGGGCUCAGAGAACCAGCAGAGGGGAGGGGGCUUUGUGGAGGCGGUGCUUUAGGAAUGUGCAAGCUUUGCGGUUCACACAGAACCCUUUGGCAUGGAUUGAACAUAAGAAGAGCCUGCUGGGCCAGGCCAGUGGACCACCCCACCCAUGGGUAGGCAAACUAAGGCCCAGGGGCCGGAUCUGGCCCAAUCGUCUUCUCAAUCCAGCCCGUGGACAGUCCGGGAAUCAGCAUAUUUUUACAUGAGUAGAACGUGCCCUUUUAUUUAAAAUGCAUCUCUGGGUUACUUGUGGGGCAUAGCAAUUUGUUCAUUAUUUUUCCAAAAUAUAGUCCGGCCCCCCACAAGGUCUGAGGGACAGUGGACCGGCCCCCAGCUGAAAAAGUUUGCUGACCCCUGAUCCAGCCCAUCACCUUAUUCUUUCAGUGGCCCACCAGAUGCCCCUGGUUUGCAUAAAAGUAAAGGAAGUAAAGGAAGCACGCGGGACACGGGUGGCACUGUGGGUUAAACCACAGAGCCGAGAACUUGCCGAUCAGAAGGUCGGCAGUUCGAAUCCCCGCGACGGGGUGAGCUCCCGUUGCUCGGUCCCUGCUCCUGCCAACCUAGCAGUUCGAAAGCAUGUCAAAGUGCAAGUAGAUAAAUAGGUACAGCUCUGGCAGGAAAGUAAACAGCGUUUCCGUGUGCUGCUCUGGUUCGCCAGAAGCGGCUUAGUCCUGCUGGCCACAUGACCUGGAAGCUGUACGCUGGCUCCCUCAGCCAAUAAAGUGAGAUGAGCGCCGCAACCCCAGAGUCGGCCACGACUGGACCUAAUGGUCUUUCGGAGCCAUGGAGCAGGUGGUUCACAUGCUAAAGGCUCCAGGUUUAAUUUCCAGGGAAAUCUCCAGUGGUUCUCAAAGUUUUUUCUCUGGUCCACAUUUUCAGAAUAACAAUUUGCUCUUGCCACACCAAGUUUUCUUUUGAUAAGAAAUACACUGGGAAACAAAAGGAAACAAAUUCCAGCGGCGCUUGAUUCAUAACGUAGAACACAACUGCAAAAAUCAUGGGGCAUCCAGAAAGUGCAAAACAACGCAGCUACAAAAGAGCAGGAACCAUUCCCAAAUUAUAAUUCUAAACUCUUACGUGUGUAUCUUAAGUGACAAGUGAGCUUGCUUUUGGUGGGUAAUCUCAUUUAGAUGAGGUCUCAUUUGAGACAAUCCAACUCUCCUCUCCUCAACAGCACAAAGACACCUCAGAAUUGAAAAUCCUUGCUCACGAAUAUAUUGUCUUCAGCAUCACUCAAUGCUCUUUUUAAAAAUAUAUAUUUAUUCAUUUAUUAAAUUUAUAUACCCCACCUCCUUGAUCGCAAGAUCUCAGGGCAGAUCAGUGCUCUUGCUCUCAUUUCGAAAACAUAUCUGUCCAUAUUCUGCAAUAAUAAUAAUAAUAAUAAUAAUAAUAAUAAUACUUUUAUGCUCUACUGUAGUAUACUACACUGAAAUGUUUAAUUGUGUCUUAGAUUGCUCUUGAGUGUCUCUGCCACAUUUGCCAUCUUCUCCUGCCACACCCUUUGAGAACCAGUGGCCUGGAAAACUCUUAAGUACUAGCCUCUCUGAGAAGCCAGUACAGUCGUACCUUGGAUCCUGAAUGCCUUGUGAGUCGAACGUUUCGGCUCCUGAACGCCCCAAACCCAGAAUUGACUGUUCCAGUUUGCAAACAUUCUUUGGAACCCAAAUGUCCGAUGAGGCUUCCAAUUGGCUGCAGGAGCUUCCUUCAGCCAAUCAGAAGAUGCACCUUGGUUUCCAAAUGUUUUGGACUUCUGGAAUGGGUUCCGUUCGACUUCCGAGGUACCACUGCACUGGGCAAAAUAGACCAAUGGUCUUGAGACAGUCUGAGGCAGUCUUUUUAUUAUUAUUUUGUGAUGUGACUUUUCGCACUCCACCCUUCCCACAAAAAAUAGGAGCAUGGGGCAGGCUCACUGCGCAGCACGCGCACUGCAGAACAGAACAGAGAGGAAACAUGUUCCUUGUGACUGUGAGACACCUGAUAGGCUGUUGGACUUAGCUUGACAACUGCCAUUCUCUCCCCCCUCCCUUUGGCAGCCUUCCGGCAGAGUACACACGGCAUCCAGAUGACUUCGGUCAAAAAACGGCGCACCCCCGAUGAUGAGCUGCUAUACCUUCCAGUAAGUUUGGCGUGCCUGCCCCCCUGUCCUUGCAUAAACCUUUUGCCUCAUUUGUGCCGAACCAUUUCCUGGCAGGCAGGGGUGGAGAAAGGUGGGGCGGUGGGGGCGGGUCACCCCGGGUGUCACCACUGAGAAGGGUGACAAAAUGCUCCAACCCACCGGCCAGUAGCCUUGGUUCUGCAUCAAAACCGCGACUCAGAGCUUCAGAAGCCUUUCAGAAGCUGAGCACGCAAGCCAGCAGAGAUAACAAACUCUUCACGACGGAAGGGUGGACAGAGGCAUAUGUAAAGCAUUGGACUAGAUGGGCUGGUCUGGUCCAGCAGCCCUGAGCAUCUCUUAAGUCUCUUCCUCCCUCUUGUCUGUGCUCAGGUGCGAGGCCGGGAGACUUAUGAGAUGUUACUGAAGAUCAAGGAGUCUCUGGAGCUGAUGCAGUACCUCCCCCAGCACACCAUUGAGACGUACCGGCAGCAGCAGCAACAACAACAGCAACACCAGCACCUGCUGCAGAAACAGUGAGUAUUCGGAAGCCAAUUUGCAGUUUGCCCCAAAAGCACCUUGAGAGCAAUGGAGAGGGGAUGAGUGGCCAGGGGGCUCUCCACGCGCAUGAAGAGCAUCACUCUUGCUAUGAUGCCUGCCGCUAGCACAUCCCUGACCCAAGACAGUGUCUCUUUGGCUUUGUUAACACAGUCGGUCGGUGAGCAUGGCUGCUCGGAUUUGCUUGUUGUUUUGUGCAGAAGUGUGUUUUGGCUGGGUGGGCGGGAUUCUGGGACCAACCAGAUGCCCGAGCGCAAGAAUCUUCUCUCUUUGUGUGAUUUCCAGGAGCUGGUAUUCAGAAGCAUUGCUAUGUCUGACUGUGGCUAGCAGAGAGAGGUGGAAUACUACUACUACUACUACUACUACUACUACUAAUAUAUUUAUACCCCACUCAUCUGACUGGGUUUCCCCAGACACUCUGGAUGGCUCCCAACAGAAUAUUAUUAUUAUUAUUAUUAUUAUUAUUAUUAUUAUUAUUAUUAAAGCUAUAAAACACCAGACAUUAAAAACUUCCCUGAACAGGGCUGCCUUCAGAUGUCUUCUAAAAGUCAGAUAGUUGUUUAUUUCCUCUGGUGGGAGGACGUUCCACAGGGUGGGUGCCACCACCGAUAAGUCCCUCUGCCUGGUUUCCUGUAACCUCACUUCUCGCAGGCAGGGAACCACCAGAAGGCCCUCAGAGCUGGACCUCAUUGUCCAGGUUGGACAAUGGGGGUGGAGACACUCCUUCAGGUCUACUGGACUGAGGCCGUUUAGAGCUUUAUAGGUCAGCGCAAACACUUUGAAUUGUGCUUGGAAACGUACUGGGAGCCAAUGUAGGUCUUUCAAGACCGGUGUUAUGUGGUCUUGGUGGCCGCUCCCAGUCACCAGUCUAGCGGCCGCAUUCUGGAUUAGUUGCAGUUUCCGGGUCACCUUCUAAGGUAGCCCCACGUAGAGCGCAUCGCAGAAGUCCAAGCGGGAGAUAACCAGAGCAUGCACCACUCUGGCGAAACAGUCUGUGGGCAGGUAAGAUCUCAGCCUGCGUACCAGAUGGGGCUGGUAAACAGCUGCCCUGGACACAGAAUUGACCUGCGCCUCCAGUUGUGAGUCCAAAAUGACUUCCAGGCUGCGCACCUGGUCCUUCAGGGACACAGUUACCCCAUUCAGGACCAGGGAGUCCCCCACACCUGCUCACCCCCUGUCCCUCAAGAAUAGCACUUCUGUCUUGUCAGGAUUAAACCUCAAUCUGUUAGCCACCAUCCAUCCUCCAACCGCCUCCAGGCACUCACAUUUGUUUCUGCUGGAAUUCGUAAAGGGGAUAUUUUUAUUUGGGAAACUGCGAACCACACUGGGAGUUUUAUCUUGCUCAGUCCCAGGAGAGAAUUUCCAGAAGCCAGCCCUCUCUUGGUACCUUCUGAACAAGAGUUCUGCAAGUUUGUUCAGGGCCACUGUAUGUCUGUUUUUGAGUGGUUUGGAAGACUCCCCUUGAAGCACAGGGGUUUUCCAACAGGGGAGGGAGAAGUCUCCACGUAAGCAGAGCUGCGUUGAAAUAAACGAACCCUUUCCUCUUGCUGCUGCUGACAAAAUUGCUUUGUGAUAAUUACUGUUUUUGGCUCUUUGGGUAGGCAAAGCUAGCAUUUUUAAGGCUGUUUGCUUUAAAAGCAAACAAACAAACCAACCACCAGCCACCCAUCCACUUAGUUAGCAAACCUUUCCCCCCAAAUCUCCCCCUUUCCCCCCAAAUCUCCUUGCAGGCAUCCAACUGCAGUAGGCACAUAGCAAAACUAGACUAGUCGUGCAGUUAGGUAAUUCUAGGCUCUGGACUCCGUGGUCUCACUGGGUUCUCUUCUACAGAUGAUAAUGUGUGUUGCUUCUUUGCUUGCAAGUCCCUGCUAUAUUUGGGGCUCCAUUGAUGGCACCGCUAGGCUUCUACGGGAUUUCAGAAAUGUGAAGCUGUGAAUCCUCUCUCUUUGAAUAACGCAGAGACCAAGACUCUUGUAGAAGGCUGGAAUGAAUGCAAUGGAGAGCUGUGUGUGAACACAAACACAUACCUCUGCACUCAGUAUUUAUACUUUCCUGAAGUUCUUUCCAAGUACUUCUCCUAAUUCCCCUUUUUUAAAACAACAACAACAAACAAACAAACAACUAGUGUUUUCUGGAUGCAAAAGCCUUCAAGGUUCCUCCAAGGUCUCUUAUCAGGACAUAAGAAGAGCCUACUGGAUCAGGCCAAUGGCCCAUCUAGUCCAGCAUCCUGUUGCCUGUGGGAAACCUGCAAGCAGGACAUCAGCACAAGAGCAGCUCUCCCUUCCUGCAAUCCCCAGUAAGGGAGUUCGAAUAAUAUGUAUUCAUUUUUGCAACACAGGAAAUGUUAUGGCUUAUCCACACUUCUAGAUGCCCCACUGCUUCUCUCCAGGGAAACCUAAUCUCCAGUGCUGAAUUGGAACAAACAGCAAUUGGGUUUUCUGUGGAUGUCUGUUCCAAUUUAGCACUAAAGAGCGGGUUUUCUGGGGCAAAGGCAAAACUGCUUGGGCCCGUGCUUCCUAGGCAUGGGACAAAUGGGAGUAUGGCCGAGCCCUUAGUCCUGCCCAGGGGACGUUGCCUCAGGAGGUCAGUGUGGCUGUGUGCUGGUCCCGUGGGCUAACUGAGAGGCGAGGUCCAAGUCCAGUCCGAGGUCGAAGGUGCAGCAUGGAGGCAGUCCGUAGAAGCUGAAGCUGGGUGCAGGGCAGGGAGUCGGUUGAGGUCUGGAGCUCUGUCAGGAAAGCAGGACAGGGCUCAGGCAGGAGCUGACAACCAGCAACGUUGCUCCCGCAACUUGGGACUGGGGCUGGCUGGCUUUUAUCUGCCCCGAGGCAUAGGGUGGCCCCAAUCCUCUGGUGACUUGCCUCUCCUGGCCUGGAGGUGAGCCCUCCUCCUGCGGGAACUUAGUUCCCUCCGCCUCUCUGCCCUGAGCCUCAGAGGCUGGAGGGUUACCGGACCCAGAGGCAACCUCAGCUUCCUCUGAUGGGGCUGAGAGUGGAGCACCUGCAGGCAAUGGGUCCUCCCUCACCUCAGGAGCCAGAGCAGACUCAGCUAAUGCCUGCACCUGAGGACCCAGCACAGGUGAGGACCCUUCAGGCUCAAGCCCCAGCCCCGGCUCAGCUGGUUCUGGAGGCGGGGAAUCCUGUGCAGGCUGGGAUCCCUCAGGUUCAGCAUCCGAAUCCCAGGCCAUCAAGGGCUGCCUGCUCUGUGCAAAUGCCACUGCUUGUCAGCAGGGUUAGAAAACCAAGAUAUGAAAGCUAGGAGCUUAAUGGUACAUUAAGCCUAGGUUAUGGGUGUAACAAUGGAAUGUCUAGGCAUGCUUUUUAAAUAACAAGAAUACAAAGCUGAAAAGGAAUGAACUGCAGCUAAAAUAUUAUGUUCAUUUUUCGCAUGGUCUGGUCCUUCCCCUGCCCACCCCCCUAAUAUUCUUAAGAGGGUCUCUUCUCCAGUCUUCAGAGAGUAGCCGGAAGUGGGGAGGCAGAAAAAGGUCCUCCUUUCCUCCCACUCUGCAGUUUUAAUCUCAAAUCUUAGGUGCCGCACUGCGCCCAAAGCUCAGAAACUGCUCGCGCUAAUUAAAAUCCCUGUCUCAAAAUGCGCCUAGAACAACGGGAGUUUCGAACGCUGCUUGUCAGGUUUCAAAAUUUUGGGAAGUGAGUGUUGCACCUGUGUCUUGCCCGCUAGAGUGGAUUUUGCCUGCUUUUUCUUUUGCCUGCUUUUCCUUCUGUGCAUGGUUUCAUGAUUCCUCUUUGUGUCAAAUACCUUCAUGAUCUCAGUGACUCUUUGAACCAGACUAUUUUCCUCAUCUGAAUGCACAGGACUGAGCUCCUGCAACACGAAUGUUCAGGGGAGGGCAAGGAGCAUGGACUCGGGUGCUACUUCCAUCCCAACACCUUUAGUUAAAGAUGGGUGGCUUCCCAUCAAACCUUGAAAGCUUUUUCAGACGCUGCCAUUUGAAGCCAGCUGAACAAAGUUGCAAAGGAUUCUCUCUGGAGUUCUGCCAUUGCCCUGCAGGUGCUCAGCGAGGAGAGACUUAUACCUCCUUUUAAAACAGCCCACCAACAACACUGGGCUUCCUUUAAUAUGCAUCCAAUUCUCCCCCCUCCCCGCUUUGCUCACGUUCAGUCCAUUAGGGAUGGUUUCAGCUGGUGCAAUAGAAAAAAAGAGCCUUGAAGCAACUGCAGAGGCCUUGCAGGCUUACAUUGCAAACCCAGAUGUCUGCAGGAGUCCCAGGUCUGCACUCUGCUUGUGCCACUGAGCUGCUUUCUGCCAGAAUAGGGUCUUCGCCAUUCAAAGCCUGCUGCCACCCCAAACCGUUUAGUUUGGCAUUGCAGCCUGCCAAGUGCUUUGACCCCACUAUGACCCCACCCACCAUUUUGCAAGUCCCAGGCAAGCAGCAAAACUGGGCUGGGCUAGUGUCUUGGUAGACACUGUCUUUACGAGAGUCUCUAAGUCUUAAAGCCACCCCACCCCUUGGAAAAUCACACCAUCAAGAAGGAACUGUGCAUCCCUUGUUAAAUAUUGCAGGGCAUGAGGGACAUCGCCAAAUAAAUACUCCCAAGCUGUGCCAGACCUGCUCAGUAGUGACUUUGGACAUAAUUGAAACAAAUAGAUUUGCUGUAUUGAGGUGGACUUAGAAACCAGAUUUCUGCCAGCAUCUCCCACAUCUGGGAUAACGCCUCUAUUCUAGAAUUUCCCCACCUCAAGUCUCAGAAUGUUCUGUUUUGGUUUAUCCAAUACUUGAUCCAUGUUUCACAUGCGGGUUGCAUGUGGACAGGAAUUUAUGCAGAAAUUAAUCAGCUAUAUCCCCUGAUAGCCACAGAACAAAAGGGGUUUCUGGUUCUCACAGCAACCUGGCAUUUUCUCUGCAGGAAUCCUUUCGGAAACAUCCCCUGUGGUUUCAGACUGGAGCGAUAGAGCUUCUGCACUGCAUGCAGAAUGUCCCAGGUCAAUCUCUAAUGGCCCCUCCGGGUGGGCCUGGGAAUUGCCCCCCCCCCCAUCUGAAAUCCCAGAGAGCCACUCCCAGUCAGAGUCAGGGCCAGAUUUAGGUUUGAUGAGGCCUUAACUUACUGAAGGUUAUGGGGCCGUUUAUAUGUCCAGCUGUCCUUUGUCAACAACAAAUUGUCACUGGUUUUUUUGUGUUGAAUAAAUUCUAGAUAGUAAUUUAUGGACCUCAUAGGUAUCUCAAGCCAUUUGCACAUGUUGCCCUGCAACCAAUCCAUGCAGAACGUAGGGACCAUAUAUAUAGAAAGGAGCAAUCCAGGGAUAUUUGAGGGAGCAGGCUAGCAGGCGGAGCCCAUAACUUACAUCAUAGGAGCCAACACAACACAAAACACUGUUGCAGCAUGUAGGUUUUAUUGUAUUUGUUUUUUAUCUUAUAUUUUGGAAAUGUACAUCCAGGUUUUAUUUCCUUUAAAUUUGGGGGGGCAAGAGAGUGGGGCCCUAAGCUAUAGCUUGUUUAGCUUAUACGUAAAUCUGGCACUGGUCAGAGUAACCAAUACUGACCUGGAUGGACCAGUGAUCUGACUUGGAAUAAGACAUAUUCCUAUGCUCCUAAGAUCUGCUCUUUCUCUCUGACCCCAUGUUCUGCCACAGUCUUUUCUUCCCUCCUCCUAUUCCUCCGGGUUCUGAUCAUGAAGGUAUUUCUCUUUGCGGCUGCUCACACUUGGUGAUGGUUCCUUUAUCUCCUCUCCUCUCUCUGGUUCCUUCCCCGCAGCCUCCUCUCAGCGUGCUUCAGGAGCGAGCUUUCGGAAACGAGGAGGGAGCCCCCCAAAAGAAGCGACGCCAUUCUCAGACAUUCCAGCCCCACAAACCCUUCUUCCGUCUACUCAUAGAACAAAGCGGGGAGGCUGUUUUUCUGUGUGUGCAGAGGUUUUGUCCAGCUCCCUUGUUGCAAGGGGGGGAUGGGAGGAAAAGGGGGGGCUUUAACUGAGCAAAAUGGCUUGAUUGAAACUGGGCAGGCAGCAAACCGCUGCAAAGGGAUCAAGCUUUUGCAGGAACAGCAGCUACCCUAGCUGCGGACAUAGCCAUUUCCAGGUCUGGUACCACCUUGUCUUCUUCCUGCAUUGUAAAAUGUGGUGCUUCUGUUUUCACCCCUCGGCCUUCGAAUGAUUUCUUUUGAGCAGGUCUCAGUCUACGAGCAUAUCUUAAAGAUGUGUGUUUACUUGCUAAGACAGAAGCGCAACUUACGGCCUUGAGAACUUUUGAUUGUAAAUCUGUAAAGUGCUUUUGAUGCUGGUCAGAGACUAGUAAUGUGUAUAGAUUUGAGAUGCCCUGUCCCUGCUGGGCAGAUGGACGACACGAGCACAUUGUGGAUCAGAUGAAACUGUUUAUUUCCUACGGAGUUGGUGUUGCAUUUGUACGCCGCCACUCACAACAUUUCUACCUUUGUUUGCAAAAGAGAUCACACAGGAACCUCUUACGUGAGUGGGGAAAUUGCUUGGCUUUUGCUGCUGUAAAUCAGGCGCUCAGCUCCAAAGUUCCUGUUUUGUUCCCAUUUUGUCUUCACUGCAAGGAAUUGCCUCAAGUUUGUAGCAAAUGAUGGAACACAGCCUUACCUGCAGUUAUUCACAGUCCAGCAAAUUCAGCAGGCUUAUGAUGCUGGUGGUGGUUCGCCAGCCCAGAAAUCAGGAGGGGCAGAUGCAUUUCAUUGGUUAACCUUUUGUGGAGGGAAGGGGCAUUUGGGUAUUGAGACAUCGCUUUGGGAUCUGCUGUUCUUCCAUAUUUUAAGAAAAAUUAUGCAGCCUCAUUGAGAUUCUGUUUUUUCCCUUUUUCUUUUUUCGUUUGCUCUGUGAUUUAAUCAAUGCCCAUUUGAACUGUCUGGAGUUAAAACAAAGCACAACAGAGGAGUGAACCCUUAGCAGAUUGGUGCCACUCAUGAAACAAACAAGUUCAGGUAUUUUAGGAUCCCGAAAUCUGGACCGCGAGAAUUUUGUCAGCAUCCAGGCAGAGAUGCAAACAUUACUGAGUAUUGAGACUGGCUAUCAGUACUCACAGGUUGAUAUCCAACUAAUUUGCAGAGUAGACCUGCUGAAACCAAUAGUCUUAAGAUACUACGCAUUCUCUUCAGGGACCAGACCCCAUAAUAGAAAUUGUGGUUAUUUUCACCACUAGAUCUCAGAGGAAAGAACAAAAAUUUACCCCAUGAAUAUCUCCUGGUGCAAAUUGGAUGUUGACUUGCGAUUUUGGCUUACUGCAAUCAAUAAUAAUAAUAAUAAUAAUAAUAGGAGUCAUUUCUGAGUUUUGCACAGUUACACAAAUACAUAACAUGAACUUGAGUUCCAGAUGUUCCAUCAGCCCCAGCCAGAAUAGUCCAAAACAUCUGGUGGGCACCAGGUUGGCAAAGGCCAGCUAUAGGUUCACCUGUGAUUCAGACCAUCUGCUUAAAUAGCCAGUGAAGUACAUGAGCCAUACUGGUGGGCGCAAUUGCCUAUGUGCUUAAUGCAUACAUUAGAUUUUUGUAGAAACACAAGCGACACCUCAUGUUUUCUCCAUAAUUGAUCAGUCCAAACCUCAGUGUGUUGUGGUUUCUUCCAGGGGUGUGUGUGUGUGUGUGUGUGUCAGUUAUGCUGAUUCAAUGCGGUCCACCUCGACAAGCCGUGCAGGGAUUGUGGUGGUCACCAUACUGACUCUGUUGGUGCAUUGGGAGUACAGGCAGGUAGCCCAGCUGAAGCUAAGCAGCUAAGGACCUGACUAGCAAACCCAAAGGAGCGCCAUGUCUGCUUUGUGAGGAAGAGCAGGAAACUCUCGUAAAACUGAAGCGGAAGGGGGCCAGGUGGCACGUCCUAGUGAGAAGGGUUGGGUGGGGUUGGAUGAGCAAGCUGCAGAAGAUCUUGGGGCCUCCUCCUUUUUCUGCUUCGUGCUUCCUGCCCUUCUGGUUUGCACCUAAAUCUUGUGACAACAGAGUGUGGGAAAGUGUCAUGUGGGCACAGCCUGGCAUAGAACCCAGAAAGUAGAAGUAGGUCACUUGGCUUCUGCCUCUGUUUACAAGAAAUGGCUCUGUGCUGUGCUAAGUCGGCCUGUUCUGUGGAGGUGAGGAGAGCCUCCUUCUGAGUGCUCCUUCUGCCCACCACUCCUCGUGCCACUGGCAUGCCCACCUCGUGCCACUGGCAUGCCAGCUCCCAAGCACCCCCAGCCCACCCCACAGACCCUCCUGCAUCUUCCAGCCAGCAGUUCCAAGAGGCAAGACGUGCAGUUGGUUAAUUGACCUCAUUAGGCCCUAGGAAUGGGAAAGUGCAAUGAGUUGGCUCGGGGUUCAAAGCGAUUCCAAGGUGUAAUCUUCCUUGGGAUUCAUUAAGCAUCAUUUGAUGUGGCUUGGGCUCUGCGUUCCAAAUGAUGUUUUGGGAAAGGAACUCUGGGAAGAACUUUCUUUCCGUAAGAGCUGUUUGACGGCGGAACAGGCUCCCUCGGGAGGUGGUGGACUCUCCUUCCUUGGAGGUUUGAAAGCAGAGGUUGGGUGGUCAUCUGUCCUGGAUGCUUUAGCCACGAUUCCUGCAUUGCGGGGGGUUGGACUGGAUGACCCCAGGGGGUCCCUCCCAACUACAGUUCUAUGAGAUGAACCCCAUUCACUGGGAAACCACACACAUCCUCUGGUCAGCCAUGAAAAAGGUUUCACCCUGAGCAAUAUUCCUUUCACUCUUAUCAUCUUACUCUUCUUAAUUUGUGGUGCUGGUUUUCAAUAAACUUUUGCAUCUUGAUUUUAACUGGAGUGGCCUCCUGUCCCUUUGUCUCUCUUUUUUAUCUUUUCCUUCUCCUCUCACAACAAAUGGAUGUGCUGUCCAUCCUGCUCUCAUCACUCACUCUCCUCUCCUUCAAACACGCCCUCGUCUGCCUUUACCAGCUCCCAAAAGCACCUUUUGUGUCUUGCCAAGUUUUAGACCAGGUCUGUGCAAACAAUUCCAUAUCAGUUCGUUUUCCCUCUCACUAUGGGUAGCGUGAAGAUGGAGAAGGACUUAGUCGGGAGGAAAUGCUAAUAGGAAUUGGGGAGGUGCAAUUCAAUUUCCAUUUACAGGGGAUCUUACCUAGCUUUCAUUUUCUGAAACAAUAUGCAAACCGAAGCACAGUUAUCCUUUGAAACGUACAUUUCUCUGAAUUUUGCAGGGCGUUAAAAGGCUGGCGAAUUUUCAUGACAGCAUUUAAAAUAACAAUAAUGCACAAAGUGAUGUGAAGCUGAAUUUAAGAUUGCCAAAAAGAGAGAAAAUCAGGAAUGGACAGAUCUGCCCAGCCCUGCUCACUAGUCACAAACACACAGACAGCUUCGCUCUUCACCCCAGAAGGGGGUCAAGCCUUUGCAAACAGGCUCAAGCAAGGGUUUUGCAUGCAUUCAGUGUGCACCUUGACUUAAGGACCCAGGAACUUACCUGGACUAAUAGUGGGAGGCGGUGAUGGGUGCACCCUAGACCCCAGUGGAACUUCUCUUUGAAAGGGACUGCCAAACCCUUAAUCUCUGGUGGGAAAUGGUUACUGCAUCCAUCAUUUCCAAGGAGUCUUCCAGGGAGGGUAUCAAAGGCCUCUCUCACUCCACUGGUUUGGAGACAGGCAGAAUCAGUUUCCUACUAAUGACUCUGGGUUCCUUCUCUAGUCCCAGUUCCUGUUAGGGAAAAUGUUCUCCAGUGAGAGCUGGGGAGGGCCUACUGUCUCUGCCUCCUUACCAUACCCUGAGGCAAACUUCUGGGAACUUGGAAAAGGGGGAGUCGUGUCAGAUACACUGGCUCCCAGUACGUUUCAAAGCACAAUUCAAAGUGUUGGUGUUGACCUUUAAAGCCCUAAACGGCCUCAGUACAGUAUAUCUGAAAGAGCGUCUCCACCCCUGUCGUUCUGCCCGGACACUGAGAUCCAGCACCGAGGGCCUUCUGGCAGUUCCCUCCCUGCGAGAAACCAAGUUACAGGGAACCAGGCAGAGGGCCUUCUCGGUAGUGGCACCUGCCCUGUGGAAUACCCUCCCACAAGAUGUCAAAGAGAACAACAUCCACCAGACUUUUAGAAGACAUCUGAAGGCAGACCUGUUUAGGGAAGCUUUUAAAGUUUGACGCACUAUUGUAUUUUAAUAUUCUGUUGGAAGCUGCCCAGAGUGGCUGGGGAAACCCAGCCAGAUGGGUGCGGUAUAAAUAAUAAAUAAUAAUUAUUAUUAUAUAGCUCACAGGUUUCAAGUUUCUUCCGCACACCCUUAGGGGAUAUGGAGGACCCCCAUGGCAGAAAGGAGCAUGGGGCAAAAUACGCCAGAUGACCGUUCUGUCAUCCAGCCUUCUGAAUGAUCUUAGAGGACAGGAUUCUGGGAAGCCCUUCUGUAGAUUCCAGGGUGGGGAUGGAGCAAGGAAUGUAAUCUUGUGAGCAAUCUGACUGCUCCUCUCCGCUGUGAAUGUUGGAUUCCUCUGUUCUUCUUAAGCGAAUACACAGAGGAAAGCACCUCCAGAGUCUCUGUGAAUACAGCAUUAAGAGCAUGAGAAGACCCUGCUGGAUGAGGCCAGUGUCCCAUCUAGUCCAGCAUCAUGUUCUCACCAGGGCCAAGCAGAUGCCCCAAAGGGAAACCCGCAAGCAGGAUUCGAACACAAGUCCUCUCCCUUCCUGCAGUUUCCAGCAACUGGGAUUCAGAAGCAUUGCUGUCCCUGACUGGGGAAGCAGAGCAGAGCCAGGAUGGCUAGUAGAAAUCCAUUGCCUCCACGAAUUUGCCUAAUCCUCUUUCAAAGUCAUCUAGGUUGGUGGCCAUCACUCGUGCAGGAGUGAGUUCCACAGUUUGACUCUUCUUUCUGUCCUUUCUUUCACCUGUCCUAAAGAUCCCAACCACAGUUGCCAUGUCGAACAACUGAGAAGGAUUUGUGGCCCUGUGCUUCUUCAAAGACAUGCUUUGCUUUCAGAAGUUGCCAUAGUCACUUCCUGACAUCUCCAAUGGUCUCAGGUAGCAGAGCUCUUAGGGUGGCGCUGUGGGUUAAACCACUGUGCUGCUUGGGCUUCCCGAUCAGAAGGUCAGCGGUUCAAAUCCCCGCGACGGGGUGAGCUCCUGUUGCUCGGUCCCUGCUCCUGCCAACCUAGCAGUUCGAAAGCAUAUCAAAGUACAAGUAGAUAAAUAGGUACCGCUCCAGCGGGAAGGUAAACGACGUUUCCAUGCGCUGCUCUGGUUCACCAGAAGCAGCUUAGUCAUGCUGGCCACAUGACCUGGAAAAACUGUCUGCGGAAGCAGACAGAAGCCAGCUCCCUCUACCUGUAAAACGAGAUGAGCGCCGCAACCCCAGAGUCAUUCACAACUGAACUUAAUUGUCAGGGGUCCCUUUACCUUUAGCAGAGCUCUUGCUCAUUCGAACAGUCCUCUGUGGUCGUUUCAUAGCUAGGACUCUGUCUUGCCUUCAGCCUUUCUGUGGGUCUCUGUGCAUCUACAGCCAGAUGGUCUGGGCAGCUGAUGUGUCUGUAUGUGCACAUGCACACAUGGGGGAUGGGUGGCAGGAGAAUGCAGGGUGCAUUGGAGGAAAUGGGCAUGGAGGGAUCCCCACAACAAGGGCCAAUGCACUUCUGAGCCCAAAGCAAGCAAAUCACCUGUGAUUCACUCUCUGAGGCUAGAGCAACAAUGCCUACGGGUCACAAGGGAACAUAGUUGCCCUCCCACCAAGUAGGAAAAUGGGCUGAGCAGCAGGCCUGUCCUCUGCUGUGCAUUUCACGGGACAUCCAAUGGAGCUGGAUGUUGGAAGAGUCUGGACAGAUAAAACAAAGUCCUUCUUCAAGCAGCACAGAGUCGGUCCCACAGGAGGCAGUGAUGGUCACCAACCUGGGUGGCUAUAAAAGAGGAUCAGUAAAAUUCAUGGAGGAGGAGAGAGCUAUCAAUGGCUACUAGCCGCAAUGGCCAUGAUCUGCCCCCACAAUCAGGGGCAGUAAAUGUCACUGAAAUUCUACUCAAUGUUGAUCCAGAGCAGAGGUCCUCUGGCUGGGUUGGGACGAUAUGGGAUUGGGGGGGCAACUCCCAUCUCUUGCUGGGGCGCAAUUAGUGCCAGCACCGUCCGUUAAGAGUUUGGGUGUAAUCUUCGACACCUCCCUUUCCAUGGAGGCGCAGAUUGCAGCUAUAACAAAGGCGGCCUUUUUUCAUCUCCACCAAGCUAAGCAGUUGGCUCCUUACCUCUCUCACCCUGACCUAGCCACUGUGAUCCACGCGAUGGUCACCUCCAGACUGGAUUAUUGUAACUCACUCUACAUGGGGCUGCCCUUGAGAUUGACCCAGAAACUCCAGCGGGUGCAGAAUGCCACGGCGAGGCUCCUUAUGGGGUCCUCGCUGCGAGAUCACAUUCACCUGGUGCUAUAUCAGCUGCUCUGGCUCCUGGCAGAGUACAGGAUCAGGUUCAAGGCGCUGGUUUUAACCUUUAAAGCCCUAUACGACCUAGGACCCUCGUACCUACAGGACUACCUCUCCUUGUAUGUCCCACAGAGGACCUUACGGUCUUCAAACAAAAACAUCUUGGAGGUCCCGGGCCACAGGGAGGUUAGGCUGGCCUCAACCAGAGCCAGGGAUUUUUCGGCUGUGGCUCCGAUCUGGCGGAACGCUCUGUCCCAAGAGACUAGAGCCCUGCGGGACUUGAUAUCUUUCCGCAGGGCCUGCAAGAUAGAGCUGUUCCACCAGGUCUUUGGCCAAGGCACAGCCUGACCCCCUUCUUUGGUAAUCCUUCACAGAACUCCAACCCAAUGGUUGCCAUCAACUUGAUUUGAACUGAUUUUAUAAUGAAUUAAUUUUAGAAUGCUGUAUUAUUUUACUGUUGUUAGCCGCUCUGAGCCCGGCUUCGGCUGGGGAGGGUGGGAUAUAAAUAAUUUAUUAUUAUUAUUAUUAUUAUUAUUAUUUUUCCAACAUAUAGUUAGCAGAGUAAAAAACACGUUGCAGGAUUUCCCCAAAAAUAGACCAGAGGCCAUUGUGUUUCAUCCAGCAGAGCUUUACUGCUACUGAAGGCAAAUGAGCAUAAUGUUCACAAAUCCAAAACAUUCAGGAUUGGCCCUGUCCAUAAGAAAUCCAGAUGCAGCAGACUUAACUUAAACUUACAAUAACUUAUAAUAAGAUGAAACUUUAACACUAUGUGCAGAACACCACAUCAGAAGAGACAGAUAGAAAGAGAGACCCAGACUCCUUCUGGCCUCACUAUUAUAGUCCGCAUGACCUUGACAGAAGAGAUAACAGGGCCAGGUUAAGCCAGCUGUACUCAGCUUCUCUGAAGGAAUAACCCAAACAUCAUGAACCUUCUGCUUCUUUCUUUUAUGCAGAGAAGCUUCCAGAACCCUCUUGAAUUAAUUAGAACAGGAAAGAUCUCUAUGCAUCAGAUCAAUACUUUCUGCACUAAGAAAUGUGAAUUGACAGUAAAUGCUUCUGAACACAAGCUGCUGGGUAUGCCAGGAGGGAAGCAGCCUCUUCUGCUGCAGUCCUGCUUGUGGGUUUCAAAUGAUGGGAAUCCGUUUGGGAAUUACUGUAAGAACAGGAGGCUGGACUAGAAGGACCACUGGUCUGAUCCUGCACUCCUCCUCUUCUUCCGUUCCAGUGUUCUUCUUAUGUUUUAAUGGAUGCACGUGCUUGUUUUCUGCUUGGAAUAUUGUCGCUUCGAGUCGCUGUGGCCAAAAAAAAGGCAACUAGUAAAUUUAAUUAAAAGCGUUAAGGUUGUAAGGUUGGCCCUUUCCCUCUCCACGUGGGCCUGACUUCUCCGCCCUUGUUUUCCAACCCUCUCUCAGGAACUCCAUCCAGUCCCAGUCUUCCUAUGGGUCCACCUCUCCUCCGCUCGGCAAGAUGAACAGCAUGAACAAGCUGCCCUCUGUCAGCCAGCUCAUCAACCCACAGCAGCGAAACGCUCUGACCCCCACCUCGAUGCCCGACAGCAUGGGAGCCAACAGUAAGAGGCUUCUUCCCCCCGUGACCCUCCUGGAGCUGGAGCUUAGGAUGACUGGGGUGGCAGAAUAGUGGCCAGAGCAGAACCUCCCAAACUCUUUUGAGCCACUGCCCCCUUGGUUCAAACAAGCCAUCUCCAGUGCCUGCUACCCUACCCUGCAGAAAUCCUUAUCUGGAAUAUCUUCCAAAAAAAAACACCAAACCCAGUUAGAACUGUUUCAUUUAAUUAAUCAAUUUUGGAACCACCGGAAGAGGAGCUUGUGAGUUGACAGACCAGGCCUCCCUACCUGAAAGUUGGGAAGGGUUGUUUUACAAAAUGCAGGGAAGAUUCUGAGAUGGAGUGACUAGCUGGGGAGGGGGGAAUUCAAGUCGCUUCUCAUUUGAAGGUGAACCUACCUAAUUUGUGGCAUCCAAAAACUGAAACAGCCCUCCUGCAAAACCUGCGCUUACUUGAAUUUUGCAAUCCAGUUCUCCGAAAGCGGAGCUGGUGCCUAAAGAGCUUUUAACCCCUCUGCCUCGCUUGGGGGCAAGGCCCACUCAGCACAUAGGCUCUGGAGGCUCAUGUGGGGUCUCAGAUGGCCCCACAAAAUCUCACGAGAGCAUCCCAGAGCUGGCGCACCAAGCAGGCCUUGGCCUCCCACCAAGCGAGAUGGAGAGCUUAAAAGCUAUUUUCAUGCCAGUGCUCACACCAGGAGCUUUUAAGUUCUCUGCCUUCCUCAGAUUUAACUUGUGCACUUUCAACCAGCCAGACCUCAACCACAUAUGGUUGAAACCGCCUUAGUCAUUUAAAUGAGAGCAAGGUGAGAUUGUGCUAUAUAAGAAAGGAGAUGGGCUAGCUCAGGGGUGUGGAAGACAGGUUCCAGCUAUUGGUGCCUCCGUUUUUGUAACUCUGAUCUCUCUUUCCUUGUUCCAGUUCCAAUGAUGGGGGCCCACAUGGCAAUGGCUGGCGACAUGAACGGGCUCAGCCCGACCCAGACGUUGCCCCCCACCCUCUCCAUGCCAUCGACAUCCCACUGCACCCCGCCACCUCCCUACCCAACAGACUGCAGCAUUGUCAGGUGAGUGAGCUGUAGCUGUGCAGGCUUUCCACCCCCCACCCCUCAGAUCACGGGUGACCAGCAGCAUGCUUCUCUGUUCUGUGGGGUCCUUCGUCUGGGGCUGCUCUGUUCAAGAAGCAGUUUGCAGGUCAUGUUAGACCUGCCGAGCUACUUCAGCUGGCUUGCCGCGCUGCCUUUGCCUCCCCUUGCCGUUGCCCCCAGACCUUUUCCUACCACGCACACAAGAAGGAAAUGAGGCAGAGGGGAUUCCGGUGAAGAAUCCCAUUGUUGCAUGUGAUGGAAUCGGAUAGGGUGGCGAUCUCUCCAUCUGGAGAACCCUGGAAUAGUAGCCAAGGGUAACUCACAUCAAUUGCAUUUGUUGCCCUGCUUUCAGGAGAAAAGAAUUAGAGUUGUAGAAUUAGAGGGGACUCCAAAGGUCAUCUCGUCCAACCCCAGCUGUCAAUUACAGCUGAAGAAUCCUUGGAAGACGACCAACCUCUACCUAAAAACCUCCCAUGAAGGGAGAUCAUAGAAUUAUAGAAGGGAGCCCAGGGGCAUCUCUUCCACCUUCCUGCAACUCAGGAAUCACAGCUCAAGAAUCCCUGACAGAUAACCACCCUACCUCUGCUUAAAAACCUCCAAAGAAGGGGAGUCCACCACCUUCCGAGGUCACAGAAUCAUAGAGCUGUAGAGUUGGAAGGGACCCCAAGGGCAACGUAGGAAUCCCUGGCAGAUGGCCACCCAACCAUGGCUUUACAACCUCCCCCGAAGGAGGGUCCAAGAUACAUUGCAGCAUUGAACCCUACCAUUUUUAUCUCCAGGGCUGGCUGCUGUGGCUCUCUAAAUGCACGGCUGCCUUUGAAGACGGAUCAGAAGCUGCAUCUACUGCAGGAUGUUGCUGCUUAGCUCCUGGUGAACAUCAGGAGGACUACACUAAGCACUCAAGCAGCACCUGCGCUAGCUGCCUCUUCGCUUCCAGGUCCCUUCCAAGGUGCCCUGUUGGCCAAGGUGCCAUAGUAUGUGGUGCCCCUCUCCCCAUGGCAUAGCCUAAGAACGUCAGAAGGUCAGGCCAGGGUCCAUCUAGUUCAGCAUCCAGGUCUCACAGUUGCCAACCACACUUGCUGUGGAAAACCAGCAUGCAGGAUUUGAGCACAGGACCCCUCUCUGCUCCUGUGGUUUCCAGCAUCAGAAGCAUAACAUAGGAAGAGUCCGCUGGAUCAGGCCAAUGACCCAUCUUGCCCAGAGUCCUCUUCUCACAUGGUUGCUUCCAACUGUGGAGGCAGAGCGUGGCCAUCGAUAGCCUUCUCCUCCCCUCUACAAAUUUGUCCAAUCAUCUUUUAAAGCCCUCCAGGUUGGUAGCCUUCACUGCUCCUGCGGCAGCAAGUUCCACAGAUUAACUACGUGCUGCAUGGAGAGGGAGCUGUUGCCUCUUCCUUCCACGAGGCUCGGGAUAGCUGACUUCUGUGUCCCACUCAGGGGAUAUCACCUUCUUCCUCCCGGUGACCAGUUUGGGGUGGGUGGCGACAGGGGUUCCUUCCUGCUCCCACAAAUCAAGGCUUUUGCGUAGCAGAGCGCCUGGUGUGGGUGACCUUCUUAUCUCAACCUCUCUCUUUCUCUCUUCCUCUUUCCUCCUUUCCUCUUUCCUCCUCCUCCUCCUCCUCCUCCUGCAGUUUCUUAGCAAGGCUGGGCUGUUCCUCCUGCGUGGAUUAUUUCACGGCGCAAGGGCUGACCACCAUCUAUCAGAUUGAACACUACUCCAUGGAUGUAAGUAACUGCCUCGCCCUUUCGCUGCAUGGUGGGGGAAAGGGGCCUUUCUCUUGAACUCGGCACUCUGCGCUGGAGGGGAGAAGGCAAAGCUACGCUUCAGAUUUAGGGGCGAGCUACAUGUUACACUGCAGCUCGCCAGCCUGUUCACAACUUUGGCAGCCCCUUCGCCAUUGCAAUAGUGCCCCCGGGAGAGAGGGGAGAUGCAGUUGGUGAAGGGGCGUCAGAGAACGGAGGGCCCAACCCUUUCCCCUGCCAACUCUUUUCCUGCUGAACUUUCUCCCUUUCAACCACCCUCCCCAUCUUCUUUUAGGCCUCUCGCUGUUCCAGACCACAUAAAUGGGUCCAGAACAGUGGUGUGGCGGUAAAAGCGGGGGUUUUUUGCAUGAAGGGGAGGUGGGCAGGCCCAGCUGGAAGAGCCUUGUACUGUUUGCAAGCCACAGGUCUGAAACAGACAUGGUUGUCCUGACGUCUUCUGGGGUUCCUCCUGCACCUCCUCCCUCCCACCUGAAGCCUUCUUGCUUUGCUGGGAUUUUGGUGUUGCUUGCUUGGGGCUUGGCCUGUUGGGGAAGCCACCAUCCUGUCGGGCUGAGGGUCUCUCCAUUUCCUUACCGAAUCUUCGCUUCUGAAGCUCAGCGCUGCCAAACAAGACCUGAAGAACCCUUGAGAUAGUCACCAAAAGCGCCACUCACCCCCCGUUAAAAGACUGUAGAAACCUGUGUAGCUUCUUUUGGCAGGAGUGGCUGAUUCUCUCUCUCCUCUCCUCGCCUUCCAGGAUCUGGUGAGCCUCAAAAUCCCGGAGCAGUUCCGCCAUGCCAUUUGGAAAGGCAUCAUGGAAAACCGGCAGAUCCACGACUUCUCCUCUGCCCCCCACCUCCUGCGUACCCCUGGGGCCGCCUCCGCGGUCAGCGUGGGCCCCAGCGAGACCCGCGGGGAGCGUGUCAUCGACGCCGUGCGCUUCACCCUUCGCCAGACCAUCUCCUUCCCUCCCCGCGACGAGUGGAGCGACUUCAACUUCGACCUGGAUGCCCGCCGCAACAAGCAGCAGCGCAUCAAGGAGGAAGGGGAGUGAGGAGCCGGCCUGUGGCUCUCCCUCCGCCCCCCGCCCCACACCGAUGGACCUCUGGGCUGCUCCUGCCUCUCCCUGCUACUCUGAGAUGGUGCGGGGGGCUUGGAGAGGACGGGGAGGGGGGAAAUGUCGUGUGCUCUUCAGCGCCAGCUGCACCUGUCCUUCCGAGCUUGCAGCCUCCACGCUUUGCCGGAAGCGCAGCUAAUUUGUAUUUUCUCGCAAGCCAUAGCUUUCGUUUGUUGGGGAGGGGUGGGGUGGCCUUUGCGACUUCUGCUCAGCAAGGACUGUAUGUUGUAAGACGUGGUGGGUGUCUGGAGAAACGCGGAUUCCCCCAGUUGUGGCACUUGACCCUUUCCGCCGAACUGGACCAGCUACAGUGCAUCCCCGUGUGUGACCAGAUCAAAUCUCCCAUGCAAACUUUUGUAUGGAUCCCUUUCUGUGUGGAUCCCUUUCCUGGGUGCUUGUUUUGAGGGUUUUAAGGAUUCAAUGCCUUUGGGGAGGCCUCUCAUCUGUGACAGCAUUGCCUAGUGGUUGGAGUUUGAUGAUUUCCAACUUUGAAUUAUGACGGCUUAACAACACUGAGGUACGGGGUACGAUGUGCGUUGGACCCCACAACCAGUCUGGCCAUCGCAUGCUUUGCAUAGCAGGUUUCCUCCUGGGCAACCUUUCAGUUUAAAUUUUGCUUUUGGGGGUUAGCGAUGGUUUUUCGGCGAGGGUAGUCCACUUCGUUCCUUCACCCCCGCCGAUUCUUCCUUCAGCAGCAAAUGCAAAGAAACUCUUGACCAGGAACCCAGACUGCUAAUUCCUUAACAGAUUCCCUUUGAGAUCACCAAAUAUGCCCGCCCGCCCCCCAUUAUAUCUGGGCUUGCGAAAUCUCCCCUUGAAGCAAGCACGUAAAUCCGGGGAGAGUUGCCACUGUGUCAGAUUUCACUUACCAUUUCAACAAGUGGGUUAUUUCUUAACUCCUGACCUGGGUUUCAUGACUCGCCUUGCCGCAUACAUGCACUCAGGGUGGCUUCUGUGGCUGGAUUCCAGCAGAUCUGUAUUUUCCCUUCUUUCCUUCCUUUCUCCCCACCUGCCUUUCAGGAAAACUAGUUCCUGGGCCGUCUGCUGUAAACUGACUGCACUAGACAAGGAACGCUAGAGACCAUGAAUGCCCAAUGGGGCAGAUCUUCCUGGUGUUUUCAUGCCUGUUUACUAUUCUGUCAUCUCAUUCUACCAUGCAAGUCUUUCCCUGAGCUACUUUCCCUCUCCUCAACACAUCCUCGGGCUACAAAUUUCUACUGACAAACUCACUACUGCCAAGUAAGCUCUGACUUCUUGCAGAUAUGGUCCUCUCAUGCCUAGAAUGCAGUCAAAGUACAUUUUUCAUGUAAACAUUGUAAGUACAAUUUUGUUUUAUGUAUAAUUUUGUCAUGUACUUGGUCAAUCAUUUAUUGAGGGGUGGGUUUUUUGAUAAAAAUGUAUUUCUCUUUGGGGUUUGGGGCUUUUCAGAACCACAUUUUGUUUGCAUUUUUUAUUUUUUUAUUUUUAAAAGAAAGAAACAAACCACACCAUUUUAUGGGAAAGGCUUAUAUCUGUGUAAUGACUUUCAAAGUGUUUGUGAUAUUGACCUUAAUGAAUCACGAUUACAGAGAGGGGGGGAGUGAUUGCAAAAAAACCCUCUCUCGGGGGGAGGGGGGGGAGACACCGAGGGUUGACUUCAAGAGUCCUAGAUUUCAAAAUAAGUUCCUUUGCUCAGUUUGAGUGGUACACAUCCACAAGUUCUCCGUGACUUGCAAUAAGUAUUAAUUGGAUGAAAAGCACUCUGUUGUCAAUAUCAUUGUAAAUAAAAAACAGAUUACAAAAGCAA